AUGGGGAACGCCGAGAGCGGGGAGCCGGGCGGGGGCUCCGGGCUGCUGCCGCCCCCGCCGGGGAAAGUGCCCAUGCCGGACCAGGGGGAGCUGGAGGAGAGAUUCGCGAUGGUGCUGGUGAGAGAUCCCUCUUCCUUACCCCACCCCCUCUCCCGCUCCGAUCCCCUCGUUGAUCCCUCGCAUCCCCUUCUCGACGCUGCUGCGGGUGGAUUCCGUUGCAAGGCUCUCCUCGAUUGAAAAAUCUCCCUAGUCCAUCCUCGCUGCGGGAGGGAUUCCUACCCGCCCUCUCGAUAGGAACAGUUUCUCCUCCCUCUCCAACUUUUCCAGACACUUUUCCUGGCCCCCUCAGAUAUGGGACACCAUUCUCUCGAUCUCUCACCCCCCCCCCACCUUCCGCGGGGUUUGCAGCCCUGGUGGUUGCAUCCAGAAUCUCCCCUUGCUGGGUUCUGCAGAUCUCCCACCCUGGGCUCUUGCCUGACCGGGGCUCUCUGGGCGAUUCCUCCGCAGGACAGAUUACUCGCGGUUGCUGAGAUGUUCCGGUAGCUCCCCUUCUUCUUCACCACAAGAGUUCCCAGAAGUUCUUUCCAUCUCUCUUUCACCCCGCUCUCCGUUCGUUUUCGCUAGAUCCCUCAACUGGUCUCAGCUUUAUAAAUCUUACCUAUCUUCUUAGCGUCUAUUAACCCAUGAUUCUGACAGAUUCCUCCCCCUUUUGUGGCACCAUUCUGAGUGGAUCUCCCUUGUAGGGCAGUCAGCUCACACUGGGAACUUCAGUGUUAUCUUGGCCCAUCGCAAUGGGCCAGGAAUCCAGGGUCCAGUGAUCCUCAGUCCUCUUCCACAGCUUUUCUCCAUCUCCACAUUCUGACCCAUAGCAUGCCUGAUCCCCAGUUGAAGUGCCUUCUUCCCCAGAUCCUUUUGCCCAUCUGCCUUGACCUCUUCCACACUUUGAUCACUCCACCCCACAAUCUGAGGUCCCAUUUUUGUUCCAGUGGGUUAGCUCUUUCCAAUUCCUUUGCAGCUGCGUUUCAAGCAUCUAUAUCCCCCAAUUCCUUCGAAAUUUUCAAACCCCCCACCAAGACUGGAUUCCUGCUCCCAUGCAUUAGGAUCCUUCUGCCUUGAACCGUAGCAUCACCUUGCUACCCUCAGCUACCCUAAUGGAGCUGCGCUUGCCAUUCUUUUCCUUGGAACCAUUUAUCUUUCCUUGGUUGGCCUCUGAUAUCCAGUCCCUCUCAAUCCAGUUUCUCCUUACGGGACCCUGUGGAUGAUCCCUUUAUCAACCGAGAGGCCUUGUUUGCUUGCGUUGUGAACCAGUUUUGUGAGGAGUGGUACUGGCAGGAAUGUGGAAUACCCCAGGUGCCCCUCAGCAUCACUGUACACUGUUGUCAUGCAUCCUGCCGAGGGCAUGUAGGUGGUGGGUUUGGUGGGGAUUUAAACUCUUGUCCUUGGAAGAAGGAAGGAAGCGGACCUGGUCUGGAAAGUUAUGAGACUACCUUCUUGCGUCUCCACUGUGUCCACAGAAAAGGCUACUCUUAACUUGUGGGUGAAAGGAAUUAGUCUCUGAUUGGAUAGCUGCUAGUGGCCCAAGCUUUGCCCAGGAAGAAAGGAAGAAGAAGAAGAGGGAUCAGGAAAAGAGGAGCAGAGAAUACGGUCUUCCUAAGCAGGGUCUGGAUGGUGCUCCUUGUUGUGAACCUUCUUGUGAGAUCUGUAGAAUAUGCCCUCGCCCGUUGGAGCAGAGUGGCUGACCUGUUUAGCCCUCCAGAUGCUCUUGGGACUCUUAACUCCCAUCAGCUCCAACCCUGCAUGGUCAGCGAUUAUGUGGUAAUCUAACAAAUCUGGAGAGCCAUAAAUUGUCCACACCUGCUGAAAAGGGCUUUGAGUGGGGAAAUGUUCCAUUUUUAUGCAGGAGGCCUAAGCUUAGUGUGCCAGGCCAAGCUUUGUGAAUGGGUGACUUCUGUGAAUUCAAGGGAUGUAUUCACCUCUUAAAGUAUUCUUAUUUGUGUCUUUGUCUGUAUAAGUUUUGCCUUUUGGAAGACUGGUGGUUGUGAUCUUCAUGCAUUAGAAUUUUGAGUAGAGGCUUCUGGAGGUUGAAACCAAAUCAACGCAGGACUGUGACCACGCUCCUGUUUGUACAUAUUUUAUGUUUGGGGAAGUUAUCCCAAAGUGCGGUGUAAUGAUUGGGUAAUGGGUUGAUCUGUGUUAAUUGCUGUGAUGGCAGAACUGAUAGGGAGGAAUUCAUUCCGAAAGAAUUAAAGCAGAAGAGUAGAGAGUGGCUUUGUGAUUGCUCCUUAUGCAGUGGAAAUUUGGCCAUUUUGAGAACCAGAGUUCGUGCCGCCCAUUUACUCAUAUGGAACAUCCCAGUGGACGGCCCCAAGGGUUUCUUGGCAACAAAGGGACACUUCUGUGGUCAUCUUUCUCUUUGCAAAGUAAAAUUGCCUUUCCUUCCCUGGCUUUUCCAAGGAGAUUCUCUGCUUCCUGACUUUUCAUAAAAAGAUUCUGACACAUCGGAUGUGACUCUUGAGAUUCAGAGACUGUGGCUGAGCCGUUAGAGAUUCUGGUUGUGUAGAGAAUGCUUGGGGAUUUCUGGGGGAUUUUUUCCUUCUUGAUUGUGGAAAGUAUGUUUGUUUUUUUCAAAAUUCCACUCCAGCGAUGUCAGAGUGACAGGAAGCUGACAGCAUGUGACACAUAGUUCCCUCCUCUGUCCAUUCUCCCUACAGUGGUCAUGCAGCUGUUUGAAUAGUUCCAUUUUCACUCUGAUUUGUAGGAAAAGGGGUUGUGUUUCAAAAUCCACAUGAUACAGGGUUGUUGGUAAUACAUUGAACGUAAGGAGCUUAUACUGAGGCAGAUCAUUGAUCCAGCCAGUCUAAUAUUGUCUGCUUUGAAUAGCAGUAGCUUUUUGCAUUAAGAUCUUUUUAAGCCAGAGUUUUCAUUUCUUUCUUUAAAAGAGAGCAAGUUUCUAGCUCUCAUUGUUUUGAAUAUGUUCUUGGAAGCAUGUGAGCUGUGCUUUCUGAAAUUUCAAAAAACAGUGUGAUGUGCUAGUCAUGGGACUGGGCUAAACAAGAUUUCCAGUGGCUGUGGGGUUAGAACUCAUGUCUGGUAUAGUUCUUUCAAUUCCCAUGACUAUCAAAUCAGAAUAUAUAAAACAGUAAACAUUGCAGUUAUGCAAAAUAGGUGAAAGUUAUGCACCUUUGUGUAAAUUAUAUUGGUUACAUAAUUUAUUCAUGCAGAAUUUGAAUUCAGUAGAUGCAAAAUUGUAGGAUUUAUUUAUUUUUUGUAUUUUGAGUAUGAAUGUGCGGACUAUUCGUAGCCCUGGGCAAAGGUGGAACAGUCUGCAUUCAUGAAAGUAUCAAUCUUAAUAGCCAAAGGCAUGAAGAAGAAGAAAUCCAUGUUAUGUUCCUGUAUAUUCACAGAGGCAUUCAUCAUUCUGAUACUGGUGAUUUAUGAUUUAAGCAGAUGUAUAGUACUUUUUUUUGCCUUCCCUGGGGCAGGAUUAAGCAUUAUGCUAUGUACGCGGUUGCAGAGGAGGGCACAUAUCAGAGCUCUAUCUGUAGUGUAAUUUGAGAGCCCAACUGAGUCUGUAUCGGCCAACAAUAAAACUUUCCCAUUGUGCUACAGUGCUGAAGCAGCUAGUGAUAAAUCAGAUGGAUCCACUCUCCAAUCUAGGUGCAAUGUAGUUGGUCCGCUGUCCAUUCCAGUUUUGGUGCACCAGUCCUGGCAUAGACACUGCAUCCAGUUCCCCAGUUCUUAUUGCUCCUAUCGACGGGUCAGAACUUUGAAGUUAUGGAAAAGCAGUGAUCGCAUCUGCUCUCCUGUUCGCUUCCACAGAGGUUCUGUAAUAUUCCCUGCAGUCCAUAACAUGGUGUCUCGUCUCUAAUUCCGUAAUGUAGGGCAAAUGGUUGUACGCUCCGCUCAAGUGAAGUAUAUGGUGGUAAAGGUAAAGGGGCCCCUGACCGUUAGGUCCAGUCGCGGAUGACUCUGGGGUUGCAGCACUCAUCUCGCUUUACUGGCCGAGGGAGCCAGCAUACAGCUUCCGGGUCAUGUGGCCAGCAUGACUAAGCCGCUUCUGGAGAACCAGAGCAGCGCACGGAAACACCGUUUACCUUCCCGCCGGAGCGGUACCUAUUUAUCUACUUGCACUUUGACGUGCUUUCGAACUGCUAGGUUGGCAGAAGCAGGGACCGAGCAAUGGGAGCUCACCCCGUCGUGGGGAUUGGAACCGCUGACCUUCUGAUCAGCAAGUCCUAGGCUGUGUGGUUUAACCCACAGCGCCACCCGCGUCCCUAUGGUGGUAGUAAGCUGCCCUAGAUGAGGGACAGAAGGACCAUGGGGGUAGCAUUUAACUAGGUUUUACUCCUAGUAGACCCACUGGAAUUAAUGGACCUAACUUAGUCAUGCUCAUAAUGUCAUUUGGUUUGUUCUGAGUAAAAAUGUGGUUGACUUCCAUCCCAGAUGUGCUACCUUGCCCCUGCAGUAUAGGUUGAGAUGGAAGACAGAAACACGCCCCUCCCCCAUGUGCACAAUGCUGUGCUAGAUCAUGAUGUAAUGUGGCACAGGGAGGGCUUCAGGACAGGAGGGGGUGUGAUAGCCUCAGACAUGUCCACCUCCUUUGUUGCCCUCCUCCUUCCAAGCACUGGAUAUCAAUUAUAUGUCUACCUGAUUUCAGUGUAGUCCGGAGAGGUGGGAGAGGAAACUGGUGAGAGAGGUGGGAAGAUAAUGCCCAAAGUUACACACUUGACAGACUGUCAACAGCUAUGUGUAAGUCAGGCCUGUGACACCAUCUUGGGUAGACCAGCAGGUUACACUAGCAGGUUGAGGUGCUGUGAUGUUUGAGAGAAGCACAACUUGUGAUUGGUGGUGAUGCAAGUUAAAAGAAGGAAGGGAAGAUUCCCAAGGGAUCAUUGAAAAUGCUUGAAAAUCUACUUGUGACUUCCAUAUGAUUUCACCCAUGUAUUUAACCAACUGGGAAACAUUCUGUUGAAAACAACCUGAGAAUCGCAUCUUGAAUUUUGAGGUCAAAUCGCAAAUUAAAAACCAGAUUUUUAAAUUGUAUUUUGAAUUAUUCUGUGUUAUGAGACCUGGCCAAUAUUGUGCUUUGAACUGGAUAGCUUUGGAGGUGGGAAUAAGGACUGGGGAGUCAACCCGCUCUUUCAGUUCCUUAAAAAGGAUGCGGAAGCUGUGGCCCGCCAGACAUGGCUGGCUGCACUUCAUCUCCCAUCAGCCCUAGCCAGCAUAGCCAAUGGUUAAGAAUGAUGGGAGUGGUAGUCCAACACCAUCUGAAAGUCCAGCAACAUCUCCCCAGCCCUAUUUUGAAGUGGAUUGCCAGCUGGCCUCCUUGAACAACCCCCACCAGUCUCCCCACCCAUUUCGCCUGCCUCCUGUGGGCAGCUGAAGGGACCAGCUGGUACCCAUUAUGAAGCCUGAAUUGUCCUUCCAAUUGCAGAUUCCUUCAUUAUAAGCCAAUUUAAAGCGCCACAUCACUGGGAGGGUUAUCAUAAUAUUGUUUGUGAAUUGUAUUGUCUGCCGUUUACUUUCUUGAGUACAGUUUAAGAUUCUGGAACUGACCUUUAGAGUCGUGAAAGGCCUGGGCCCAACCCUUCCUUUGGGAGAAAACCUUCCCUGUACAAGCUCUCCUGCCCUUUGAAAUGGGCUGGGAAAGCCAUCUUUUUAAAUGUCAUUCAACAAGCGGUGACAUUUGUGGGGGCCGGGAGUGUAUUUUGCUGGACCUAUGAAAUUUCUUUACCCAGUGAGGCCUGCAAACACCUUAUCAUCUUUAAAACAUUUUUAGUUCCCAAAGCUUUAAACACGCCUCUCAAAACUGAGUUAUAGAUAUAUAGACGAUCGAUAGAUAAGAGAUUUUUAAUAAUUUAGUUGUGUAAUUUUAGGCUGUUGCAGACAGCCAAAAUCAUGAGGGAUGCUGAAGGCCCUGCCUCAAGUAGUGAAUCUGAACUGCAACUAAGGAUUGGUUUUACUGUGGCAUCAAAGUUCCCUCCCAUCGAGAACCUUUCUCCCGGAGAUGGUGCUUUUCUAGCUGGAGAGGAUUUUUGGACGGAGGAGCACCUCCACCUAUACCGAGAAAUAGUAUACCACAGGCAAAGAUUUGCCAUCUUAGUGAGAAUAGGGGCUAGUGUAGGUUUGGGGAUAACAUCUUGCCAGCGGGUUGGAUCCUGAGCUCCCUCAGCUGCUCCCAUGGGCCACUUUGGCAGGUGGGUUUGCAGAGUGUAGUCUCAAUUGUUUCCUUCCUUUGUAACUCAGCAAAGACCUGUCUAACCCAGAGCCUUUUUCCUGCAGUGGCACAACCAGGUAAGAUAAAGGUAAAGGGUCCCCUGACCGUUAGGUCCAGUCGUGGCCAGCUCUGGGGUUGCGACGCUCAUCUCACUUUAUUGGCCGAGGGAGCCGGCGUACAGCUUCCGGGUCAUGUGGCCAGCAUGACUAUGCCGCUUCUGGCGAACCAGAGCAGCGCACGGAAACGCCGUUUACCUUCCCGCCGGAGUGGUACCUAUUUAUCUACUUGCACUUUGCCGUGCUUUCGAACUGCUAGGUUGGCAGGAGCAGGGACCGAGCAACGGGAGCUCACUGUGUUGCGGGGAAUCGAACGGCCGACCUUCUGAUCGGCAAGCCCUAGGCUCUGUGGUUUAACCCACAGCGCCACCCGCGUCCCAGCACAACCAGGUGCCUGUGAGAACCAAUAGCCCUCCCAACAUUGUUUCCCAGCAAUUAGUAUUCGGAGGCCUUGGAUCCUGGAAGGUAGUCUGUAUCCAUGAGUAGCGGCCAUGAAUAACUUUAUCCUCUCAUGCACACACAUGCCCUGCCUCCAACAUCCUUGGGCAAACUGGCUGCUUCUUAUAUCUUUGUGCGAUUACCAUGAAGGUCUGGAGGCUUCCCCCGCACCCUGAAUGUAGUUAGAAACCUCUCCUCAAACAGGAACUCUGGCUUCUCAGGGUUUUUGAUUGUGAGGGCAGUUUACAAGUGUGCACAAACAGGUGUUUUUUUAAAAGGCUUCCUGACCUUUGACUAAUGAUCUUGCACCUCGGGAUGUUGUGACAUAGCUUGUGACCUCUACCCCCGGUUUAACCCUUCACAUAUUCAGGCCGGUGCCUGAACACGGUUUAAGAAUGUGUCCAGUUCCCUUUUAAAGCCUUAAUAAUUAUUUUAUUUAUACCCCAUCCAUCUGACUGGGCUGCCCUAGCCACUCUGGGCAGCAUUCAAUAGGAUAAAACACAGCAUGCACCAAACAUGAACAUCUUACUGAUACAGGGUUGUCUUCAGAUGUCUUCUAAAAGUUGUGUAGUUGUUAGUCAUCUGAUGGGAGAGCGUUCCACAGGGCAGAUGCCGCUACCAAGAAGGCCCUCUGCCUAGUUCCCACUAACCUCACUUUUCGUGGUGAGGAAACGGCCAGAAGGCCCUUGGAGCUGGACCUCAGUGACCAGGCUGAAUGACGGGGGUGGAAACACUCCAUCACAUCUCAUGGCAGCAAAUUCCACAGCCAAGGUGCCCGCUGUGUGGAAAAGUACUUCCUUUUGUCUGUCCUAAAUGUCCCACUAUUCAGUUUCAUUGGGUGGCAGGGAUAAAUAUUCACUCUGUCCACUGUCCCCAUAGCUCCAAACCUUUGCUCUCAGACUGUUGCUGUAGCCCCCUAAUCGUUUGGGCUGCCCUUUUCUGUACCUUUUGCAGCUCUACAAUAUUUCUCUCUCACGCACACCCCUCCCAAAAGGUGUGGCAAUCAAAACUAUACCUAUUCCAAGUGUGGUCAGACUGUAGAUUCAAAGCAUGGGAUUCGCUCCCCACCCCCAGCCGCUGUACACUGGGUUGACCUCCAAUAUCCCUUUCAUAUAACACCGGUCUUGAAAGACCUACAGUGACUCCCAGUACGUUUCCGAGCACAAUUCAAAGUCUUGGUGCUGACCUUUAAAGCCCUAAACGGCCUCAGUCCAGUAUACCUGAAGGAGCGUCUCCACCUCCAUCGUUAUGCCCGGACAUUGAGGUCCAGUGCCGAGGGCCUUCUGGUGGUUUCCUUGCUGCGAGAAGCCAAGUUACAGGGAACCAGGGUGAAGGGCUUCUUGGUAGUGGCACCCGCCCUGUGGAACGCCCUCCCACCAGAUGUCAAAGAGAAAAAUAACUACCAAACUUUUAGAAGACAUCUAUUAUUAUUACAGUGGUACCUCGGGUUACAGAUGCUUCAGGUUACAGACACUGCUAACCCAGAAAUAGUAUCUCGGGUUAAGAACUUUGCUUCAGGAUGAGAACAGAAAUCGUGCUCUGGCGGCAGGAGGCCCCAUUAGCUAAAGUGGUGCUUCAGGUUAAGAACAGUUUCAGGUUAAGAACGGACUUCCGGAACGAAUUAAGUACUUAACUUAAUUAUUAUUUAAUAAUUAAUUAUUAUUUAAUAAUUAAUUAUGUAUUUCAAAGUCAUUCCCUGUCAGUUCAGGUCCUAUGAUUGUAUUUGAGAAGUUGGUAUUCUUUGCCACACCUUAAACCACAUUUGGCAUUUUAUUACCAAUUCAUUCAGUUUGGUGUGAACCUUUUGGAUCUCUUUGUCAUCCCUUUUAAUUUUCCCCACCAUGAAUAAUUUGGUAUUGUCAGCAAAGAUGACUGCAACAAUGCACAACCCUAACUUGGGGACAUUUUGGAAGAAAACAAAAAGCAUUAUUCUCAAUACAGAACUCUGGGGGGGGGGGGGAGUGUCCUUAUCCUGGGGCAAGGGGAGAUGGCUUGCUAGAAGGAAGACAGAUCUGACCCAUGGGCUAUAAUCCACUGGGAAGAUCUUUACAGGUCCCUUUUAAAAGAACAGGUCUGCAUUUUAGCAAGGCUCAUACAGAAUUUCCCAGGAAUUGUAUUCUCCGGAACUCAGUGAAGGAUGUGGAGUGCCAUUUGACUUUAACCCGUCCAGCACCAAAACCCCUUGGCUGACCCUGGGUGCAAGAACAUUUUUUGAGUGUAUGUCUCCUUUGAAAGGGUAUGUGGGUAGAAUUAUGAGAAAGUGCCAGAUCACAUUUAGGCAAAGUUGAAAUCUCCAAAGGCUCAAAUUAAAAUGGAAUGAGGUGAUUGAUACUUUUCUACACUUUAGAUUAAGGCUUUGAGUAGCUAUAGUUUGUAAAGUUCAUUUUAGCAACUAUAAAAGCUAAAACAGUGGCCGGUCUUUUCCACAGAGGAGCAAAAAAACCCCAACCCAUGCAAAAUAGAGGCUGCAACUUUAACUCUCAAAGCUUACAGCACAGUAUGCAAGAUCUGUCUCUGUUCUCCUACUUCCUCGCUUUUUCUCUCUCGGCUUCAUUUUUAAAAAUACAAAAAAAUAUUAUUAUUAAAGGAAAAGAACCCAAGGAGAAACCUUAUUCAAUGGAAUCCAGCUGCCUGGCUGGGUUGUGUUUCAGAAUUUGGACUUCCGGUUUGGGAUUUCAAAGGGAGCUGUCUCUGGCAGGGGACUGAAUUUCCCACACAGCCAUAGACACAAUUACUAAGGGGAUGGCGUAAUAGAAGCAUAUGGCAUCCCUCCCCGUGCAGUUAAUUCCGUACAACGCUGGGUAGAAAAAGGGUGGAAAUAGCUAUCGGUUUCCUCUUGGCAUUCUUCCAGCAGGAGAGAGAAGCUCGUACAUCUUCGCAGCGUCCCAUCUGGAAGAAACACCCAGGGCUUUAUUCUGGCAGGGGGGACUGGAAUUCCUUCCUAGUCAGAGGGGGAACGGAAACUGACGUUGAGGGGAAAUAGCAGACCGCAGCCUCCCAAGCAACCCAGAUAGACUCCCCGCAAAGCAAGCGGAGUCGUCCAACGAGGGGACCGGUUUGGAAGAGCUGCCCAGUUGGGUGGGUUGCCAAGUCUCAACGGAGACCCAAACGCUUAGGCCUCAUUACGGAUUGCAGUCACAUUGCAUCACUUCCCUGGAAACAGCAUCUCAUUGAGGGGGAGGGCUUACUUUCGGAAACUUUAUUCCACAAAAGAUGGGAGCCUUUGCUAGGGUAAGGGGUGGGGGACGAGCCAGGGAGCCCUGCCCCUGAGAGGACAGCGCUGUGGGUUAGGCUGAAGUGGGGAGGUGGGUUUACUGGCACUCUGCUCUAGCCAUGCGGAUACCCUGCCUGGAGGAUGCUGGGGAGACUACCUUGUGGUUGCUUAGCAACCACAGCCUAUCCUGGAGCAGGCAAAAUGGCUGCCUGGGCUUAGGAUGAAGCUGGUCACAGGCAAGAAAUGAAGCAGGGCAAGAAUUCUGUAUCUAAAUCAGGGGCUUGCAGGAGAGGAUCCUGUGAGUUCCAGUGUGGGAGGAUGGGAGCUAAGAAGCUUGGCUGCAGCUUUUACAAAUGAAGGCCCCCUCGGGCGUCCCGUCGUUGAAUGCUUCAAUCUGCCACCAACAUGUUGUGAGGGUGUAAUUAACGCUUGAAAAAUAGCAAUUGAGGAAUAAUUAGAAAGCAGCUGCAACUAAUUCCAGGCUUGCAAUGCUUUGGCUCCUCUGCUUGGAUCUUUGGCGAAAAUGUUUCGAACAAUGGGGAGGGUGGUGGGGAAGAACCCUGAUGUUUAAAAAGCAGUACAGCCUAAUUGUUGCUUGUUCUUUUCUGAACACUGUUUGAAAAGUAAAGCUGCUAUCAUGCUUCUAUUGUCUGUUAGUUGUUAGCCAUGCUGGAAAUACUUGCAUUGGAGGAUAGGGUAUGAGUUUGUGGAAUUAAAAAAAAUAUAAACUUGCCCAAGUUUUGCCUUGUAAUAAAUUGUGAGGUUGCGUUGCCUCCUCCCAGUACUAUGUUUUAGAGCUUAGGGGAAUGUAGAGCAAAAUCCUGGCUCCCAUUCCCAGGCUGUCUUUUAGCAUUGCCACUUGUUUCUGGCAGGGCUACUGUAGCUUCAGCAGUCAGACAUCCAACAGGUACAGCAUCUUCCCUAGUGUUUGAAGGUGUGGGGAUAAAAAUCUGUGGAUUUUUUAUAUCUUUCUACAGCAGUUGAUGGUACUUUUCCUGGGUGAUUCUUUGGUGGUCAAGCACUUGGGGGGGGGCAGAAGGGGGAUUUAAGAGUUUGAUCACCUUAGACUUUUAUACUGGCUUUGAGAAAUCUUUUUUGUAUUGUGUAUUUGAAUUUUGUUUUUGUAAGUUGCUUGGAUAUGUCUUGUGGAAAGCGAUCAAUAAACAAAACGCAUAAAUAAUCCUUACCAUGCAGCUGUUUAAUGGCACAAAUGCUUUGCCCCCCCCCCAAAAAAGUGGAAUAAAAAGACAUGCGGACUUUUAUUUGGAACCACAAUAUAGCUGGCCUUUCAUUUCUUUAACCCAUACACCAUCUAAGACUCACAUCGGUAUGCAGAAUUAGAUACUAUUCUCAUUGUCCUAAUCAGACACCUUAGUUUAGCAAGCCAAAAUGUCAUUUUAACAGGCAGUCCAUGUUUUCUAAACAUUCAUAUAAUGUGAGAGAUUAUGCAAAUGCAGUUUAUCUGUAGGCCUUUUAAGAACAACAACAGCAACAUCAUCAUCAUCAUCACCAUCAUCAUCACCACAACAACAACAUUUAGAUGCCUCCCAUCUGACUGGGUUGCCCCAGCUACUCUGGGCGGCUACCGGCAGAAUAUUAAAAACACAAUAAAACAUCCAACAUUAAAAACCACCUGAUACAGGGCUAUCUUCAAAUGUCUUCUAAAAGUUAAAUAGUUGUUUAUUUCCUUGACUUCUGAUGGGAGGGUGUUCCACAGGGCUGGCGUUACUACCAAGAAGACCCUCUACCUCGUUCCCUGUAACUAUAUUUACUGUUUCCAAGAUGCAUUUUGAAGGAAUAUGGAGGUGCUUUUAUUUGGCAAUUACUGGGAAAUUAGAGGGUUAUGGAGAUUCAGCCCUUGGAUGCCAUAGGUUUUGGCCAAUAAGUAACAGUCUUUGGCAAGACUGUGUAUGUUCUCGGCUGCUAAAAAAAAUGAAGAGUUCUGCAUCAAGAACCUCUCAGUCAUGCAAGUUUGCGUAUGUUUGCUUAUUUUACAACUUUUUUUCUUCCACUGGCUAAAGAAGGGAUAAGGAAUUGCACGUGCCUCUGAAACUUCACAUCUCCGCCAUAUGAAAGUCCACUUAGUUCUCUCCAUGGCUCCUUAGAUUUCACCAGGCACAUUCCAGCCUAGUUUUUGCAGUCUUGAGGAACAGAAGCUUGCUUCUUUUCCCCCCAAAAAAAGGAAAGCUGAGAUUAAUGGGACAUAGAAUUCUGUGUCAAAAUACCAACAUCUACAAAUGUCCCAUGCAUUUGUAGGAUGCCCAUAGCUGAGAGAGGGGGAGGGUGGGGAGCAGAACGGAUCCUGAAACUCCACUUCCUGGCCCUUAUGUUACACCAGACAUUGGUUGUGUCAUGUUUUGAAGCCGCAGGACUAGAAACUUAGUAUCAAAGAAAAUCGAAAUUCUUCUGAUGCCACCAAACAUCAAAAUCCAAGACAGUUUGAGCCUACAACACCAAUUCUGGUCCAGCUGUGCUGGCUAAUGGUUGCUGGAAGAAGAAGAGUUUGGACUUGAUAUCUUGCCUUUCACUCCCCUUAAGGAGUCUCAAAUCGGCUAACAUUCUCCUUUCCCUUCCUCCCCCACAACAAACACUCUGUGAGGUGAGUGGGGCUGAGAGACUUCAGAGAAGUGUGACUAGCCCAAGGUCACCUAGCAGCUCCAUGUGGAAGAGUGGGGAAGCGAACCUGGUUCACCAGAUUACGAGUCCACUGCUCUUAACCACUACACCACACUGGCUGGACUUCGGGAAGGAAGCGUGGGGACUCUGACAGGGUCCUUGAGUCCUCCCACCUCCUUUCCGAAGCCUAGUUAGUGCUUUCCCAGCUUUGGGAAGGAGGUUGAAGUGCUAUAGCACCCUGCCAGGGCUUCGUGCCUCCUUCCCAAAGCCCAGAGCCUCGCUUAGCUGGCUUUCGGAAGGCAAUGUUGGGGAGGGGAGGGAGCAUCAGAUUUUGGCUUUGCUUCCCCCCUUACAUGCAACAAGACAGUGCGCAGCCCACAGGUUCCAUGUCAAAGUGCUCUUGUGGCCCGCUUGAUCUGAAAAGUUGGGCUGCCCUGGUCUAGAGGAUGCUGAGCAAGAUGGACUAAGCCGGCUUCUCCUGUUUCUGAUGCAAUACAGUGGUACCUCUGGUUACGUACUUAAUUCGUUCCGGAGGUUCGUUCUUAACCUGAAACUGUUCUUAACCUGAACCACCACUUUAGCUAAUGGGGCCUCCCGCUGCUGCUGCAUCGCUGCGUGAUUUCUGUUCUCAUUCUAAAGCAAAGUUCUUAACCUGAGGUACUAUUUCUGGGUUAGUGGAGUCUGUAACCUGAAGCGUAUGUAACCCGAGGUACCACUGUAUAAGGCUAUUUCAUAGGUUCUGUUGUUGCGGAUGAAGCUACUGCUAAAGGCAGAGCUCAACAAGACAAUUUAAGUGCAGUGGUACCUCGGUUUACGAACUUAAUCUGUUCCGGAAGCCCGUGCUUAAACCAAAACUGUUCUUAAACCGAGGCACGCUUUCCCUAAUGAGGCCUCUCUCCGCCAGUGCCCUUCCACCGUUUGGAUUUUGUUCUUAGACUGAAGUAAAGUUCUCAAACUGGGGCACUAUUUCCAGUUUUGCUGAGUUUGUAAACCAAAUCGUUCUUAAACUGGACUGUUCUUAAACCGAGGUACCACUGUACUAGGAAUCUUAGAGGAGAAUGACUGUGCAAGGCCAUAGCAACUGUGGGCCCUAUAGCAAAGUCAUUGUUUGAGAUGGUAUUUGUAUGGUGCAUCUGGAGUUCCAACAGUGGUAGAUUCACGCAUGUGGCACAUGAUGUGUCAACCUUACUCAAUCUAAGGUGGUUUGGGCAUUGUCAGGGCUUGAAUGGGAGACUACUGGAGAACCAUGUGCACAUUGACAGACUAUACAUUCAAUAUCUAUAUUGUGGUAUGAAGUUAGCAGGACUGGAGAAAGCUAUUUUGCAGCCCCAUCUGUGAGCUUUUGGGAAUAUAGCCAGGAAGGGAAGAAUCAAGACCAGAACAAAUGCAAAUAAUGAUUUUGCAUGGGGCUUACGUUUGUCCUUUAAUUCAACACUGUUGAUGAUCACACUCACCACACAGAUGCCAUCACUGAUAAUUACCCUCUUGCAGAGCCCAUGGUGUGUUGAUACCCAGGCUUAGUUACCGGUCAAUGCUGGCAUUCAGUUCUUCCACAACUUUGCACCACGUGCAAAACAGAAUGAUUGCAUUUUGCAGGUUGCAGGGGGUGGCUCGGAGGGCAGACAACACAAGAUGGUGUGAUUAAGUUGACAAUUAUCCCAUGAUGUGCAUUAAGAGGGAUGGGUGGAGUAAGAAUAUAGUGGAAGAAUCAUCUAAUGACUGCAUAGCUUACAGCAGGGGUAGCUAAUGUCAUGCCUUCCAAAUGUUGCUGGACUACAACUCCCAUCAUCCCUGACCAUUGACCACGCAGUUGGAGUCCAACAACAUCUGGAGGGCACCACAUUGACAACCCCUGGCUAACCUUGGCAAUCAUUGCAAAUUUUGGAGAUGAGGUUUUUAAAAAGAGGCUCCAAAUAAGUGGAUUAAUUCAUGUUGGAAGCUAGGGCCGUGGAAGAGAAAUUCCAUUUGGUUCAUAUUUUAAUAUGUAAUCUGAAAUGCAGCUUUCUCUUUAAACUUGCACUUUUCUGAACAUUUCAGUGUAGUUUGCCAAACAAAAGAAGUGUACAAAAAUGUGUGUAUUAGGGGAAACUGCAUAUAUAAACUGCAUCUAUGUGGAAAUAACAUACAAACAUGCAUUACUGUUAUGUGAAAUGUGUGUUUUAGGCAAACUUGCAUACAGAAAUGUAUGUAUUGGGGGAAGCAUGCUAAAAUGUUGGCAAAUUUUGGAGAGGACUUAAUUGUAAACUGAUGCAGAAAUGUGGGAAAUGAGAAACUGGGAGAAAUCAAAAUUGACAGAUCCUUCCCUCCCUCCCUAGGGCUGGAUCUGCAUUAGUAUGUUUGAAUUCCGCCCAAUUCAAACAUACAGAUUCACUGUUAAGACGGUUUUCAUGGAAGACAAUCUUACUCGGCUACGAGGGAUCACUGAAAAAGAAGUAUGUUUGAAGGGCAAAAGGCACCCAUUGGCCCUAAGCAUCUUGGUUAUGUGUUUCCUGUUUAUGGGGGAUGCACUUGCCAGAGGGAGGCGAGUGGCUUCUCUGUGAAUCACAUCUUCCAUUUUCCCGAAAUUUAUCCCCACAUGGAGGGGUCCAUAGACUCUGGAUCAUAAGAGAGGACAUUCUGUGUUUUAACUUUGAACAAACUGCAAAACCUGGAUUUGAUGGCAAAAGGGUAUGGGGAGCAAGCAGGAGGUAGUUUAGGAUGUAUGGACAGGAGGAAAUAGCCAGGAAGCCUUUGCUUCACAGCAUAACAUCUGCACUGGAGAAAAGAUUUGCUUUCCGUUUUCCUGGAAAUCCCAAAGGCCAGCUUUUGCUUGCCGGUGAUUUAUGAAAGAAAAAACUUCGUUGCCAUAACUAAACGCAGGCAGAUUUAGUGCGGCCCUGUUUUUUAAGGAGCUAACCCUACACAUGAUGUGCAAAAUUGUGCAGUGUUUAUUGUUGUUGCUUUAAAUGAAAACCAGCUUGGGGAGGGGAUGAUUCUGAGUGGAGAAGCAGUGUGUGCACUCUUAAUGCUUUCCCCAUGCACCAAAACAGCCCCCCACAAACUAUUUUCUUAGGCUUGCGCACAAAAUGUUAGUCUUACAUAGAAUUCACCUGCUGAAAUAAAUGAACUUAAGUCCAUUGAUUUCAGUGGGGCUGCUCUGAGAUCACCUUUAGCCUGUGAUGGAGCCAAGAUGCCCCCUAUAACUUUUGGGCACACUCAUUUGCUUACUCCGACAGUGGCCCUCCAAAGGGAAGGGGCCAUUGGUCACUGAUGGAAUGUGUGCUUUGUAUACCUCAGGCGCAGACUCAAUCUCUGGUAUCUCCAGCUAAAGGAUCUUGGGUAGCAGACCUGGGAUUGCCAGCUGCACAAGACCUUUGAGAACCACUGUUACUCAAAUGAGACAGUCCUGGGCUGCAACGGAACUUGGUUUAAGGCACCUUCAUUCAUUCAAAACCACACAGCUGGCAAGACAGGAGUGCAACAGGAGUGCAUGUGCCUGACAAGUAUACCAAUAAUGGCACACAUACUGUUUCAUCACAUUCCCACGUUAUGUUGGGUGUACACCCAAACAAAAUUGUCCAUGUCUGAAGCAGCUCUUCAGAGCCUUUCUUGACUGUGUGCUUCCCUUUUUUCCCAGUUUUCAACAGAUGACCACAAUGCCGUAUCCACCAAUCUAAAAAUACUCUUUUGGCAGCGUUGCACUUGAAAUAAGGGAUGCUGAUUGCCGUGAUGUUCUGGAAUAUGGGGGAACCUUUUGCCAUUAAGGGCCAGAACGUAAAAGAGCAGUUAAAACUGGCAUUUCUGGUGCAUGCCUGAACCCCUGGGCUUUCAAAUUCUCGAUAUCAUAUUUGCAGCCUGCCUUCUAUUCAAAUUGCUGGGGGUGGGGAGAACAGCUUUUAUGUGUGCAUGUGUUUUUAAAGCAAAGGAAAUGCCGACUUGUGUGGUGUGAGCGGAACAGGACCACAAAGGCCGGAAACACAGGCGCAUGGGCUAAUGCAUGAGACGCUUCUGGCAGUAUCAGCUGCAGGGAUAGUUGCAGACCUAGGCAUACAUGCUAGAAGAAAGCCAGUCCUGUUACACUCAGUGGGUCUCACACCUUCAAAGGUGUGUUUCAGGUUAGGCUGCUAAAGUGGGAAAGGAGAUCUCUGCUCAUGGCUGAUGUUCUCAAAGAGGGGUGGUCCUCCAGAAACGUUGCUGGACUGGUCUCACAGAUCUACAGCAAGGCCAAUGGUCAGAAAUGAUGGGAGCUGGAAUCCAGCCUUGUAUGGAGGGCUGCAAUCCCCCCUCUCCACCUUUUUAGAUCAUUCUGAAACCACGGGCAAACAAAGCUUUGUGACUCAGGGUGAGAUGAUGAGGGUGUAGUCUCAGGGAUUAUCUGAUGAUUUUUGGAAUACAAGAAUUGUUGUGCUGGGAUCUGACUGAUGGUCUGCCCAGAACAGAUCACUAGCAAAUGUUUUUUUCAAACAGUAGCUAGUCAGAUACCAGUGGGAAGUUCACAAGCAAAGGAUCAUAACCCCGUCUAGCCCUGCUGUUAAUCCCCUAGGGAGGUGACCAGAUGCAAAGGAGGAUAGCAUCCCAUGCCUUUAACAAUGGUGAAGAAGAGGGUUUUUUCUCUCUGCAGGUGCAGCUACACAUGCAGAUGUGUCUCUGCUGAAAUCCCCUCUUCUAUAUAUCUAUUAAAGCAGGGAGGGGGAAAGUGGUGGGCCCUCAGCACUGGCUAGGGUUGACGGGAGUUUGAGCCCACCAGCAACAUCUGGAGGACUACAGGUUCCUCAUUGCUAUGUUAAAGGAAUAGGUAUCUGCAGCCUUCUUUUGCAUCUGGUUAGGGCUGCUCAGUUGCAACUCAAGUUCCCCCCUUUACAUUUUCCAUCUGCUACUGUAUUUUGGGACCUGCUAUGGAUAUAUCACACAACAAGCUAGCCAGGGAGAGGACAUCUAUGUGGGCAAAUAUUCCGGGAAAGAAAGGGUAGGAAAAGCCACAGUCACCCUGUGUUGUGUCUUGGACCCACUUAAAAGCAAAUGGAAGAAUUGCUGGGUUGCAAUCCAGGAAUGCUAUAUAUGGACACCUCAGUCACUGGGCUUUGUUAGUCCACCGUGAGCAUACUGCCUUUCAACAAGGAGGUUGCGCUUUUGGCAAUCGUGGCCAUUAGUUCUGUGCUUUCUUGCUUGUGGCUAUCAAACUGCCCUGUGGCAACAACUUUCUUAAAAAUCCCACAGCAGUGGUUCUUAGUUGAGUUGGGGAGUGGCUGAUCCACAGCCCUGAAUCUUCUACUCUGUUCUGCACCCCUUCCAACCAACACUCACAUGCCUCUCCAGACACAUCUUCUGUCUGCUUUUCUAGAUACUGCUCCUAUUCCUUCGCCAUCUGAGCUGUUAAUGGAAGAGUGCUUAGCUAGCCAAACCAGCCCUUAUUUUGUCAGGGAGGUUGGACCUGUGGCCCUCCAAAUGCUGUUGCCCCACAGCUCGCAUCAUCGUUGGCCACUGGCUAUGUUGGCUGGGGGUGAUGGGAGCUGAAGAAUGCCUGGAGGGUUACAGGUUCCCCACCCUGUCUUAGCUCCAGUAGUUCCACAUGUGAGCACAUAACAGCCAAUCCUUGCCAGCAUCACAGUAAACCUAUCCGAACACUUGAAUCAGCUACAACCCUUCUAGCCCUUGGAGAAGAGCUUUAGGAGGCAGCUAAUAUUUGUUGAGGCAACAUUAGGGCUCAACUUCAGCCUGAUCCAUGGCUGCUUACACGUGGGAUGGGCAGACUCUGUCAGUUUUGGUGUCUCUCAGUUUCUCAUUUUCCCAAUCUUAAGUUCAGUUCUCCUCUUUUCCACAUCAGUCUGAAAUUUUCUUUUUAAAGAAAAAAGUCCCUUUGAAAAUUUAUCAGCAUCUUUAAUUUCUCUGCAUAUAUAGACGCUUGCAAUUUUCCUUAACAUACACAUUAUUGCAAAGUGAUUUCCCCCAAUGCAGUGCACCCCUCCCCCUACUAAUAUAGUUACCCUAGUUUUGCAAAAUUCAGAGAGGUGUGAAUUUUGAAGGUCAGUGCUGUUUUGUUUUGUGUACGGUUUUGGAAAGUGUGAAUGGGGUAGAUUCGUCUUUAAAUGUGAACCGAAUCAAAUUCUUCCUCCACCCCUAAGCAAGGCACACCCACAGACAGACCAAAGUGGGGCUGUACUUUGACCCCCAUACCUGACAUUUCACCUGCCUUUCCUAACCACCAUGCAUUGCACACAUUUGUCUGUAGAGAUAGGCCAACACAUGGGCUUCUCCUGACAUGCAGGGCCUCCACGUGAUUAGGACCCCUUGCUGUGUGGGUGCCCUGAUCACGCAGAGCCUCUGGCAUGCAAGGAGGAGCUCGUGUGUUGGCUUUUUUUAUAGAGCAACCACACACAAAGCACAGUUGUUGGUGUUUUUAAAAAGGAGAAGAUUGGACAUCAGAGUUGCAGCACAGUUCCACUCUGGUCUAUAUGCAGGUAUGUCCCUUAUGCUAGUCUUGCAGAUGUAGAGGCUUAUGGGUGCCUUGAUUCUGUGCUCUUACUAUGUAGAUAUGAACCCUCCUGUCUAUGUUUAUUCUAUUCUGUGAUUAUUCCGUGUAGGUGCAGGAACUGGAACUGCAUACUGAGUUUAGAGACUUUCCACUUUCUUUGAGGGCUGGCUGAGGUGGGGAAACAAGCCCACCUUGUUUCCAGUGUGGUGUAGUGGUUAAGAGCGGUGGACUUGUAACCUGGGGAACCGGGUUCGCUUCCCCGCUCCUCCACAUGCAGCUGCUGGGUGACCUUGGUCUAGUCACACUUCUCUUAAGUCUCUCAGCCCCACUCCCCUCACAGAGUGUUUGUUGUGGGGGAGGAAGGGAAAAGGAGAUUGUUAGCCACUUUGAGACUCCUUAGGGUAGUGAUAAAGCGGGAUAUCAAAUCCAAACUCUUCUUCUCUUCUUCUUCACCUUCCCAGCCCUUAAUGACACGAAGAGGUUUGAAAGGUGACAAAUGGUGCAAUUUCAGAGGCAGUGGGAGGCGGGUACAGUGUUUGAAAUGGGUAGAGGUGGAGCUCCUGUGCUUGGUACAUCUCUGUGCCCUGCCGCUUAGAUAGCAGAAGCAGAAUCUUAUGAAAUAUCAAGAGCAUGCAUUCAUGUGCCUCAUCUGUACAGCUGAUGGGAAUCCAGCUUGUCUCUGUGCAAAAGGAAUUUUGCUGCUGCAACUUCCACUGCAGAAUGUACCUGGCCUUGCCUAGGUGCUUUUAAAUAUGUCGGGUUCCCUCCACUCAGGCCUGCGCUUGGAGCUGUUGUUUCAUCAGUGAUGUAGACCAGGGGUCAGCAAACCUUUUCAGCAGGGGGCUGGUCCACUGUCCCUCAGACCUUGUGGUGGGCCGGACUAUAUUUUGAGGGGAAAAAUAAUAAUGAACAAAUUCCUAUGCCCCACAGAUAACCCAGAAAUGCGUUUUAAAUAAAAGCACACAUUCUACUCAUGUAAAAACACCAGGCAGGCCCCACAAAUAACCCAGAAAUGCAUAUUAAAUAAAAGCACACAUUCUACUCAUGUAAAAACACGCUGAUUCCCAGACCAUCUGUGGGCCAGAUUGAGAAGGCGAUUGGGCCGCAUCUGGCCCCUGAGCUUUAGUUUGCCUACCCCUGAUGUAGACCAAAAGCUUACUUCUGAGGUGCUGCAGGCUCCUCCCCUUCCUGGCUCUCUGCCAGGCCCUGAUCCAGGCAAGCACUUCUGUGCAGCUCCCUCUUCUGAGUUAACUGAUGUGCAGCUAGCUGAGGGGUUUGGUGGGGGUGCUGAGGAGUCUGCCUUGGGUCUGUGGCUCUGGGAGAGAGCCAGCUAGGACUCCAGGCACCGCUCCCUGAAAUCUCAGUCAGAUGGGACUACUCUUAAGAAGGCCUCCACAGAAGAUCUGAAUUCUGGGGAGGCAAAUAUGGGAAGAGUUUGCAUCACUCAAAGCCCUGUGUCCUAAAUAUCUAAGGGAGCGCCUCCUACUCCUGGUGAGUAGGAACCAGGAGAGGUCUAGCGCUGGGUUCCUUUUCUUGGCUUGCUCCUUAAUUUAAGAUGUGAUUAUUUUAUUAGGUUUCUAGAACUCUAGUUUAGAAUGCUUUUGAGUCCCUUUAGUAGAGAAUACAGCUAAUAAGCCUCUAUCGGUGGGGGGGGGGGGGAUGAAUGAAUGAAUGGAUCUAACCCGCUCCUUUGCCCCUGACCAGAAUGAAUAACAGUUAAACCAUUCCAGACAGAAGCUGAUGUGACUAUUUUCCAGAGUUUCCCAUCACUGGGUCUCCACAAGCUCCCUUGGUAAUUUGUUCCAUUGCUUGGCUAUUAUUAUGGUUGGAAAAUUUCUGCUGACAUUUUUUGAGCUAAAUCUUUCCUCCUGCAGUUGGAGUUCAUUCUCCUUUGCCACACAGGAAAGGGGGUGUGAGCGCAGCCCCCACAGUUGCUGCUGCCACCCUCCAAGUGCGUCACUCUGAUGUCCCCUCUGCCUCUUUUUUCUUCUUGCCUUUGUCAACUGAGGUGGUUGUGGAGGAACUGCACUUUCCACCUGGUGUGCCACAGUCUCUCACCUGCAGCAGAGUGUGACAUGCAGGGGCUGAGCUCCCUGAUCUGAGCUCCAUCACCCCACAGAGCAUAUAUAUGGGCUGUGUGCUUUGUGGUUGUCUUUUUAGAUGCCAGUUUCUAUCCCUUAAGGAUGCAGAGAUAGGCUUGAAAGUGUCUUAGGUGAUGGCUUUUAAAACUCAAGGUAGGAGAGGAAAGGGUGGGUUACAAUAGACGUAGUUCUGACCCUCCCUUUGGCUCAUCCAAAACAUGAAUGACGUGUUUAAACUAAAUUCACUCAGUUGUUGGCCAUUUUCCCCUACAGGCUUCAAAAUCUAGCUUGGUACAUAAUUCAAACUACUUAGUAGGGAACAUUUAUAUUCUUAGUACAGAGUAUUUAUUUAUUUACUGAUUUAUUCUCCACCCUUCCUCCCCAGAGAAUCCCAAGCAGCAAACACAUACACAGUUUAAAAACAAAGCAAAAAUAUGUUUAAAUAGUCAAAACAUUCUAAAAGCAAUUACAAUUAAAAACAUGUAAAAGCAGCUAAAAACAUUCUUCCGUUCAGGGAUCAUAGGAUUGCUAGGAAUGGUAUUCUUCAGUCACCAAAUGCCUGGGUAAAUAGGAAUGUUUUCAAAUUCCUCCUGGAAGUGAAUAAUGAUGGAGAAAGACACACCUUGCUAGGAAGGGCCUUCCACAACCAGGGAACCACCACUGAAAAGGCCCUGCUAGUACCAUUACGUGCCUGUAUCUAAAAAUAUAAGGAGCAAUAUAGUAAUAGAUAAGAGCAGUUUCUGCCCAUUUUCCAGUCCUCUGACAACUAAGUUAUGCUGUGAACCUGGGACUAGUGAGCACCCACAGAAGCAAUGCAUCCUGGGAUACCAUCCCUGGAAGCAAAUGCAACCAGACAUGAGAGCUUUCCCCAACCUGGUGCCCUUCAGAAGUAGUUGGAACUCCCAACUCCCAGCAUGGCUGGUGACCAGGAAUGAUGGGAAUCAAAGUCCAUAACAUCUGUCAGGCCACAGAACAGGGAAGUCUGGAGCAGUUGCUUGUCAUCUGAAUGCUUGAUAGCAGCAGGUGCCAUCGCUUUUUUUGUUGCCGCAAGAAAACAUGGCAGUCGGGGAACGUCGUGUCUGAUGCUCUAGCCGUCAAGGGAGCUCUGUUCUAACCUGCCGAAUGACACUUAGCCUCAGGGGUUCCAAAACUCUCAUCACCGUUUCCCAGGAUUACCUCAGUGUCUUGCUACCUGAGCUUGAAGCCUCCAGAUCUGAGGAAAUUCCGCCCAGCUUGGUGUCUGCCGCCUUCUCAAACAUAUAAAACCAGUGUUCAACACCUUUCAUGGGCUUGCUCUAUAAAACACAGUCUAGGUCAAGGUGAGUGUCUUUAUAUUUUGGGUAGCUCCCAUCACAGGAUGCACUGUGGAUUUUAAAGAGGACUUUGGAGUGGUGCUCCUGCUCGCUGGGCAAAUGAGACCCCAUUGUAUCAAAGGAAGGAAAAAACAAACAAACCCUUUCUCCACCCAAGAUACAGAGCCUUUGAAACAAGGCCGUUCCUAUGAUGUGGUCCUCUAUAAAUUGUUGGACUGCAACUCCCAUCAUCCCUUACAAUUGGCCAUGCUGGCUAGGGCUGAUAGGAGGUGAAGUCCAUCAACAUCUGGAGGGCCACAGGCUCCACCAUCUCCUGCAUGCACAGACACAGAGAGCCAUAAUAAUAAUAAUAAUAUAUAAUGAUAAUUUAUUAUUUAUAUGCCACCCAUCUGGCUGGGUUUCCCCAGCCACUCCGGGCAGCUCCCAAUCAAAUAUUAAAAACACAAAACAGCAUUAAACAUUAAAAACUUCCCUAAACAGGGCUGCCUUCAGAUGUCUUUUAAAAAUAGGAUAGUUGUUUAUUUCCUUGACAUCUGAUGGGAAUGUGUUCCACAGGGCGGGCGCCACUACUGAGAAGGCCCUCUGCCUGGUUCCCUGUAACCUCACUUCUUGCAGUGAGGGAACCGCCAGAAGGCCCUUGGAGCUGGACCUCAGUGUCCAGGUUGAACAAUGGGGAUGAAGAUGCUCCUUCAGGUAUACUGGGCCGAGGCUGUUUAGGGCUUUAAAGUUCAGCACCAACACUUUGAAUUGUGCUCGGAAACGUACUGGGAGCCAAUGCAGGUCUCUAACUGAGCUCCAAGAAAAGAGAAAUUCUGUGCUCCACCUAAUUUAAGCAAAUAAUUGUGAACCCAAAUCUGCUCAGCAUUUUAAACCUUCUCACCUUUUUAACCAAGGAAUUGUGAAUUCUUCAACCAGUAUGCAGGGGCUCACUCCUUUUACUCAAAGUCUUACUCUACGGUUCCUCAGUAGACACUGUACAGGUCAUGUCAGGAACACGUUCCUCCAUCCAACCUUUGAGAGCUCUGCCUUGACAUCUUCUCCCUUUGCAAAUCCCUAGCCGUUGUAGAACUAUGGCUGCUAGUUCUCAAGUCCCAUUGUGCACGUUUCAUCUAAGUGAAGUUUCCUUUGGCAGGUAGCUCUGGGACGCCGAUGGCUACUAGAGUCAUAUAGGUGAUCCUGAAGGCAGUGGACUACAUCAGCCUUUCCCAGUCUUGGGAUGCUGUUGGACUACAGCUCCCAUUAUCCCUGACUGAAGACCACGCUGUCCGGGGAUGAAGGGGCUUGCAGUCAUCUAGAGACCCAAGACUGGGAAACACCGGCACUCCUGUAAUUGAGCAACAGUACCAGGCCCUGCUGCCAGUAGUUGUUGGGGCUACUCUAGAACCAGAAACCUUUGUUUCAGUGCAUGUGGCUGCCCUUUGUGGUGAGGUAACAGGCCUGCACCCUGGAACAUCUUACCUGGCAGUGAUGUGUUCUCAGGGAUCAGGAGUGGCCAUCACCUACCCAUCCUGUCCUUUGGGCCCUCCUGGACAGGAAGGGAUAUAAAUGGCUUCCUGUUUGGCCUGGAGCUUUUCCUGAGCAACAUGGCCUUCCUGGCUCUGGAGCAUUUCUGUGUGUCCCUUGGCUCUGACUCCCUGGCUCGACUCCUGGCUUACCUCUGACCUCUGUCCCAGGCCUGCAUGCUGGGCAGUGUCACAAUGAGAGCGAAACUAUCUUUGUAAGCCAUCUUGAGCUGUGGGAAAGUGGCAGAAAGUAUCAUUUAAAAAUACACAUGCAUGUAAUAAUAAUAAUAAUAAUAAUAAUAAUAAUUUAUUUGUACCCCACCCAUCUGGCUGGAUUUCCCCAGCCACUCUGGGCAGCUUCCACAGAGACCAAAAAUACACUAAAAUGUCACACAUUAAAAACUUCCCUGAACAGGGCUGCCUUAAGAUGUCUUCUGAAUGUCAGGUAGUUGUUUAUCUCUUUGACAUCUGGUGGGAGGGUGUUCCACAGGGCGGGCGCCACUACCGAGAAGGCCCUCUGCCUGGUUCCCUGUAUCUUUGUUUCUCACAGUGAGGGAACCGCCAGAAGGCCCUCGGCGCUGGACCUCAGGGUCCGGGCAGAACGAUGGGGGUGGAGAUGCUCCUUCAGGUAUACUGGGCCGAGGCCGUUUAGGGCUUUAAAGGUCAACACCAACACUUUGAAUUGUGCUCGGAAACGUACUGGGAACCAAUGUAGGACUCUCAAGACCGGUGUUAUGUGGUCUCGGCGGCCGCCCCCAGUCACCAGUCUAGCUGCCGCAUUCUGGACACAUGCAUGUACACAUGCAUGUACACAUGCAUACACACUUAUACGUGCAAUCCCACAAGGAACUGAGAAUUCGUUUGGUGUGUUGGGCCAGUGGGCUGAUGCCCCAUUUUGGCAUUAUAUGGUAAUCGCAGCAGGGACAAUGGCUGGCUCUUUCCUACCUUACGUGUCUCUCCAGAAGGUAUCAGAAGCUUUGGGCCUAAUAAACCCUGCAUUUUUCUCUCCCUGCCUCCCAGGCUUCUUGCCUAUUAAUGUCCAGCUCACUGAAGGGAAGGGCCUGGAGACCUGGCCUGGCUGAAGCUUUACAGCUUCUUCCAACCUGGCAAUUUGUGGCUUGAGUUGUUACCAAAAUAAAAAAAGCUUGUUCUAUUACGAGGGCAGAAAGUAACCAUUGUGCAAGGCAGGGCUUUCAAUUAUGAGGGGCCUAUAUUUAGCUCUGUGUGGCCCUGCCUGCUGGAAGCAGAUAGACAGUAGUUGCACCUUAGACAGGGUGUGGAGAAAAUAGAUAGAUCCUCCCCGCCCCCCGGCUGCCUCCCUUUCCCGUAAGAACUCAGGGUCACCUUGUGAGACUUGAAAACAGCUUGCUCUCCAUUAUGGAUGCUUCCCUGCAAGGCGCAACACGGCUGCUGGCAGAAGUGGCUGGGGAUUAUGGAACCUGCUGUCAGAGGUUGGGUGUGCUCUCUGUGCCCCAAGAACCUGUCGCAGAAUCCUCUGCAGUGCGCAGGGCUUCCUGGUCAGGCAAGCCAGUGUGGAAAAGGGUUCCCUGAAGGAGAGAAGUCUGAACAUGAAAAGCCCCAUCGUAUGAGUUGCCUGACGCAUGAUGCCGGGCUGGCCUAAGGUCUCAGCUGACAGUACAUUUUGCUCAGUUCAGUCCCUUUGGGUAUUUAAAUGCCACUGGCAGCAGAAGCCUGCAAGGAAGGGUUUUAAAGGUGGGAGGAAGUGGGAACAGUGUACUCGCCCUUGAGUACAGCAACAACCUGGUAUGGAGAGCUUGGAGGUGAUGGCAAGGCGUAUAGUCAUAGCAAACUAACAUGGAUAGAGAAAUUAAUUAUGUGAGUGUUAGUUCUUAUAUCGCCUGACACAGUGACACCAUCCACCAAUAAAGGGCUUGUGGAAACUCACAGUUUGCAGAAGUACAAAGGGGGGGGAGGAGCCUAAAUUGAAGGGGAUCCUAAACAGACCUAAAGGGACUGAGAAUGCUUAGUGGCCACAGAAUGCUGACCGUGUUAUGCAGGGGUAGAGAGAUGGAAAACCAAGUUGGAAUUGAAUGGAUUAUCUUGGAAAGCUGAGUAAGAGCACUCCACACAACAACAUUUCGUUGCAGCCCCCACUUGUCUUUCCAGAGUUAACAAGUGUUUUUCAUUCUCAAAAUUGGUCUGGGAAUCAUACCAUGUGAUCCAGAAGUUCUUCUUCCGGGUAUAUGUGAGAUGGUAUUUCAUUCUGUUUUUAAGUGGCAAAGGAAAUGUAUUUAGCACAUGCUCAAAUUAACUCAUCCCACCGCCUGCUUUUUUUUUUUACUACAUAUGUAGAGCUGCACAUAGGCUUUGAAAGGUUCCAGGAACAACUAUAAGCAAAGCCUAGCAAAAAUUAAGCAUUAUAUUUACCCAGCACUGUUUCUGUCCUUUUAUCAUUCUCCUUUCCAGGCAGCCACUGAAUUGAUCAUAAAUUCAGAUCUAGCUAGCCAUUCUGAUAGGCUGGGGAAGGCGUAACUAUUCUCCGUUUAGCAAUCAGCUUAUUCAUCCUGCAGUUUGCCUUGCAACUAUAGAUUGUCAGUCUGUUGGCCUGGAAGUGCUAUUUUUUCUGUGGUGCCCAGUAAUUUUAGAUGAUUAAUAAAUAAUCAACAAAGGUUCUCCAUCACCUUCCUUCCCAGGGACUCAUAAAAUGUCUCUGGCCACAUAGGGCAAAAGUUGUGAUUGAGGAAUGGAAGAGGAGACGACUGCAUGGCUGUUUGAAUUCCCCUGGAAGUUCAUGCACUUUAAGCAACUGAUGGACCUGCUUUGGAGUGUAUAUAGUCAUUUUUGCUCAGUUAACCUUGAGUAUAGCCCACAAGAGGGAUGCUGGUGGCGCUGUGGGUUAAACCUCAGAGCCUAGGGCUUGCCGAUCAGAAGGUUAGCGGUUCGAAUCCCUGUGACGGGGUGAGCUCCCGUUGCUCAGUCCCUGCUCCUGCCAACCUAGCAGUUCGAAAGCACGGCAAAGUGCAAGUAGAUAAAUAGGUACCGCUCCAGCGGGAAGGUAAACGCCGUUUCCGUGCGCUGCUCUGGUUCGCCAGAAGUGGCUUAGUCAUGCUGGCCACAUGACCCAGAAGCUGUACGCCGGCUCCCUCGGCCAAUAAAAGCGAGAUGAGCGCCGCAACCCCAGAGUUGGUCACAAGCAGAACCUUUCAUGGCUAGUACUGGUGUGGUUGCCAGCCAACUGGUUUUAACCGGGUCUGAGCAUGUUGUCCAAACUACAGGAGAGAGAAAUUCUCAUGUGCACAAAGAUAUAAUGCCAAAAAAUCACUUAGUCACAGAGCAGAAAGAGCUCAAAGUGCUAUGUUUUGUAGUGCCUCUGAUGGAAGAUUUUAACUGCAACAUGUUCAGCUGAAUAAAAUUAUUUCAUGCCCCUUGGGGGACUCUUUCUCCUUUUGCUCCUCUAUCGGUGCCUUCUUUCCCUUGUUCCUGAGCAAGAUGUUGACCUCUAGAUAUGUUUCCUGUUUAUUUCCUUUCCCUUUGCUUGAGUUUUUGGCAACGGGCUAUUUUAUAAAUGAACGAACAUGUGUAAAUGAGCCGUUUUCCCCACUUUAUACGAGAUGGUGGCAACCGCAGAUAUUGUCUGUGGAAGUGGUGUCUCUGCUUGAGCCCUUCUGCUGCAUGGUAUGGUAUUCAGGAAGGAGUGAAAGAUGAAGAAGCCAUUGACUUGGAAGGAAUCCAAAAUUACAGCAGUGUACGCAUUUAAAGCACAUCCUGUCCCGCAAGAAUUCUGGGAAGUGUAGUUUGUUAAGAAUGUUGUGUUUUGUAGCUCUGUGAGUGGUAAACCCCAGUUCCUGGGAUUAUUUCAGGGGUGUGCGAUUUCAAUGCACGGUGUGUACACAGCAUACAUGUGUAGACCCUGGAUGUUUUGGCCCUCGCCAUGCCGUAGUGUUGUCAACAGAGGAGUGUGGUAAUACAGCGUAGCUCCUGAUAUCACUGGAAGGACUCGGCAGGGAAGGCGCUCUUCUUAAGUGGCAGCAGUACAACAACAACAACAGGUAUUAAGGCAAUGUGUCCCCGGGUUAGAAUGAAGCAGACACUCUGAAAUUAACGCGGAGUGCUUCUGAUGUGUUUUGAGAUUAAAGUUGGCAGCUCUGUGGGGGUGGUUUGAACUUCUUACUACAAUAUUUCAUGUCACUUGGCUACACAAGCUUAUUCCGCAGUAAGUCACUGUGCUUAUUUUGCAUUUAUUUAAGAUCAAAUACAGUGGUACCUUGGGUUAAGUACUUAAUUUGUUUCGGAGGUCCGUUCUUAACCUGAAACUGUUCUUAACCUGAAGCACCACUUUAGCUAAUGGGGCCUCCUGCUGCCGCCGCGCCGUUGGAGCACGAUUUCUGUUCCCAUCCUGAAGCAAAGUUCUUAAACCGAGGUAAUAUUUCUGGGUUAGCGGAGUCUGUAAACUGAAGCGUAUGAAACCUGAAGCGUAUGUAACCCGAGGUACCACUGUAAAGGACCUUGAGAGACAGGGCAUGGCCUGAGGAGAGGCCUGAGGAACAGACAGAAGGCUACAUAGGCUCCCGAGUCUGAAGUUCCCCAUCCAUUGAAGUUCUCCAUUUCAUUGCUGUUGAACUCCAACUUGUACAUUUUCUGCCUUUACACCAGGUGUGUGGAACCUUUGUCCCUCCAGAUGUUGCUGAACUGCAACUCCCAUCAUCCCUAGUCAACAACUUUUGGAGCGUCUUGGCAACCCUAGAUGCACAUGUGUGGACAUCUAGAGCCAACCUAGUUGUUAUGUUGUGUUAAAGAAGGAAGUGUAUCUCUAAGCCUUUUCUCAGCACAAAUUCUUCAGAGGCACAGACCCCCAUAUUGUGUCCAUAUGUUUCCCCUUCUGUGAGUAGCAGCAGCUCCAGGAGGGAGGGAGAUUUGGAUUGGGGAAACAGCAUUAAACCCACCGUCCCCACUGCCGUGACUCUGAUCCACGUUGCAGGAGUCCCUCAACAGACAAUCCGAUGUGCAAUGUGCUCCCUGCAGGCAGAAAGUUUGAACACUGUUGCUCUAGAGCGAGGACGUUCUCUUGGGUUUCCAUGUUUAUUUACGUGCCACAGGCAAACCUUGUUCUCAUUUCAGCCCCUGGCAUGAGAGGUAGCCUGGGGCAGGCGGACCAGGAAGAGGGAAAACCUAACAGAAACUGGAAAUGGUAGCUAAGCGUUGUUUACAAGGCUGGCAGAUCUGGAAGGAGAGAUAAGAAUGGGUUCCUUUCCUCUGCCUGAUGGGAUGGGGGGCGGGGUAAAACGCCAAGGCUCUGCCCAAAUCAGCUUUUAAAAGUGUGCGCGCACACACACGUACGUGCACAUGGAAGGCUGGGGGAGGAGUAAAAAAAAGAAGAAGAGGGAAUGGGGUGUAAUUUUAGCUCCUUGAAAGCUGAUCUAGUUCAGGAAGAGCUAAAAGGAGGAGAACAGGAGGUAAACAAAUGAGGUUGUAUGUGGCAGGCGGAUGGUGGGGGGACACUCAGUCCAGCUGGCUUGAGUUAACAUGCUCUUUCAUUGUCUGGGCUUUUUGGAGGUGAAGUUACAGCUCUAGAGUUCAAGCCAAGCAACACGUGGGGUGUGUGGGGGUGGGCUGGGUGGGGAGGAGUUGAGCUUCAGAUGAGAUUUUGUGCGCUUGCCCUGAGCACAUGUGCAAAAGGCGGGUGGCGAGUAGUUUUCUCCUGCCUCCUGGUUUCUUGUUCUUGUUUGUAUUCUGAUCUGAAUACAGGCCCAGGGCUGGGUAUACUCUGUGUGCAAAAUUUGGUAUCUGCCCCAGAAUCCAGAGGCCCUCCAUUCCUCCAAGAUUCUAGCCCUUGCGGUUGGCGAAGCAGGCUUGAGACCUUAAAAGAGCCUUCACAACCAGGAAAAUGAGCAAACGUUCUGUUAGCUAGCCUGUGCCCCUCCUCAUCCUUUUCCUUGCAAGAAGAAUUUAAGUGAAAAUUACAUUUUCAGACUUUAUUCCAGGUGCAGAUUUUGGCAGAGAAUUUGUUUUUAGAAAAGCAAAAAACACAGAGCAUUCUUGAGCCUCCCAUGGGAGACUGGUAGCUUUGUCGACCAAGAGCCUUGGAAGGGGUUACUAGUCAUCCAGGGAUCAUUUACUUACCUUAUUUACUUAGUCUCUUUGACAGCACACACAGAUUCACACUUGAAGUCUCCCUGUUCUCUCCCUUCUUGUUCUGCCUUCUCUUUCCAGCAGCAACAGACUUUGCCACUUUACAAGGACACGAUGACUUACAAAGUUCAUGGCGGGGAACGUGUUUCCUAAUAGUUUGGCAUUGCGCACAGGAGAGUUGGGAGAGUUGCUGUGUAACAUGGAGACAUCUGCCCCUGGAAUCAACUUGGUAGCAUGGCCUGCCUGGCUCCCACAGUUGUCCCUGUCAUCCAUAUGGAGAAAUGGUGGAGGGAGCGCGGAGUAGACCAGAGACUUCAAUGCAUGCAGACUGCGGAACUCAGCUGAGCGCAUUCAGCCCCCCAGAUAAGGAUUAUGCAGAUGGCAUCUCAGCUAAAAGCUAGCAAAUGAAGAUGGGGAGGAGGGUUAUUUCUGAGCUGUUGCUUUAAUACUUUCAACCUGCCUGUUUUGUCAAAUAAACCAUGGUUUAUCAUGACACGUAUAAUAAGGUUACCAGAUUUUUUUCAAAGAAUCCGGGUACACCUUUUUUUUUGAAAAGAGGAAAAAAAGUUAUUUUUUAAAAAAAAUAUAUUAAGUAAUAUCUUCUUUUCUGUGGUCUCUGUCGCAUGGCCUUCCCCUGGGCCCUGGCCUGCUCUCUUGGAGCGCUAGCCGCCGUGGAGAAGGCUUGGGUCUGGCCUGGGCUCGACCACCUGUCCUUGCCCUCCUGGUGCUCUCCUACCUCUCCUCUUCAGCAGUGCGGCAAGGUCAGGGCUCCCCUCUUUUUUCUCCUUCCUCUUUCUCUCUCUUCCUUCUCCUUCUCCUCUCCUACUUCUCCCUGCAUCGGCUCCAGGGUUUUUACUGGCCCUGGAGCACCGCUGGGCAGUCGGCCGGUUGGCCGGGCGCUCUCGCUCUCAGCUCGAUUUGGGUCAUGGGUGUGUGUGUCAGCGGUUCCCCCGGCUGAUGUGCCGGGCAUCCCUGGUUCCCCCUCGGUAGUGGCGGUGGUAGCGGCAGUCUCCGCAGCCCGGAGCCAGCCUGGUAGCGCACUUGGCUUUGGCUGGCUUCAGGAGCUGCUCGCUGCCGUGGCAUCCGCCAUUUUGCCUCACCGGAAGUUCCCGUAUGAUGUGUCUUGUGCCGUUGAACCAAUCACGCAACAUUCAUUGCCUACUAAUAAAUCUACAACACUUAAAAUAUAAAUCCGGGAACAUUAAAUGAAAUCCGGGGGCAUUCCGGGGACAGAUUUUGCCCGGGGACAGAUUUGUUAAUCUAGGGACUGUCCCCAGGAAACAGGGAUGUCUGGUAACCAUAACGUAUAAGCUGCAACAAGCCAAGGGCUCACACCUUCCCUUCUGCCCACCUGACUAAGAAGAGGACUCUGGAAGCAUUUAGUUUCAGUUUCCCUUAGACCAUGGGUAGGCAACCUAAGGCCCGGGGGCCAAAUGUGUCCAAAUCACCUUCUCAGUCUGGCCCACGGAGGGUCCAGGAAUCAGCGUGUUUUUACAUGAGUAGAAUGUGUCCUUUUAUUUAAAAUGCAUCUCUGGGUGAGAAACAUCUUGGUUCCAUCCAUUGACCAGACGACUGUUGGAAUCCUGGAAGCCAAGACCCAAGUUUGGGGCAAGUACUCUUUGGUCAGAGAACCCCAGCAGAGAUUUAACAUCACAAAACACGCAGCAAAGGAAAGCGUGAAGAUAUACUGUAGGCUGUAAACCUUUUAAAAAUGUGCCAUUGCAGAGAGUCCCAAAAUGUCCCCCUUUAAAAGCUCCAUCCAAGCUAUCCCACUUUCCUAGUGUGGAGCUAGACCAUACGUUUGGUAAGUCAUAAAAUGGUUUACUUACAAAACACUUUAAAGGUCUGAUUCAUGUGCUUUUCCAUACAGCGUCAGAUAAGAUGCACAGGCAGUCAAAAUGUUCCUUAGUUACAAAAGGCAAAAGUUUCUAAACUACUGGUGUAGAAAAACACUAGUUUCAGACUCUGUUCUGCUCUGAAACAAAAGAGGCUGUUUAAAGCCAUGCAGCUGGCUGGAGCAACCAGCUUAGAGCUCCUUACAUAUUGAAAUCCACAUGGAGCAAGAACCUUACAAGGACCAAGAACUGUAACAAGAUGCCUUCUUUCUCCUUUUUACAAAAAAAACCUCUGUUGUAACUCAGUUGUCCUGUGGAUGUGGACAAAGGAAAGGACCGUGAGUUUGGCCAGUCAUCACCAAGCAUAGGCACAUGGUGUAGGUGUUAGGAAAAUUCAGUUUCUUUGGAUUUGCAGCUCUCACUUGCCCGCAAUCUUAAAAUUUUAAUGUACAGUUUUAAAUAUUGUGUAAACUGCUCCAAGGUGUUUAGAUGAAGUAGGAUAGGAAUCAAAGAAAUAAAAUGGCACAGAUAUAAAAGAAGCUGCAAUGUAGGGGUAAUAGUAUUGCAGUCAACUGACUUUACGCAAGAGUAGACCCACUGAAAUUAAUGACCAUGAUUUACUUCUCUCCAUUAAUUUUUUCUUAAAUGAUAUUUAUUAAAAUUUCAAAAAAUACAAGAAUUACACAAAAACAAAAAGUAAAAAUACAAGAAAAUAUAAAAUACAGCAAGAAAAAUAAAAAACCCUUAUUAAGAUAUAACAAAGAAAUGAAAAAUAAAAAGAAACAUACAAAAUAAAAACAGUUAAGAACAUAUUAAUUUUCCAUAGCAUAUCUUCCUUACACUUAUUUCUCCGGACCUCCUCGUACCUCCCUUUUUUGUAUUCCAGUUCAGUUUGUUAGUUCAGCAAAUCCUUACCAUUAAGCUUUUACCCAUUUGCAAACCUUUUUUCAUAUCUCUUAAAGCAUUACAGCUGGAAACCACUUAGUUUCUAUCCAACAUCCUUCUAAGAUUCCAUUAAUUUAAAUUUAAUUUAAUUUAAUUUAAGUGAAAAUUAUUUGACUUGUUUUGCUGCAAUGGCUACUCCUCUGGAAAUGACUACAAUACAGGACUGGUAUUAGGAUAGGAAGCCACUUGAAUAUUCUGUCUGAAGGACCACAGAAAAGUAUGCAGAUCCGGACGUUUAACUCUUCAUAGAUACAGACAUUCCAGCCUCUAUUGCAAUCCUUCUUCUGUUUCUCUCUUAAGGCCUGGUCUACACAAACAACAGAUAAAAUGCCAAACCCUUUCCUGGGCUGCAGCACUUCAUGGUAGAGAGAACAUGUUUAAAUUUUUCACACUACACACACACAGAGAGAGCAAAAGCAUUACACAAAGAAAAGUAAUGGGGAAAGGCUAAGAUACAGAUCUCCCAACCUCAAAAAAUGGGUACCAAAAUAAAAAGAGCCUGUUAGGGAAAGGUCACACAAAGAAUGCAUAUAUUAGUUAAAAUAAUGUAUAAAAAAGGGAUUAUAUAAUGGGAAAUGUCUUGCAAAAAUACAUGUAUUGUGCAAAAUGAAUCAAAAAAUGCAUAUACUAAAUUGUGUACACUACAGAAAUGCAUAUAUUAGGAGACCAAUUUUAAUGCAGACUUCCUUUUUCUUUUCAAAUUGCAACCUGAUGUGCUGAUAGAGAGAACCGCACCAUAGGCUGAAAAAAUGAGAAACUAAAAUUGACAGAUUUGUCCAUCUCAACUUAAUACACUCUAGGCAAGAUUAGUUGCACUGAGACCACUGGAAUCUGGCCUCUGGAAAGCAGCUUGAGACCCCUUUGCACCUUCCUCCCACCCCCCAUUCUGCUGGCCUCCUGCUUUCUAAUGCAGGGUGUUAUGUACUGAGUUGAAUAGGAUCCAAACUGCAGCAGUCUGAUUGGUCCUAGAACAAUAGGAUUCAGAAUGCAGCAGUCUGAUUGGUCCUAGAACAAUGCAGCAGUAUGAUUGGUUGGCAGGAACCACCCAAUCAUGCUCCAGAUAUAAGUGAAUCCACAACCUGAUUGGCUUACAGUAGAAUUCCAGAAUUAGCCAAUCAUGUGCAGCCCAUUGUGUAAAUAAUGUAUAUAAAGCAGAUACUUUGAGGGGACAUUCAUUCAUUCCUCCUCACCACUAUGAGCUGAAUAAAGAGCAUGAAAUCACUUUGCGACUCUGAGUAUAUUUCACAGGGUGUGUCCCUUUAUCCCCUGGGAGAUGCUCCAAAUUGGACCAGUUCCGGUUUGUUAAAUGCCUGUGUGUGUGUGUGUGUGUGUGUGUGUGUGUUUUAGCAAGGCCAAACCCCUUUUCAUCUGCCCAUAUGUUGCUCUUCCUUUGCCUCCAGAGGGUGUGGGGACAGGGCUUGGCAAUUAUGCUUCAGAAUAUUUUUACCUUUUGUUUGAGAGUUGCAUCAGGCAGCCAGGCAUUUGUGUCAACUGAAAAUACAGAUGUUUGCCCACCCUUCCUUCCUUAAAAAGCAGUCCCUUAUCCCAGAGCGUCAGCUGAUCAGCUAAUGUCAUCUUGUUACCUCUGGGCAACAGAGUUUUGUAACAAUGUCGUUUCUGUCUCUCUUGAACAGGAAUAUUCCCUCUCCCCACUUCUCGACAAAAAACAAAACAAAAAACCAUGCUGGAAAGAAACCACCAUCUGCUGUUCUGUUUUUGUUUUUCCUCUCGCCCACACUCGCUUUUCUUCUUCCUCUUCUUCUUCAAUGGAGCCUCUUUUUUUCUUUUUUAAAGGAUACAGCCAACCCUUGCCCUAAACCGCUGUUAUUCUUUGGCUGAUUCUAAAAAAGAUAGGCAGACUCGAGCAGAUCUCAGAUGCUGGUGGGAAGGAACUUGGUGACUGCAUGACGUUCCAUUUCCCGUUCACGCCAGAAUGACAAUGGUGGCUGGAUCUUAACUUUGUUUGGAAAAGCUCCAUGCAUUGUAGUAAUCAGCUGCCUGGGCUUUUGCAGAAAGUCUGACUGAGAUGGGUGCAAGGCCAAUUCAGAAGAAUGUGUCACCCACGCUGCUAAGGGCUGAUUCACACGACCUCGGAAGCACAUGGGGCAAAGCUACGUGGGCUCUGUUGCUUGGGUGCAUGUGUCCUACGGUAGGAAGACUCAGGGGCUCAGUCUGAAGCCCCGAGGCUUCUUAUUUGGCCCCCACAAUAGCUCCCUACUCAGUUAUACGCCUCCUCCCCUAUCACUGCCCUCUGCUCCUUUUGUAAACAACUGCUUGCUUACUUAUGUUUCAGAAUACUUUCUUGUUAUGUAACAGUCCGAGUCUUCAUUGCAAUAUUGAAAACACAGCAUAUGGGUUAACGCUAUAAUUGUAUUCCUCAUUCCAACAAAUAAUAAAAAUAAUAUGUGCCAGUUUAGAUCUAACUAUUUUUGACCACAUGUUCUCUGAGCCCUUUGCAAGGUCGCUGUUUGGAGAACUCUCCCUCUCCCCCCCCCCCCCGCCUUGCAGCUGAUACAUGAUUUUGCUCUAGUUGGCAAGCUCAGAAUCAACUCCAAGAUUACAUUAGCAGCUCUCCCCCUCAGAUAACUGGACAAGAUCAUUUGUGCACCAAAGGGUGUGAAAUAAAACAUGCAGUCAUUCAUCCAGGGAAUCCUAUAGCCUGCUUCCAAAACACAUUCCCAAAAUGCGUAUGCAUAAAGUCAGCAUAGCAUUGCCAAUACCGUACAGGGAUCAUACACCACAUCUGAUUGUAUAAAUGUUUCUGCCUAUGAGUAUCCAAGUAUCACGGGCACUGAACUUUGAAAAAGCUUUAUGAGAUUGGAGCUAAUGGUAUUUGUCUGGACUUUAUUCCAGACCUAUCUCCAUUCAUGUUCUAGAUCCUACCUUCUAGAUCUCUUUCCCAUUUCCUCCUGGCAUAGAAUUGCUUCAUCUGUUGCCCCGAUUCAGCAGUAAAUAAUAUAUUUUUCCAGUUUAUACUUUUGACUUUUUUUGCAUCUUAGACUUCAAUAUUAUACACACUCAUUUGGGAGUAGUUUCCUUUGAACGCAGUGGGGCUUCCUUCUAAAAAUAAAUGCAUAGGUCUGUACCGUUUAUGUUUCACAUUUAGAUCUUAGCCCUGCAUAUUUUGAUUUCUUUACCGUACCAUAUCUCAUUUCUCACCACACUGGUCUUGUGAGGUAGGAUAUUUCUGUUCCAUUUUACAUGAUGGGAACGUAGUCUGACAUGUGUUGAAGAUGGCCUCCCAGGUAAUCCACGGCCAGGUUAACCGUUGAACCCAGCUCAGUUCCAGAAUCGUGACACCGUGUGGGUGCCAAAUUCCUUGUUUUGGUGCCCCCCCAGCCUUGCAACAAACAUAGUUUGGCUUGAGGGCAUGUUGCCAUAGCAACUGCCCCCUUUAGGCCUCCAGUGCUGAUAAGGGUCUUUGCAGGAGUCUCACAGGGUGUGCAGUCUGAAUGCUUAUUUCCUGCUUUGAGCAAAGAGAUAUUGUGUGUGCGUACAUGGGGAGGCAGGGAGUGUGUGCCUGCCAUUGCCACAAAAGGUGUCCCACAACAUGAGGCCCACUUUAGAACACAGCAAGAGAAUGAAUAACAGUAUGACUCCAUCCCGCCAUUGUUAAUCAGGAGUUCCAAAGAAGGCCUUCGAACCAUUAUUUCUGGUCUACUAGAUUCUCCUUUAGGGCAAGAACAUGGGAACUUCAACCUGUUUCUCUCACAAGAGGCCUUCUAGAAAGGAAUGUGGCCAAGAUCUAGCAGUGCUUAACACAGGCUGCCAGUUCAUAGGGUCAUUUUUGCAAGCCUAUCAAGGGCUGGACACUUCAUCUGAGAUUUGCUGGCUGACUAUCAUUCCUGAAUCAAAGCCAAGAAGCACAAUCUGGCUUGCCCAAGUUAUCUCCACAAUCUGAAAAGGGGACCUAUUCUACCCACCCACCCGGAGCCCGCCCAGGUGCCUGCAGGUGCUGCCUCUGGCAUCCAUUUCAUGUGGUGGCAAGGCAGAAAGACUCUUUAAGCUAAAAAUCUGGCAUGCUUACCCAGAAUGCCUUGCUCCUCCUCCCAGCCCCAAUUCUAUCAGUUCAGGAAAUAAGUGACAGCACCAUUCUGUGUCUGCGGUUGAUGAACCACAGGAAGUUGGUUUAGACAGGAAACAUAAGUCUUUGUGAUGCAGUGAGACUUUGCAUAAAUGAAAUUACCUCUUAGCACCACAGCGACUUCGUGAGUAAAGCUAAGGUGCCUCUAAGCGUGGCCAGGUGUGAGGAGAUGGCAGCCACCGGGUGUGCAUGACAGAGCUAGCCAGAAUGCACUUCAGACGUGCAUUAAAAGUAUGGCAUUUCUUUGUUGGAGGAGGAAACCACAAAAUUCGGAUGACUGCAAAUGUCAAAGGAUGGCUGUGUUUUGGUUUGCAUAUUGUUUCAGAAGGCGUGUAUUUGAUAGAUUUGGCUUUAAAUUUCUCCUCCAUCCUUACCUGAUAGGAAGAGGCUUCCUUCGUUCCUGUUAAGUUGUGGGCGAACAUAGCAGACGACACAGCGAUUCUUCAAACAGCUCUUCUUUAUUCAGAUGUCAGAACAGAACUAAGCUGAGGGGCUCAGUCAGCCUGCUUAUAUAGAGCUCCAGAACAAUGUAACUGUUGCCAUUUUCUAAAACUAUCCAAUCACUGAACGUCACUUUUCGAUCCUUCAUUUGCAUACAAAACUAUCCAAUCACUGAACGUCACUUUUCAAUCCUUCAUUUGCAUACAAAACUAUCCAAUCACUGAAUGUCACUUUUCAAUCCUUCAUUUGCAUAACUAUCUACAGUAUCCCCCUGCUGGCCCAGGGUGAGGACUUCAGUACUUAAGAGUUCCUCCUGGGUUGAGGUCAGAUGCCUCUUCAGCUGCUGCUCAGGAUGGGAUGAAUGUGGCCUUUGGAGGGUCAUGAGGGGGCCAGGCAGGCUUUUGUUUCUGAUUGUCCCAAGUGUAUGUCCAGGACCAGAUGGCCCCCUUUGAAGGCUCCUUUUCCGUUCUCAUUGCCAACAGGUCAUAUUCGGUUUCUCGUGCCUGCCAGGUUCUAACCAGGACUCCUGGAGAUGUUUAGCCAGAGUCAGCAUGCAGCUGAAAAUCUAGAGGAAGAAGAAAUUCUUAACAUUUCUCCAGCAGUACAGUGUGUUUCACUUACGUUGUCUCAGGAAUCCUUUCAACAGUUGUGUACAAUAGGCCACAAUCAGCCUAUCUACAAAUAGCAAACUUAAUUCUCCGACUGCUAACCCUUAGCCAGAAUGGCACCAUCCACAAACUACAGGAGGGGAAACCUCAGAUUUGCGGAACCCCAAGGUUUGCAGAAGUACAAAAACACUUUUGGGGGAGACCCUGUAAUGAGGACUAUUAAGGACUGAGCAUGCUCACUGGCUGCACAAAGUGCUGAGUGACUUGACGGUGGAAGGGAGGGUUGAGAAAUACUCAGUCCUGCAGUGUUUUGGUCCCAGUUGUCAUUCUCUGUGUGUGUGUUUCAGAGAGAGAGAGGGUCCGCCUCUUAAGCAAUUGCGGAGGUGCAAUUAGUGCCAGCACCGUCCGUUAAGAGUUUGGGUGUAAUCUUCGACACCUCCCUUUCCAUGGAGGCGCAGAUUGCAGCUAUAACAAAGGCGGCAUUUUUCCAUCUCCGCCAAGCUAAGCAGUUGGCUCCUUACCUCUCUCGCCCUGACCUAGCCACUGUGAUCCCCGCGACGGUCACCUCCAGACUGGAUUAUUGUAACUCGCUCUACGUGGGGCUGCCCUUGAGACUGACCCAGAAACUCCAGUGGGUGCAGAAUGCCGCGGCGAGACUCCUUACGGGGUCUUUGCUGCAAGAUCACAUUCACCCGGUGCUAUACCAGCUGCACUGGCUCCCGGUGGAGUACAGGAUCAGGUUUAAGGUGCUGGUUUUGACCUUUAAAGCCCUAUAUGGCCUAGGACCCUCGUACCUACGGGACCGCCUCUCCUGGUAUGCCCCACAGAGAAACUUACGGUCUUCAAAUAAAAACAUCUUGAAGGUCCCAGGCCACAGAGAAGUUAGGCUGGCCUCAACUAGAGCCAGGGCUUUUUCGGCUGUGGCUCUGAUCUGGUGGAACACUCUGUCACAAGAGACUAGGGCCCUGCGGGACUUGACAUCUUUCCGCAGGGCCUGCAAGACAGAGCUGUUCCACCAGGCCUUUGGCCAGGGCACAGCCUGACUCCCUCCCUCGGCAAUCUUCGUGGAGCUCUGGCCCAAUGGUUGCCAGUGGCUUGAUUUGAAUUAAUUUUAUAAUGAAUGGUUUUAGAGUGUUGUUUGUGCUGUGCUUUUGUACUGUUUUAUUGUUGUUAGCCGCCCUGAGCCCGGCUUCGGCUGGGGAGGGCGGGAUAUAAAUAAAAUUUAUUAUUAUUAUUAUUAUUAUUAUUAUUAUUAUUAUUAUUACUAUACUACAACAUGGGGUAAGUAAGUCUUACCAUGCUCAGUAGAAUCGGAAGCACAUUAUACUAAGGGUGUCUUCAGAUUGUCAGUAUUUUAUGGGAGUGAUUCGGUUCAAUGCCAGAACUUUAGGUUUAUGCAUCAACAUGCUCUUUAAAUCAAUCAAUCAAUCAAUCAAUCCACUUUAAAUAAGCAAACAAAAACCUGGACUUCUUGCAGUCUGGAAAGUGAUGAGACAGUGCAUUGAAAAAUGUUGAAUGAAUGAAUAGCUAAUGAGAAAAUGUAUAAUCCGGGUGAAAAACUCAUUGUAGUGUAACUGCUCUGCAAACAAAUCAAAGCGAAUUCUCAAUAAAGAUUGCAUAUAAACUCAGCCCUGCAUAGGCUUUGUGAAAGCAAAUCUGGAUGAAAGCUCCACAUAGAGGUCAUCUGGAGGGUCCCUAAGGACAAAUCUUUCAAAGGGCGUCAACAUUGCAACUCUCUGGCUCCAUCUCUUGGCCAAACACAACCCCCCUGCAAAUGUUGGGCCUGUGGCCCAAAAGAUUAUGUGGUGAGGGGACAUAAGAACUCACUGCUGGGGGACAGGGCAUCACACAUCAAUGCGAAAUUACAGAAACAAAAGUACUAGUGUUCUGAUAUGUUUGAAUCUUCAUUAAUUCAUUAAAUAUUUGUAAUAAAAUAAAACAAAAUGUAGCACUUGGCUGCAGGAAUUCCACCCUCAGUUUCUGUCAGUGGGGGAGCUGCCACAAAAUGUUGCAGUGGGGCCUGCCCUCCCCUGCUCCCUUCUCCCAAUUAACCUCCGUCUCCAGGGUCCACCCCCAUGACAUCACCAGGGACCACCCCUAGGUUUCAGGUUUUGGCUUCUGAACUAGGGUGCUUCUGACCAACAGUGGAGGUAAAACCAACCAAGUUGGUGGCCGUCUAGUAUUACUCUUCAUCAGGGAAAGCGUAGCUCCCCAACCCUGUUGUCCACAACCCACAGUCUUUGGUACCACGAGUGGCAAGCGCCAUAUUGGAUCCAUUGAGGGCAUCUAACUGGCUUGUGCCACCCCUGGCAAAUUCCUCUGGAGCCCUAGGAAGCAAAUCCCUUGGGUAGGGCCAAGGGACUGAGUCACCAGUGGCGGCUACUGCACCCGGCACAGCUGCUUGGGCCUCUCCUCCCCAUUCCCUCUAAAUUCACAGCGCAGGACAGUUGUGGGUUGGGAACAGGAUAGUGGAGUACUAGAAAUGAUUAAGACCAGAUGGCACGCAUGCCAGAGCUGCAAAGGAAGGAGUGUGCCUCUUAUUUCCCCCCUCAAAGUUGAUUCUUCGACCAAGUUAGCCUUGAUGGUUUGGAAUUGGCAUGAUUUCUUAAAAAGUAAUGGGCAUAGUCCCUGGGCAUCCGCUAGGUGGGGAUUUGGGCCCUGCAACCCAUUUGAUGUUGAGACCCCUGCAACGCACAGCCGUCCCUCCUCCGUUACCGGCAUGGGGAGAAGUAAGAAAGGUUUCCAUAGCUGGCAGCCUCAGAGGCCGAAGGGGCUUUGUUGAGAGCAAUUUGGAGGAAUGCAAUGUGGGCCCUUUGCCUUCUCGUGGUUGCUCUCGUCACUACUGAUUCCUUCCCCGCUAGAACAAAAGUGACUUUGUUGAGACUCCCGUCCUCCUUGCAUUUCCAAGGAGUCAGAGAGCGAGUGAGUCAGAGUCUGCGGGCUUUUCAGUCUGGCAGGUAGCCUGCCUUUCCUGAGUAGAGCUGGCUCCGUUAUGAAUCAGUUCUGGGUGUGUGUAUAGAUGGUACCCUGGACUGGGCGGAAGCAGGAAUGGUAGGAAGGAAUAAAUGUGUGCACAUUCAUUGUCUAAAGGGCAAGUUUGUGAAUGGUGCAAGAAAACGUAUGGGGAUGUGCAAGAAUGGGAACAGGAAUAAGUGGUGUGUUGUUUUUUCUAUGCCACCUUUCAUACCUAAUAACAAGGAGAUGUGUAAAACCCAGGAGCAAUCCAUUGACAAAAAUCAGACUAAAACGGCAGACGCUAAGUCAAUGGCAGGUAGUUAAAAGAAACCAGGUGGUAUAAACAACCAGCAAAGGUAUCAGAGAACAAAUGUGUUUUCAGCAAGGACCAAAAUUACAUUAAGGUAGCUGCUUCCCUCAGUUCACAUGGGAGUUGGUUCCACAGAAAGGGCGCCACCACUGAAAAGGCCCUUCCUCUGGGCACCACUAGGUGAAUCUCUGCAGGUUGCGAUAUGACCAGAAAGGCCCUGUCUGGCUGUCUUAAUGCAGGGGGCAAGCUGAUAUUCAGAAUGGUACUCCUUCAGCCAAGCUGAUCCCAAGUUAUUUAGGGUUUCAUAGGUCAAAAGCAACCCAUUAAAUCUGGCUUGGUGGCAUAUUGGCAGCCGCUGACUGCUAUGGACCUGCUCCUUUGCGGGGAGCGAAACCCUCUCUAGGGUAACCAAAUAUCCCAUUUCCCAGACCCAGGAACCACCUAGCCUCUAGACUUCUAUGUUGUUGGCUCUCACUCAGUGGUGAACUCAAUGGGGCGUGUGUGUGUUUGCGCGCGUGCGUGAGAGAGACUUAUGUAUGUCUGUAUUCAUUAGUGUGUGAUUGGGACAAGAUUAGUCUGUAUGAUGGCACUGUGGGGAUGAGUGUUUGUGUGCGACUGGCUCAUGUUCUCCCGUACGAAGAGAACAUUAGAGCAGGCUGCUACAAAGCGGGUUGAAAGAAUUUUCAGAUGGGCAUAUUCUCCUCCGCCCCAGUUGAACAAGUUCCAAGCUUUGAAGAACUGUGUUUGUUAAAUGCAUUAUAACAUGACGCAACUUUUCAUUUUAUUUAAUUUUCCUGUGUAACCUGAGACCUUUCUUUACCCGUCCUCUCUGUUGUUGCAUUAAAGCACUCUCCUGGGGCUGGAAACCAGCACUGGCAGCGAACCCGUAUUAUCUAUUGGUGUACACUCACAGCCUUCUCCACUUAGAUCAGCAAAUUCUCAUCUUCCUCUAGAUUACCAGUGGGGAGGCUGAGGCACAAUGCCUCCAGAGGCGAUGUUUUCAGAAAGCUGUACUGUGGAACUGCCUGCCACAAGGAAAUAGUCAUGGUGAAAUAUUUAGCAGUUUCCCCAAAAGGGAUUGAUUAGAUAUCCACAGAAAAUGAAGCCGGUGAUUGCCAAACCAUUAUACCAAACUCAUAACAGGACUGGGCAAAACCCGUCUCUUAAUAUGAGGGAUAGAUUAAGGUGAGGCAUUGACAGGGACAGGCGGUUCUCUGCCUGUGGGUUUCUGGCAUCCCUUGAAAGCAUCAUAUACACUGAUCUCCUUUGUUGGCAUAUUCCAUUUGGCAAUUCUCAUACACGUUGUUCAAGAGUUUUCCUUUUCCUCCUUUCCCUUUUCAUACAGGGCAAGGGAGAUGGGUCAGGGGGAAAGCCUGAAUUAGAAAUGCCAUGUGAAUAGUUCAUUCAAUUAAAAAGGCAAUGUGAUGUUUUGAUCUCUUAAUGGGUGGUGGUGGGGAGAAUACUAGAUAGUAGUUGAUUUUUUAUUUUAUUUUUUUAAUGCCCAGAAACAAGAACUAUGCAUGAGACAUUUGGGGCUGGAGCCACUGAGGAGCACAUAACCCACUUAUUCUUUGGGUUUCUGCAUUAACAACAGUUUUGAGUCUGGAGCAGUGACUCAUGAAGAGAUGCAAAGGAGACCCUCCCCUGAAAGUGGGCAAUUCUACUGCACCUCUGCAUUGGAAUCCAGUGACACCCAGCAGACUUAUUCAUGGUGGAGGCUAAUUUGGAGGAAGCAAGUCCAGAAAAGGGAAUCAUUUGGAGAUGUAACAGGCGGCCUUCUCUGCAGAUGGCAUUUUGGGCUCACAGGAGACUUGAACGAUGUUCAUUCAUUCGUUCACCAGUUCAUCCAUAGCAUGCUAGCAGCUUUCUUGUAGCAAACAGGUUCCACCUUGACCAUUGUUGACAACGAACCACAGGCAAAAAGGGCUGAAAGCCACACGUCUUGGUUGAUAAUUGAAAUCUCCUGCUGGACUGGAGUGACAGCUCUGCCCAGGAAGCAAUGCAGGAAAUGCUUAUUUCCCAAAAUGCUUAUUUCCCAGCUACCUUGCAGUGCUUUGACAGCAUCCUACCUCCUCACAGUAGAACCCAAAUUGAAGUUCAUGUGGUUUCAAAUCCAGGUCUUCUUGCCUGAAGGGCAGAGUGGGGAAUGCUGUAGCCUUUAGCUCUUCGUGGCUUUAUUAUACCCAGAAGCUGCUCCCAGUUUUCAGUGUGAAGCUCUGGAACAGUGCUGUUCUGGUAGCUGAGGGCACCACAACCCAUUCAUGAUUGUAUUGGAGUGAGUCAUGUUUGGGUUUAUUUUUAGAGAUUUCUUAAAUUUCCUGCAAAUGAACACUUCCUUGGCUUGGUAGAGGAGAUAUUGCAGGCACAUUGUACUGCUUUUAUAGUCCAAAAGUGGCACACAUGCUUUCAAAAAAGCUAUAAAUAAAUGUCCUAAUUUCCUCCUUGUAUGAAGGAGACGUGGUGGCUCUUCUCUUUUUCCUUACUCUCUUGAAUUUCUUACUGCAGUACAGGGAAAUACUAUUGAGCAUGCCUGAGUCUUUUACCAAAAAGUGAGCAGCGUUAUAAACUCCUAGACUGGCUGGUACAGGGUUGGAGAGGCAAGGACCUCGAAUGAGGCAAGGACCUGGAAAGGGUCAGCCCUCCCAGCUUUCAGAUUUAACUACAAGGAGUAACUCUGCUGGCUACCAGCCUGUACCUAUGGCAAGGGGGAGUCAUGCUUCAUCUGUUAUCAAGGAUGGAGAAAAGCGAGAGCUGAGAGACAUAGAAAAAUCGCUGUAUUUCUGUAUAGGGUUGCUGAGUACCUUGGUCUUCAUCUGGUGUGUUACACCAGAGAGGGAAGCAGAAAGGAAAGGAUAAAGACAGGGAGACAGAGAGGAGGAGAGGAAGACACAUGUAGGCUAAAGGAUAUAAAAGCAUGAUUUACCGUAUUUUUCGCUCUAUAGGACGCACUUUUUUCCCUUCAAAAAUGAAGGGAAAAUGUGUGUGCGUCCUAUGGAGCGAAGACGCCAUAGCCCCGCGACCCUCUCCCGGCUGGAGAGGUGACGCGCGGCUAUUGAGGCUCUUGCCAUAGCCGCCCGUCACCUCUUCAGCCGGGAGAGCGCGCGCGGGGCUAAAGAAGCCAUAGCCCCGCAACCCUCUCCCGGCUGGAGAGGUGACGCAUGGCUAUGGCAGGAGCCUCUCCGCUGCGCCUUUCCGCUGCUCCCUGAACUGCUCUUUGGGGCUGGUGGUGGGCUUCCCCCCGCCAGCCCCAAAGAGCAGGUCGAAAGGAACCUGACGCCGGGAGCGCGCGAGGGGUCAGUGCACCCCUACCCCUCUCGCUCUCCUGGCUUCCAAGGCAGCCGCCUGAACGCACCUUAAACGGCACCUUGUUUUAGAGCGGGAAAACAAGAGGGGGAAAGUUCUCCCCCUCUCUGCACAGCGCCUCCUGCCACUUCGCUGAAGGGGCGCUGGGCAGAGAGGGGGAGAUUUUUUUUUCUUGUUCUCCCCCCUCUAAAACAAAGUGCGUCCUAUUGUCCGGUGCGUCCUAUGGUGCGAAAAAUACGGUAUUUAUUUUUGCUGCAUUCCUGUUCACAGGAGCGGGUAACCUUUUGGGCACAAGUGUAGGGGUGCCAUAUUUCAAAAAGUAAAAACCAGGACAUCCCAAAAGUUGUUGAGUUCCUUUCCUUUCAAAAACACCAAAAAGACCCGUGGUUUUUUUAUUGACUUGCCUAAGAGCCAGGUCAAUAAAUUAAAUAAAAUAAAAUAAAUAAUAUUUUAUUAUUAUUAUUGACUUGCCUAAGAUCCAGGAGGGAUGCGGGUGGUGCUGUGGGUUAAACCACAGAGCCUAGGACUUGCCGUUCAGAAGGUCGGCGGUUCAAUUCCCCGCAACAGGGUGAGCUCCCGUUGCUCGGUCCCUGCUCCUGCCAACCUAGCAGUUCGAAAGCAUGUCAAAGUGCAAGUAGAUAAAUAGGUGCUGCUCCGGCGGGAAGGUAAACGGCGUUUCUGUGCGCUGCUCUGGUUCACCAGAAGUGGCUUAGUCAUGCUGGCCACAUGACCUGGAAAAACUGUCUGCAGACAAACGCCAGCUCCCUCGGCCAGUAAAGCGAGAUGAGCGCCGCAACCCCAGAGUCGUCCGCGACUGGACCUAAUGGUCAGGGGUCCCUUUACCUUUACCUUUUAAGAUCCAGAACAAAGUGCCGCAUUUCAAAAAUUCCCCCCGGAUGUCAAUUCCACCUUUGAAAUCCAGAUGUAUGGCAGCCCUACACAAAGGAAACCUUUGCAGCCUUGGCUAACCUUCCGAGGGCCGCGUGCCACUAGUGGGUGUGGCCACCUCUCAUGCACAUUCUCGCAUGCACACCCAGGCAGUACAGAGAUGGCCGCACAGAACACACAGAGUGGGGUUGCCAGCCCCUCUCCAUUAAUCAGAGCGUUGAUUUGCUGAUCAAGCAGAGAGGGCAGUGUGCAUGCCCAUCAGUGGACUGGGAUGCGCCCACCUCAGCACUGUGUCUACUUUUGGGGAAAAUCUUUCUUUCUUUCUUUCUUUCUUUCUUUCUUUCUUUCUUUCUUUCUUUCUUUCUUGACAAAUUGACUGAACUGGAGUUAGUUAGCUAUCCCUUGCUAUAAAGUCUAACCUGAGAGAAAGUCUCAUUGAACUCAAGGUCACCUCCUUCUGAGUAGGCAAGCUCAAGAUUGCAUUGUAAAUGUGGAUCCAUGUUGCACCUUUGAAAUUAAAGGAGGGCUGUUUCUUGAAAAGGUUAAAGGCCAUUGGUUCAGUUCAGUAAUUUUAUUCCUGGGUUUGGGAUGUUUUUGAUUAAAAUACUGGACACUAGACAAGUCAGUAGAUUAUUGUGCUGUCCUGACCAGACCAGACCAGUGACUGACCCAUCAUCCCCAAGUCAGCACAUUGCUGAAUGUAACCAAUAUGCUCCUUGAGAAUCCCAUGUCUUGCCUACACUUUCUCUUGAAAGAGGAAGUCCUUCCAUGCUUCCCAGAAUGUAUUCCAUGGAAGCAGUCCAAGAACUCAAUCCACACCACCUGUCUCUCUGCUCCUCUCCUUAGAGCUCCAUGAACCUCCCUCCUGACAAGGCUCGUCUCCUCCGACAAUAUGACAACGAGAAGAAAUGGGACCUCAUUUGCGACCAGGUAAGGUGGGGCUGCCCUGAGGUUGUUGUUGAUGGGGUGAGAUUCCAAAUCAUAUCAUGGCAGAGGCUGAUGACUCAGACAGGGUCACUGCCAGAAACAACUUCAUCUCCCCUUGAGCUACAGUUCCUCGACUCCCUUUAAAAGAGCAGGCCACAUCCCCUUAUCAUAAUGCAUUUUUCCUACUUGACUGCUUAAUUCUUUGUUGUUAUGAGAAUGGUAUCCCUGUUCCCCGCAUGAUUAACGGGAAAACGUAAACAUCUGACCUCCAUGUGGGCCUGUUACAGGCCAUAACAUUAUUUUAGCUAUUUAUAUACUGCACAGUUACCAAAGUUUCUAAGCAAUGGAAAAGCUCUUUCAUUUGAUUUCGAGGUUGCUUCCAUGCCGGGCAUUUACUGUGGAGCAUAACUGUUUUGCUCAUGUACUUUUCACGGGGCAUCUGCACAGCACCAUGACCAAAACAUUCGGCUCCUGUGCAUUCUGCCACCCACCUGUUGAGCUCAGAAAAUUCUACAAACCCCUAGCUAUAGACACACCCAGCUACCCAUAAUACACUGUGAUACGAUUCCUCCCUGUCUAAUCAAGGAACCCACAAAAUUUAGGUUCAGGAGAAGAGAGUGGGGUGAAAUUGUCCCUCCAUUUAUUUUCAGUCAUAUCCUGUUCCUGUACAUUUAACAUCAGCUUGAUCUGAAGAUAUUAGCAAGUGAUAAUCCUUAUCCCUAUGUUAUAAGCAACUUGGAGGUUCUUGCAGAUCAAGGUGCUGAUAAUGGCAUAGGAGUGGUCCAUGUCAUUCUUUCCUAGUCAGUUGACAAAUCCUAUUAGCAGCUGUUUGUGCCGCUGCAACAGUAGCAGCCAGCACAGGUAUCUCUCUGUGUGUUGCUGUCCUCUUAAGUCCUCUCAGGUCCCAGCCAGCAUAGCCAGCGGUCAAGACUGAUGGAGGGCAUUAGGUUAGGUGCCCCUGCUCCUUAAGGGAGGCCUAACAGAUAUGUGGGUUCAUCAUCCAGGUUACAGAGAUGCAUUUGUAGUAAUAAACCAAGAGCCUAUGUUCCAUAAAUCACAUUGGACAGUGACUGGGGAAUCAUGGAAUAACGUUUUUCUCCGCCUGUGGGUUCCCAGAUGAAGAUGUGGCUUUAGACCGGUCCAAAACCAUGAGAGGGAGACCAUAGGUUCUUACAGCCCAGUUCUGUGUAUGCUUAUUUAGAAGUUAAGUAAAUUCCUUUGAGUGCAGUGGGGCUUGCCUAAGGUUGCAAUCCUAAGGGGAAAGGUGCAGAUUUUGCUAGCGUUUGAGCAGGACAAAAGGCCACAGAAGAGAAUGUACCAUAUUUUUCGCACUAUAGGACGCACUUUUCCCCCUCCAAAAAUGAAGGGGAAAUGUGUGUGCGUCCUAUAGAGCGAAUGCAGGCUUUCGCUGAAGCCUGGAGAGCAAGAGGGGUUGGUGUGCACUGACCCCUCUCGCUCUCCAGGCUUCAGGAAGCUAACCGCAAGCCUUUGGAGUGCGGCGGGAGUUCCUGCCGGGCUCAGAAGGCUUGCGGAUAGCAGCAAGCUCCGGGAACGAAGGAGAGGUUGCUCGCAACCUCGCCCCCGCUCCCGGACCCGUUCUGGGGGCUGGGGUCGGGGUACGCUUGGGCUUCCCCCGCCCCAGCCCCGCGGCUAAAAACGAAGCCAAGUCAGUGAGCGGGAUCCAUCUCGUUGUUUUGGCUUCUUUGCUCUUUGGGCCUGGGGGGGGGGAAUAAUUUUUUUUCUUUAUUUCCCCCCCUAAAAACUAGGUGCGCCCUAUGGUCCAGUGUGCCCUAUGGAGCGAAAAAUACUGUAUAUGGGUGGAGCAGAGAGUGGAAAUGGCUUUCCUUCCAAGCUUAUUAGAUAUACAGGCAUAAAGGAGCAUCUGGAAUUCAGAUUACCCAGGAAGAGCAAGCCACCAAACAGCGUUGUCAUUGGUGCAAGUCAGGGCAACACUGAGGCUUGCUGUGUUAACAAAUAAAUAGUGGGGACCUUUCCCCUGUGGUGACCUAGGCCAAGCUUGGCUCUGUGCUUUUGAAGACCUAACAAUCAUUAUUCCUGCCUUCUGCUUCUUUCUUCUUUCUUCCUCUUCCCCGCCCACCCUUGACCUGGAACAGGAACGAUUUCAGGUGAAGAACCCACCCCACACAUACAUUCAGAAACUGAAGAGCUUCCUUGACCCAGGAGUCACCCGGAAGGUAAGACGCUCAGAAUAUUUAAUGUAUACAAGUUCCAUUCACAGAUUACUUAAAAUGGUUUACAAGACUGGAAACAUCAAACAAAGCAUUGGCCAUGCAAUAUGACAGUGAUGCCCUCCAGGGCAGCCCACUCAGGGCAUGUUGCCACAAGAGGAACAACCUCCCUUCUCCUCCCCAGCCCACGGCUCUGGGGAUUCUCCAAACACACACCCCUGAGCCAAAAUGGAGGGGGAAGUGCUAGCAGGACUCCAUGUGCUGUCUCCCACUAGCACAGCUACUUGGUUGGCGCCAAGGCCGCUGCUCUCCCUUUGUUAAUACCACUACUAGACUAGGGCAAAGCGGUCCUUCAGUUUGAGGAUUUCUUCAAAUAGAGGCCUUAAAACAGAACACAAAGCUAUCCUAGGCCAAGAUAGCUAUCACUUGGCCAGGCAAGGCCCUUUCCGAUGAGACAAGUUGCUCAUCCUGAAAAGCAAACACUGAGGCCAGGCUUUCUAGCAGAGGUGGAGAACCUGUGGCCCUGCAGGUGUCAUUGGACUCAAACUUCCAUCAGCCACAGCCAGCAUGGUCAUUGGUCAGGGGUGAUGGGAAUUGUAGUCUGGUACAACUGGAAGGUGCCAAGAUGGCUACUCCUGGUCUGUGCCAUAGUAAGGAAUCUCACAGGCCCUCCAGUUCUUGCAGAAGUAGUAUUAUUUGCAUAAAGAACAAGGGGUAUAGGAGAAUAUAAUCAGGGACUGGUUAUAGAGAAGGAGGUACGAAAAUAACGGAUGCAUUUAACCCGAUGGUUGAUCCUACCCUCAUAUGCAGGCUUGAUUGUAGAUGAGGAAGAUAAAUUGGUUGUAUCCUGCCAGUAAAGUGUGGUCUUUAUGCUUGUAGAAGUUCCGUCGGAGGGUGCAGGAAUCCACCAAAGUGCUGAGGGAGCUGGAGAUCUCUCUAAGGACCAACCACAUUGGGUAAGUCAUUGGUGGACCCUGUCUGGGUCUGAGAUAUUGCUGCUCUAACAUGCUCUGCAGCAGCCUUCUUUAGCCUUGGGGCACACAGUGUUCUGAGGACUGCUCAAGGCUUCUCUUCCUUAAGGCAGUCACCAGAUCCUGCCAACAUUACAUGGAUGUGUGUCUUUGUUUAUUGGCUGUUUAUUGACCUAGAGGCAUUUCCGAAAUCCGAGCAACAAGAUCCAUGUUGGAGGCGAACUAAGCAGUGAGAACUAGAGGCUUCAAUCGACACACAAGUUAUGUGGGGCAUGAGCCAGCUAUUUUUAAACCCCUUGAGAUCCAAUGGCAAUGUUUAGCACACGCCCAGAUUUCUCCCACUGAAGUCAAUGGGAUUUUAAAGUGCUUAAUUUUGAGUGGAUCAUGCAUGCUGUGUGUAGCCGGGGGCAGGAGAUUUACUGUGUGUGCAAACGGGUUAAUAAAGUGACGCAGUUUUCCAACUUGACUUGGUUUUCUCUCUGUUUUCUGUGUGUGUGUGUGUGUGUGUGUGUGUGUGUGUGUGAAUAAGCACCUUCUUCUUAAUUUGGGUUAAAUAAUGAUGAUGGUUUCUCUAAUACAAGAAGCUGUAUAGGUUUUGGCUAAUACGUGGAUUCCCAGGUAAAAUGCAGCUGCUGAGGAAGAGGUGUGGAAUUUUAGCAUCUUCUCAACAUCAGUUAAUUUCUGGAAUUUACCCAAGGUGGGGUGAUACGGAUUAGAUAGCUUUAAAAUGGGCAUUAGACAGAUCCAUAGAGGUUGAAUCUUUUGGUGGCUACUAGUCAUGAUAGUUAUAUGGAACUCCCCAGAUCGGUGGUAGGAGGAGAUAUGCCACUCAAUACCAGUAGCUGGUUGGGAACAUUGGACAAAAAACCCUCUUUUGUAAAAUUCCCGGAAGUGCGUAAGCUAAGUAAGCUACAGCUUAGGGCCCCAGGUUCUUAAAGGGCCUCCAAAGACAUUUUUUAGAAAAACUUAAUUUCAAGUUUUACCUAAGUGGUUAAAAAAUUAAUAGGCUUCUUACUAUAUAUACCUUUUAAUUAGUGUGUUAGCUUUUCGUUGCAUCCUAACCUAUGUAUUGGUAUAUAUGCAAAUAUGAACCUUUAUCAUUUCUGCUUUCAGUGUCCUUUCUGUUGUGUUCUUUGUCUUCUGUUACAAAACCUUAAAAAAAAAAAAAAGGCAAAUGGAAGUUAAGAAAGAGGUGGGGACAUCUUUUGGUGAUGCGAUGGGGCCUCUUAAACUUGACAUAGCUUAGGGUUCAGUAUGUCUGCUGGUUGGCUGCUGUAGGAAGCAGAAUGCUUCCCUCACUGGCCCUUUGACCUGAUCCGUUUGGGCUCUUAAUGUCCAACUGUCCUAGGAAUCAGUCCAACGAAGCAGAAAACGGUCCACCUGGGUGAUGGUCCAUAUGACAGGCAGGCCAAGAAAAGCAAUAAAAGAAAAAAGGAGGGUGGGUUAGAUGAGGACGUUCUUCUUCAAUGCUUCCCCUCGGCCUGCUGAUAAUGCUCUAGCCUGCCUGAGAGGCCCCUAUCCUCCCAAAAGUUCCCAUGCCUUCUGUUGUGAGCUAGGAAAUGCGCCGCUAUCGCCACCUGUCCUGGCUCCAGCUGGAAGGGAAACGCCGGCAAGAGCAGGAAGCCAAACUGUUCCUGUCCUUAGUUUCUGGUCACUGCCGGCCGGGCGGGACUUCCUCAGGGUGGCUGGAGCUGACACGGGGAGGGGUUGCUUAGUCAGCAAGACUGGUCUAGGCAAUGAAAGAGCGGCAGUUUGGGUGUGAGAGUCAAUAACCAAGAAGGGGGGGUCUGCUAAAUGCUGGGGAUGAGAGAUUGAGUGAGAGCGAAAUAUUUUGAGGUGUCAUUAGGGUUUUCCAUGAAAUGGGGCUGGUGGUGUCUGCGGAUUCGUGGUGGAGAAUCAUACAACUGUAGGGCCAAAAGAGGCCUCAAGAAGGUUAUCUGUUCCAAAGCCUUGCUCCCAGACAUUAAAAAAGGCACCUAUCCAGCACAAGGUCACAGGCUCUAUUAUCUUCUAGAUUUUAGCAGGCAGUUGACGGAGAGCAAAGGGGGCCAAAGUCUACUGACGCGGAGGAACAAGGAACGUGUUCAGUAAAGUGCACCCGAAUAUGUGGCUAGGUCACUUGUUCUGCAAAAGUGCAACUCUGCCUCCCCCAACCUACUGCAAAAGUCAUUUGCUAAUAUUAUCUGCAAAUUAAACCUUUUCCAUGUAGCCCAUAAUAUUAGCAACUGAUAUUUAGUCAUAGACAUUGGUAAUGGCCAACCAUUUAUAUGAAAGCCAACUCACAAUAUUCUGUCACAAAUGGGUGUGGCCAAGAAAUGGAACUGGAUGUGUGCUGAAUUUUCGCGGGGUUCACUUUUCACAUCUUUCUAGAACAGUAGCUUUGCUCAGCGUCCCUCCAGACAGCCUUUUUAUUGUGCAUUUAUGCUGAUUCUUAUGAAUGAUAUUGUUGGAGUGCUUAUAUAUAAGAACCCCUCUUUCACACCUGCAAAAGGUUUUGGGCGGACAUUCUACCUUGUUUCCAAUCACCACAUGUCCCGUGACUUCCUGCUGAAACCCUGCAGUUCUUUUAUACCACAAAUUGUUGGUUUAUUUUUGUUGUGCUUUUGUCGCGCUAUAGCACAAGCGUGCCCCUCCAGAGAGAAAUAAUAUGAUACAAUUGGGGAAGUACCACAGAACAACUAAUAAAGCAGGAUGAUGUCUGGAAGGCCCAAUAUAAAUCCAGCCCUAAUGCACCAUUAUUGUAUCAAUGCCAGCUCAGACACUCUUUUUUUUUAAAUUUUUUUUAUUAAUUUUCCAACAAAAGAAAUAAUACAUAUAACACCACAUUACAACUUUUACAAAUUUUCUCUUUUGGACUUCCUCCAGCCUCUCUGACAAUCAUCCAAAUUUAACUUUUUCAAAUACACAUUUCCUAAAUCUGCUAUUGCCUUUUAGCAUAUCUUUACACAUUUGUUUUUCUUUUUUACAAUACUUCUCAAACUUUUACAGAGCUUCUUGAAAUGCCACUAGCGUUAUUCUCUCGUCGCUUAUACAUUCCAAAUAAUCAACAAACUUGCCCCAGUCCUCAAUGAACUUUUGAUCACGUAGAUAUCUAAUCUUCCCUCUCAGUUUAUCAAGUUCUGCAUAGUCCAUCAGCUUCAUUCUCCACUCCUCUAAUGUUGGUAAUUGUUCUUGUUUCCAUUUCUGGGCCAAUAAUAUUCUUGCUGCUGUUACUGCAUAUUGGAAAAAUUUACAGUCCUCUCUAUUUAUUUUGUUUCCUAUUAUACCUAAAAGAAAAGCCUCUGGUUUCUUAACAAAUGUAUAUUUCAACAUUUUUUUCAAUUCAUUAUAGAUCAACUCCCAGAAGCUCUUCACUUUCUUACAUUCCCACCACAUGUGAUAAAAUGUACCAUCCUUUUCUUUGCAUUUCCAACACUUCUUACAUGUUUUAUACAUUUUUGCAAGUUUUACAGGUGUAAUAUACCAUCUAUAAAUCAUUUUCAUAACAUUUUCCUUUAACGUAGUACAUGCAGUAAAUUUAAUAUUUUCAUUCCAUAAUUUUAACCAAUCAUUGAACUGUAUAUUGUAUCCAAAAUCUCUGGCCCAUUGUAUCAUAACUGAUUUAACUUCUUCGUCCUUUGUGUGCCAUUCCAGGAGUAUUUUAUACAUUUUAGAUAACAUUUUAUAUUCAUUAUUUAAUAUUUCUGUUUGGAAUUUAGAAUCUUUCUCUGCAAAACCAUAUUCCUUAAAGUCUUUUUUAAACAUUUCAUUUAUCUGAAAAUAAUGCAACCAAUCAUAUACAUAUUCUUUUACUUCUUCAUAAGGCUUCAUUUUCCAUCUCCCCCCUUCUUUAACAAUCAAAUUUCCAUAUGUAAUCCAGUUCCUUUUCAUAUUGAUUUUUUUAACACUCAUAACCUCUAACGGAGAUAACCAGUGCGGAGUUUUUGGUUCAAGAAGGUUUUUAUACCUAUCCCAUAUUUCUAUCAACAAUCUUCGGAAGAUGUGGUUCUCAAAUCCUUUAUGAAUUUUCUUCUUUUCAGACCAUAAGUAUGCGUGCCAACUAAAUCUGUUAUCAAAACCUUCUAAAUCUAAGAAUUCUGUAUUUUCUAAUUUUAUCCAUUCCUUUAACCAACAGAGACAUGAUGCUUCAUAAUAUAAUUUCAAGUCUGGCAGGGCGAAACCUCCUCUUUCUUUAGCGUCUGUUAAUAAUUUAAAUUUAAUUCUUGGCUUCUUACCCUGCUAGAUAUACCUUGAAAUUACUCUUUGCCAUUCUUUAAAAAUCACAAUCCCCUUGAUUAUUGGAAUUGUCUGAAACAGAAAUAACAUCUUUGGCAGUACGCUCAUCUUUAUCGUUGAGAUCCUUCCCCAUAACGAUAAUUUCAUUCGUCCCCACACCUCCAGAUCUUUCUUAAUUGCCUUCCACACUGGCAUUUAGUUAUUCUGAUACAAAUCAAUAUUCUUGGGAGUUAUCCAAAUACCCAAAUAUUUCACUUUCUUCACCACUUCUAUACCUAUUUGUUGUUGCAUUCUUCCUAUCAUAUCUUGAUCCAUGUUCUUAGCAAUUAUUUUAGUCUUUUUCUUAUUCAAUAUAAACCCUGCCACUUGACCAAAUCUUUCCACCUCUGCAAGUAUAUUUUUUGCACUUUCCGAAGGUUCUUCAACCGUUAAAACCAGAUCAUCGGCAAAGGCUUUAACCUUAUAUUCAUUCCGGCCUAUUGCAACCCCUUUUAUUGCUUCAUUUUCCCUUAUAGAUUUUUAAAAAACUUCCAGGACCACAAUAAAUAACAAUGGUGAAAGUGGACACCCUUGUCUCGUACCUUUAGCUAUCCCUAUUUCUUCCGUAAUCACAUUAUUUACAAUUAACUUAGCUUUCUGUUCUGUAUAAAUUGCCUUUAUCCCAUUAAGAUAAAGGCAGCUCAGACACUCUUAGUAUUGCAGGAGCAGGGAUAUUAGCCUUAGGCAAGCAACUAUCUCUACUCCCUGUGCAUCAUGCUAGGGUGCUAAGGUUAGGAGCCUCUAAUGCAGCGUGUGUGUAAUAUUGGUCUACCUUUUAAAGGUAAAGGACCCCUGACCGUUAGGUCCAGUCGCGGACCACUCUGGGGUUGCGGCACUUAUCUCGCUUUAUUGGCCGAGGGAGCUGGCGUACAGCUUCUGGGUCAUGUGGCCAGCAUGACUAAGCCGCUUUCUGGUGAAACCAGAGCAGUGCACGGAAACGCCGUUUACCUUCCCGCCAGAGUGGUACCUAUUUAUCUACUUGCACUUUGAUGUGCUUUCAAACUGCUAGGUUGGCAGGAGCAGGGACUGAGCAACGGGAGCUCACCCCGUUGCGGGGUUUCGAACUGCCAGCCUUUUGAUUCGCAAGCCUUAGGCUCUGUGGCUUAGACCACAGCGCCACCUGUGUCCUGGCCUACCUUUUAGGACUGUUUUAAAGAUUAAUGUGGUAGAGUGUGUGGAUCACUUUGCACGAUUAAACAAAGCACCAUGUAUACCUAAUUUAUUCUAAUUACUACUAGAACCACAAAGGGUUUGUUGUGGAAAUUACAAAGAUAAACACUGACUGGAACUAAAAGUAUGAAAUUGUUUAUAAGAGUCAUAAGGAAUAAAUUAGAGUGCCUCCUGCAAGUCAGUAAGAAAGGAAUGCAUCUUUUGUUAAAAGUAGGUAUGUGUAAAACUCUUUUUGCUUUAUAACAGUGCAAGCAUACAUGGGAGUUCUUUUUGGGACUAUUCCUGAUAUUCAGCUAUUGAAGAGGAACAGAAUAAAGAAGCCAGCUUAUAUUCCACAUGCAAAAUUGCAGAAAGCAGUGAGCAGUGUUGGCUGCACAUUACAACAGAAUUUUGCACUUACUUUAAAACAAAGAAGGAGCCGUUCCUUAAGCCUGCAAAAAAAGGCUUGAGAAUUUGUGGGAAAUGUCCAAUCAAACUGGCGACAGGAAUGAUGGUCACAGUGCUGGAGUAGCUGCGGAGGAUUGACAGCCGUCAUGACAUCCAGCUUCAGUGCCAUGCCUAUCUGUUUGUCCCUCCCCUUGAAGUGGAAUAAAUUAUGCAAAAUGAGCAUAUGUUUUGCAUACCGCAACUUGAUUUGCAUAAUCUGCACAGCUGCUGGUUUCAGCUUUUCAAGGAGCAGAACGUGAGCUAACUUGGUACACAACAUUGAGGCGUGUUGUUGUUUUAAGCACACAGCUAUGACAAGAAUAUGGUCUGAAAAGCAGGCUGGGUUUGGAGACAGCAUUGCACUUUUGAUGGGAAGAGCCUUUUUUUAGGAAUGUGUGAUUGGGACUGGGGAGGGACGACAGGGAGAAGAGCAGGCGCUCGGAGCGUGAUCCUUGGGGUGAGAAUAGGAAUGUUGCAAAGCGCACAAGGGAGUCCCUGUGUUCAUCUUUGAAAUGCCGAGGGGGGAAUGUGCUUGCAUGCAAACAGCCCUAAUCUGCUACAAACAGUCCGCCUGCCCUUGAGAAAAGUCCCUCUGUUUUUCAGGAACUUACUUUUUCUUUCCCGUAACCAGCGCAGCCUUGCCUAUUCAACUCAGUAAUCCUUCUGGAGGGAGGGAGGCAGUUCCAGAAGCGCAACCCAGUAUGGGCAUAUUCUAGAGCAGUAGUGACAUAUGUAAACAUCAGAGAGUCAUGGGUCACUCGCUUGAGGCAUCUGGAGCUAUGUUUUCCCUGCAGGCAGCCAUGGCGUGGUGCCUCUUUUGCUCCUGUUUCUCGCCAUGUAACACAGAGGAGACUGGAUUGUGUGGGUUCAACAGUACAUUCAACACUACUCCUGUUUAGCCAUUUGGUCCUUUCUAAGCCUGUGAUUAAGGGACAUGGGUGGCGCUGUGGAUUAAACCACAGAGCCUAGGACUUGCCGAUCAGAAGGUCGGCGGUUCAAAUCCCCACGACGGGGUGAGCUCCCGUUGCUUGGUCCCUGCUCCUGCCAACCUAGCAGUUUGAAAGCAUGUCAAAGUGCAAGUAGAUAAAUAGGUACCGCUCUGGUGGGAAGGUAAACGGCGUUUCCGUGCGCUGCUCUGGUUCGCCAGAAGCGGCUUAGUCAUGCUGGCCACAUGACCUGGAAGCUGUACGCUGGCUCCCUUGGCCAAUAAAGCGAGAUGAGCGCCGCAACCCCAGAGUCGGUCACGACUGGACCUAAUGGUCAGGGGUCCCUUUACCUUUUAAGCCUGUGAUUCUCUCUCUCUCUCUCUCUCUCUCUCACACACACACACACACACGUGUACAUGUAGAUAUGCAUGCACAGUCUUGUGUCUUCACUCUCAGAUGCAGUCAGGGACAUGCAGACAGAUUUGUCCGAGCAUAUGCACAUGUGAAACUUCCUUAUCUUGUUUGACAUUUGGUCCAUCUACUGCAGCUUUAUCUACUGGCAAUAGGAAUCCAGAACUUAGGGAGAUAGGUCUUUCCUGAGAGAUUUUCAACUUUUUGAUCGUCACCCUGCAAAACGUGUUCUCUCCCAUGGACCUACGGUCAGGGAAUACAGGCAUGCCUGCUCAUAAGCACAUAAAAGCAUGCGCACCAACUCAGUUUCCUUUUAUGCAUACGCCCACGAUCUCCUUUCCUGUACUAGAGCGUGGCUAGGAUUGGAUUUGCCUUGGGCAGCUUUUGCUCCCACCUCUGUGCCCUUUAACCUCCAGCAAAUGUGUUGAGGGCCCUAAAAUAGCAGCCACUGGAGUCAGACAGGAAACACACAGGGGUGGAGGCUGGAGUUCAGACAGGCAGGAAAUGGGCGGGAGUGUUGCUCCCCUGUCCCACAGAGAAAGAGAGAGAGAAAGAGAGGGAAUGAACAUAUGCAUAGUUCCAGUAUCCAGAUGAUUGAUGGACGAAAUCACAUUCAACCACGACUACUUCUGGAAGUAACAUACACUGAACAACCAGCCUCCAAAUAGAUGGAUGCACCCUCCUUCAUAUUCCAGAGUUGGCACACCUACACACAGAGAGAAACAAAGCCACAGAUACACAACCACACACGCACUUAUAUACUGUAUUCCUUAUUUCAUACUCCACCUGGUUCAGUCCGAUCCCUUGAUGCAGAUUGGCAUCAUAUUCGUACCUUCAUGUUCCUUCACAACUUGCACCACAGUGAGAAGGGUGGAGAGAGACAUCCCCAGCGAAUGUCAAAGGGACUGCAAGGCUCUGAGUGAAACCCUCCCUGCCCAGCAUCAAAAGAUAACGCCCUGCCAGUUGCUUUAUUUAUUGGCAGCUGGGGAUGCUGCAAUCUCCCCACAACACACAUUGGGUGGGCCAUGGCUGGCUUCCUUCUGAAUUUUGUUCAUCUGUCUCCUUUGAACCCCCUCCAGUCUGUCCCUGCUGCAAAGGCACAGGGCCCCCAGACUGAAUGAACACAAUUCUGUAAAUGAGCUGAACUUGAUCUGUGUUAUACAGAGUGAGGGAGCUGUUGAUGUCUUGUGUCUCGUAGCCUCAGCUGUGUUUAAGGCUUGGAGGCAGGCAGUAGUCUGGGAGAGACAUUGCUUGCAUCCUAUCAUGUUCUGUCUGUCUGUCUGUCUGUCUGUCUGUCUUUUGCCACUCUACCAAAUCUGGCCAAACAGGUUUGUUCAGGUUUUAGAAACAUCAUAACCCUCACCCUUUCUGCAGAACCUGAUUAGAGCAGGUGAAAGCAUCCACAACAAAGAGAGACCUUUCUUUAACACCAUCUUAAACUAUUUUGGAGGUGGAGGUGUUGUCUGUCUCUAGCCUUUAUGAGCUUGAUCCAGCUCCAAGCUUGCCUUUUUGGAUUGCUUCUUAAAAACAACAAUAAAAACAAAACCACUUCUUCCAUAAAGCCUUUCUUCCUGGACCACCCUCACCACUUCUGCACCGUCUUUACCACCACAUCCUUUCAACUCUUUUCCUUUUCAGUUUCCCCUUUCUUCUAUUAUCUUCCUUCAGAUUUGUUCUGAGUUUACUUUGGGGCUAAGUAAGGCAGUGUGCACUGGGUGUAGUGAUUUGCAAGCUGAUUUGUUACUGCUAUUUUGAUCUGUCCUUCAUUCUGUGUUUUAAUUGUGAUAUUUAUAAUGUUUAUGGUUUUAUUUUCUUUGUACGCUGCCCUCUUCAGUUUACUGGAGGGUGAUCUAGAGACAGCUUUAAAAUGAAUACACAUUCAGUGGCAAUUACUUCUUAGUCAGUGUGUCUACAGUAGCAUCCUCAGCCACCCAUCAAUGGGUCAUAUUCAAUGUAGCAUGAACCAAAAUGUUCCAUCAGCACAAUCAUUUCUGCUUGAGCAGAGAAUGCUCUCCCCCUCCCCUCCAUGUCCCCUAAAUCCGUUCCCCCUCCCCAACCCUCCAAAGCAGAUUUGGGGGUGGUACUGUAGAAGGAAGAGGGAAUCUCAUGGCAAUAACGUAAUCUUUGCUAGUGCAACUAUUUAAGUGAAAAUCACAUGAUGGUAUGAUGGAUAAUGGAUUACAAGUCAACUUCUGCAAGUCAACGUGAGCUGCCUUUGGGUAAUAAAGCCCCGUUUUGGGUUUUUCUUUUGCAGGUGGGUGCGCGAGUUUCUCAAUGACGAAAACAAAGGCCUGGAUGUGCUGGUGGAUUAUCUCUCCUUUGCUCAGUGUGCGGUGAUGUAAGUGUCUGCAUUUCCUUUGAGGUGCCCCUGAAUCUUCCUGCCUCUUUGUAUCACUGUUGGAAGCAGUGGGACUUUGAAGGCAGGUUGCUGGGCAUUGCGAGUGGGGAGAGUCCUUCAGGCUUCCCAUAGACUCUGUGUUAGAAGAGGAUGCUUGACUACAUGGAUCGUUGGCCUGAUCCAAAAAAAGCUCUUAUUAUGUUCUUAUGAAACACAUUUGUAGACAAAAUCAGUCCAGAAGGAUAAUUAGCUACCUGGUUUUUUGUUUUUUAAUCAGUCUUGGGGCCUAUUCAUAUUCUCAUUCAGAGUCCCAGGCAGGCAGAAUAAUGUUGUUGAAUUCAACAUUUUCCAUCUGGAACAUCUUUAGCUGGCAACCAUCUGCUGCAAUGGCUUCCCAGCUUCCCUUUUUCAACUUUUGUGAUAGUCAUCACCUUGGGGUAUUUAUUAGGGGCAUAAAUCUGCUUGCUAGUUGAUUAAUCAUCUGGCCUUUCAGUGAUGAACUGGUUAUGCUAAAACUAAUUCAAAUAUUAUGAAAACCUCAGUUCAGGUGCCUUUCCGAGAAGAAGCGAGACAAAUUUGCAUCAGUGUCUCUGGGCAAGUUCAGGUGGCAGAUGGUUGGGGUCACGCUGGCACUGAAGUCAGGGCACUGCUGAAAAGGCCCUCUCAUUGGCCCCCACGCCACCCCUUCUUAGUGUCCCCGAGGAAGAUUUUUACAGUUUGAGGCAGGCUCACAUGGAAAGAAAUACACCUGAAGGCACUUUGAUCCCAAGCCAUUUAGAGGUGCAAAACAAGGGCAGGUAACGUCUUUCAGCCCAAGGGCCACAUUUCCUUCUGGGCAACCUUUUGAGGGCCACAUGCCAGGGGUGGGGCCAGAGGCAAAAGUAAGCAGAGCAAUGAGACUCUGUACAGCAGGCUAGUUUCUGCACACAUGCUUUAGCCUCUAUAUAGGCAAGCUAGAGGCAUCACACCCCCCUAGCCCAUCAAAAACACCCAGAAGAGGGUGCAAAACAGAGGGAGCAUAUGGCUGGAGAAGGUGUAUGACCUGGAGAGAGAGAUUUGGAGGACCGCAUUCGACCCCUGAACCAUAAGGUCCCCACCUGUGCUGUAAAGGUUAAGGCCAGUAUUUCAAACUGGGAUCUUUAAAUGGACCAGGAGGUCAGUGUAGUUGCUUUAAAACUCUUCACUGAGAUGCAAAGAGCAGUAUGGGAGCGACUUGUGAGUCAGUGCCCUGCUGAGCGUCCAGUUCCCCUUUUCACAAGGGAAUUGCUUUGGCAGCAACCAGCUCUGAAGGUCUCUCCUUAAUCAUAGUAUUGUAGAGAUGGAGGGGUCUGCGAGGGUCAUCUAGUCCCACUCCCUGCAAUGCAGGAAUCUUUUUGCCCAAACCACAACCCUGAGAUGAAGAGUUCUCAUGCUUUACCAGCUGAGCUAUCUGUGACUCCUUCCAGGAUUCAGUGGACACAGCUCUAGUAGCUCCCAGGAAGCAAGUUGGUGUGUGCAGCACCUGCUCUAAUGUAGACACCUGACUGCCAGGUGGUUCACGUCUAAUGUAAAGCCAGCCUGUAGCACAGUGCAGAUUGGCCUGUAUGCUGUGAGCACACAUCUGAUGCAAUGCUAGCCUGGGAAUUUGUCAUAGGGCAGGCCCAGCCUUAAAAAACAUAUCUGCCUGUCUGUCUGCCUGCCUGCGUGUAUGUAUAUAUAUAUGCCUUGUACCUGGUUUUCUUUGUGCUCAGAUCCUGCUUACGCAGGGGGAGAUUUGAGCCUAUGCCUUGUCGCAUGCCAAGCUGCUGGGCUUGUGGCCUGUUGGGAGGAGCCCCCGUGAAUCCAGAGCUUGAGCGCUCUACGCAGCUUUUGUUCUCGAACGUCUCUGUGUGUGUGUACGGCUGGGGGGUGUCUGUGUGUCUGUGGGCAUAGGUAUGGUGUGUGAUCCCUCUCUGCCCUCCAGGUUUGAUUUUGAGGGCCUGGAAAGUGGUGAGGAUGGAGCGCUGGAAAAGCUGAAAUCCUGGAGCAGGUCCAUAGAGGAUCUGCAGCACCCCAGCACCCUGUCUGCACCCUACGCCAACAGCCUUGCUCGCUCUGCGCGCCAGUCUGCCCUCCGGUAUGUACCUCUGCCCUGCUGCGCCUUCUGGUGUGUAGCCUUCUGAGCGCUGCCGUUGGUUGUAAUAAUAAACCCCCUCCCUGCUUUCUGCCCUCCAGGGGAUGCCGUGUGCUGAUCUCUUCUCCCCACUCCCAUCCUUCCCCCCUGAUGCUCCUCUGGCGGUAGCUGGCCAUGUCUCCUCUCUGCUCCAGGCUCUUCUGCUCUUUUGCCAUGCUCUGUUUGCCUGUCUUUGCUGGGUCUCCUGUUCUCUCUCUUUCUCUGUCCUUCUCACCUGGGUAAGUAUUUCUGCACUGGGCUGCUGUGUGAGGAAUUCGGUGCACACUCCCCGGGCUGGACAGUGGCCUAGGUGCAUGAAGAUGUGUGCGGGAACACAGAGGGGGCCCCUGCAGUCCACACCCAGGGCUGGUGGCCUGGUGGCAAGCAGGUGGCCAAGCGGCCAAUGGGGACGGAUGAUCCAAGAGCAAGGUCCAAGACUCCUGGUACCUCACAGUCUGGAGGUUCCUGCCCUGGGAAUGGACAUGGUUCAAACUCCAACUUAGUCACAGGCCCGUUGGCUGACUUUGGAAAAGCUCCUUCUCUCUCAGACUCUGAUUCCCAUCUGUAAAAAUGGAAAGGAAAACAGUUUUACCACGCAGGGCUAUUGCUCCUGACAAUUUUAACUGUAUGCCUGAUGAUUCUUGAUAAUAGUAGGCAUUCAGUACUUUGAGGUGGCUGGAUAUUCUUGUAGGUCCAGCAGAGAAAUUCUGUGGUGUAUUUGUUUAUUAUUUGUUUCAUAAAAAAUUACAUACCACUUGAUUGUAAAAACAAACAAGCACCCAACCACAACCUCAAAGCAGUUUACACAUUGAGACAGCUAUUGAGCCACAAGGGCUGCUGAAAGAUUAUUAUCAUUUUUCCCCUUCAAAGAGUGAUGGGUGGUUUGAAAGAAGUAUUGCUGUUUGUGGUAUAUACAUUCAUCCUGCUAUUUUGUCUGGUUAAAUAGGUUUGGGAGGCCUUUGUGUUUACCCAAAUCCUGCAAAACAUAGUUGACCAAGAUAAGAAACAGAACACGUUGAAACAAUGCCUUUUUUGUAUCAUUUCCUAGUCUUUGCCUCUAGCCUAAGAAAUAUUAAACCAAGUUUAGAGGAAUCAGGAGACAGGAUGCCUAAACCCAUGGGUUGGGUGGACUCCUUUUCUUACUUAAUUUGGUCACCUGGUUCCCUUUCCAACUCAUGUCUUUAAAAAUUGGGAGCUCAUGAGUUCAGACAUUUUUAGCAUAGGUGGGCGAAUCUGCAUAAUACCUGUGGGAACUCCAUCUUGGGUGAGGGUCGUGGCUGCGAAGGGAUCAGUGUCUCCCCAUACUGUCAUGGAGAGACACGGCAGAUAUAUAUGCUGAGCCCCAAACUCAGCCAAAGCUGAGCCCCAAAAAUUCAGCCCCAAAAUCAGGCCAAACAUACCGUAUUUUUCGCUCUAUAGGACGCACCCAACCAUAGGAGGCACCUUGUUUUAGAGGGGGAGAACAAGAAAAAAAAAAUCUCCCCCUCUCUGCCCAGCACCCCUUCAGCGAAGGCGCAGGAGAAACGGAGCCCCUUCCAUUUCUCCUCCCGCUUCGCUGAAGGGGUGCUGCGCCUUAGCUGAAGGGGCACCUAGCCUUCAGCGAAAGGAACCCAAAGCCUCCAGAGGCUUCAGGCGGCUAUCUUUGAAGCCUGGGGAGCCAGAGGGGGUCGGUGCACACCGACCCCUCUCGCUCCCCAGGCUUCAGCAAAUGCAACGCGAAGCCUCCGGAGCUCGGCGGGAGUGCUCCCACUGUGCUUCGGAGGCUUCGCAUUGCUAUCGCUGAAGCCAAGGAGCCUGCAUUCGCUCCAUAGGAUACACACACAUUUCCCCUUAAUUUUUGGAGGGGAAAAUGUGUGUCUUAUAGAGCGAAAAAUAUGGUACUUUUCCUCCUUGAUCAUUGAGCUUUUCGGCCCUUGUGUUCUUUCUGUGUCUCAAACACCUAGAGAGUAUUCCAGAUUUUUGGCAAGAAACUUCUUUAUUCCUUUUGGAAAACCCCAUUUAAAUCCCCAGUGUAUUUACAAUAUUUUUGCUUCAAGUUUUUGGGAACUGUAUAAUUAUUUUUUUAAGCAGCAUGACUUUAAUUUCUCCUUGUUUCAGCAAAUAAAAGCUGAAUGUCCUAUCUCUUGAGGGGUGUUUGUGCAUGUGUUGAAAGCUAAAACUGACAACAGUGGUCUCCUGGAACUUAGCUUUUAAGUAGAUUAGCAAAACCCCUGAGUUGAUCUUAGACUCCAAAUGAGUGGUAGCCAUUCAGCCUUUCUUUUGCCAGCGAGAAACCCACAUCUUGGGCAAACCUUCUGACAGAAGCUGGUGGUUCUAAUUACAGCUCUCCCUUCCUGUUCUUAGCUGCGGCCGUGACCUCAUCAUUGGCAUGGGGCAAACAUUUUUUUGAGCCUCACUGCUUUUUCUGUGUGUGUGUAUGAGUGUGCUAAAUGUAGGACUCUCUUUUUGCCAGAUACACCACCCUUCCCAGCAGGAAAGCCCUGAAGAACUCACGGCUGGUUAGCCAGAAGGAUGACGUCCACGUUUGCAUCCUGUGCUUACGAGCCAUUAUGAACUACCAGGUAAUGCUGGCAGGGCCCUUCUUCUUCUUCCUAUUGCCUGCCUCUAGCUAGGAUCAGGGAUGCCUGUUGGCUGCAAGUCUAAGCCCAACACUUCAUGAGUGGGGAAAACUGAAUUCAACCCUAGCAGAGUAAAAUAAAUCAAAAUGUGUGCUUGUAUUUACCGUAUUUUUUGUACCAUAACACUCACUUUUUUCCUCCUAGAAGGUAAGGGGAAAUGUCUGUGCGUGUUAUGGAGCGAAUGCCUACGGAUGGCGGGGGUAUCUGCUGCAGUCGUGAGCAGAGGAUCCAUGGUUCCUCUUCCCUCCUCUGUGGCUCGCUUUGAAACAGCAAAGCGGGAGAAGAGCCGCUGAGUGGGGAGGAGAGCGGGACAGGGAGCCUGCUUGCUUUAAAGGAGCAAAGCGGGAGAGGAGAGGAGCCUUCUCCUCUUAUACCCCUCUUCUGCAUUAUUAGCAGCAUCCUUCUCCACAUACCCCUCGCGUGCUCCUUCUCCCUUGAGCGCUUUUCCAUCCCUCCCCACCUAAAACGUGGUUACAAAGCACGGAUCCACAUGGAUCCUCAGGAGUUUUGCACUGGGUCACCCCAAAUUCACCAUCAGAUCACAUAGCAUGUCCAUGGCUACAGCUUGCACCAAAAAAAUCAGGCAUCCACUGUUUCGUGGGGCCGCAGUGGUGCAAAAAUGUGGUUACAAAGCAUGGAUCCACAUGGAUCCUCAGGAUUUUUACAUUGGGCUACCCCAAACUCACUGUCAGAUCAAACGUCUGUGGCCACAGCAUGAACCACAAAAAUCAUACAUCCACUGUUUCGUUAUAAUAUUUUUUUUCUUGUUUUCCUCCUCUAAAAACUAUGUGCGUGUUAUGGUCGGGUGCGUGUUAUAGAGCGAAAAAUACGGUACUUAUUUACAUUUGUAGCCUGGCUCUAUCUAAAGGGUCUGGGAUGGGUUGUGGGAGUUGGAAACAAGUGCAGACAAUUGGACACAUAAGAAGUGUGUGUGUGUGUGUGUGCGCGCAAUAAAUCUGAGCCAAAAGAACAUUUUUGAGGGGCAGGAGGGAGGCAUGAGCCCCUUUGUUAUUGUGUGAUGUGCGAUAUUCCUUUGAAAACACAUCAUUUAUUUAUUUUUAGUAAUGCCAGUUUCCUAGAUGAUUUGCACUAUAUAAUGACUCCACUACAGGCUGUGCCUGGGCUGCUAAAUCAACAGUUUCGCUGAGGUUUCACUGGUUCUUUCUACUCCUAAUACUUCUAUGCAUUUCUUCCCCUUUUUGCAUGUCAGUAUGGAUUCAAUCUGGUCAUGUCUCAUCCUCACGCUGUCAAUGAGAUUGCCCUCAGCUUGAACAAUAAGAACCCCAGGUAAGGCGGCUGGGUGUUCAGGUGCGCCCUGUGGAAACGUGGAUAACUUAACCUCUAUAGGUGGACUAAUGUGGCUCCCUUUGUUUGGCUCUUAGUGUGUUUAAAAAUGCCAGGUCCUGCUUGCCUUACAACCAGCGUCAAGUCUCUUCAGCUGUCCCUUGGGCUUCUCCUACCAGUAAGGGGUUUUAGUUGUGUAAUGGGACUAAGAAUUUCACAUCCACAGAGAACUGCUGUCUUCAAAACUCUUCACAAAGAAGUCAAAGCUGGUGUCACAGGUGCUCCCCAGCCAAAGGAAAGCACACGGCAGAUAGUUAACUCUUCAUUGACAAAAGCGGACGCUGAGAAUAGUAUCUAUGACUUUGAAUACUUACACAUACCAGUCUAGCAUCUAGGCUGCUAUUCCCAGCUCUGUGCUCUAUAGAGCAGUUGCAGCAACAGGGGACCACUCCCCCUUCACUUUUUUAUGGAUCUCCCCCCUCCUGGUUCUGGGAGACAGUGGUGCAAGAGUGGGUGGGGAAGCCCCCAACCCUUCACUUGCCUCUCCUGCUGCUCCCUCUUUUUCUUCAAACCCACCCUGUGCUCCACCCUCCAGCUCUGAAGCUGUCGUGGACUGGCUUAGCACAGAGGAGUGGUGGGAGGCACCAGCUGGGGAACCCCCAAGGGAACCCGCAGGGGAAGAAGGCUCAGAGCCAGGGGUUUGGUGGUGAGACAACAGAAGCUUCCUCUGCCUCUGCCUCUUGCCUCCUGGCAAGUAGAGGUCCCCACAAAUCACUACUCUCCCACAAAUCCCUUCCCCUGGUGCACACGAGUCAGCGUCCUUCUGGUCCCUGACAGCUUGUUCUUAAGUGAGCUGAAAGUGACUUGAGAGAACCAUCACUUUCCAUGAGGCCCUCCAGACAGAUUGACAUUUGUUGUUGCAUGUGAUUGAUGCAGUACUAGUGCACCAGGGCUAGAUUUAUACUGGAUCAUCCACACAUCAUUCCGCCUUUUUAGAUGUUCUCUGAUGCUUCCCCAGUGUUAUUGCCCCACACUCUUACACUGCAGUGCGACAAAAGUGGGGGUCCUCUAAGAAAGAGAACAUUUGUGUUAUAAAAUGUUACAGGAUUUCAGCAGGAAAUAUGGGGACAUGCACUGAUUGGAAAGGAAGCAGUAGAGCCACCCUUAAACGUUUGCUGGCACAAACAGUAUUGAAAACAGGAUCGUGUAUAACUGCCCCAAGACCAUCCUGAGCACAAAUCAUAACAGAUGCACAAUAAAAAGGAUGUCUGGAGGGGUCCGUGGUGUGUGCGUGUUUGUAUGAUACCAUGGAUCCCUCCCUAUGUUGCCUCUGGUCAAACAAGUUUUGCAGUUUUUUGAAAUGCUUCGUGAAACCCUGCAAAACCUGUUUAGCCAACAUGGAAGUGGAAUGAGUUCACACGCUAUUAGCAGCCAUCCCUCCUUCAAACUGCCAUCGGCUCUGAAAAACAAAACGAAACAAUGGCCUGCCUCCAGCUAGUGAAACUGAUUUUGAGCAGGUUUUAAUUUGCAGAACAGAUGUGCACUUGGACCACUUUCUCCUGUUUCCUCAUAUUGUUUGGCCUAACUGAAAUCUCUGUGCACAGCCAGAAAAACUGUCUGGGCCAUGUUGUUGAUAUAAAGUGCAUUGAUCAUCUGCGGUUUCCAGGCCUUCCAUUGCAAAGUUGCUGGUUUACAUCUUGUGUUGGCUUAUCACAUAUCCCGUCCUGGCAUUAUAUGAUGAAUGGGCACAUAUACAGAGGGAAGCAAGCUCAUGAGUGAACCAUGUCCCUGGGGGUCUUUUGGUAUGCUCUGCAAAGUAAUGUUUACAAUAUGAACUGCAAAAUAUAAUUUAUAUACAAUAUUUCUUCUUCUUGCAUAGAUGUUAUAAGUUUGCACUUUUUUUAUUGCCUCCCCUUGCCCUAACCAUAUUAAUUCAGCAUUUGAAAAUGCAGCUCAGUUAAGAAACUCCCUGAUGGGCUCAGUCUUUAAUUGGUAAAGUGAGAAUGCCAUGGAGAUACAAAGAAAAACAAGCCCUUUCUCACUUGAAAGCUGCUGUUAAAGUGGCAGGAUCAUGCCAGACAUGGGUGUAAAAUACUUAACUAACUGACCAAUUGUAUCACAGAUAACUCGGUUCUGCCCCCCUGACAUAAAGCCUGCUCCCCGUGAAAUAAAUCCUGGCUCCGCCCAUGAUGCCAGAUAUAUGUGGAGUCACUCUACCCUAGCAGAAGGGUAUGCCAUAGAGGCAUAGCUGUCAACUUACAUAUUUGAAAAUAAGGGACCAACAGCCUCGAAAAUAAGGGAUCAGCAGCCAAAAUAAGGGAUUUUCCGGGCCCCUCUGAGCCAAAGGCAGAAAGCCCAGCCAGCAGCCAAACGAAGCCUCAAGCGGUGGUUCCCACAGCGCAGCAACCCAGCAAAGGGGAUGCAUCAAGGAAAACCACCGUCAUCUCUCCGCUGGGAAGCGCUGAGCAAAGGCGAAUCCCCAGGCAAUGCGGCCGAUUUGAUCGGCACAAGGCAUGCAAGCUCCACCCCCCAGUCGUUCUUAGACUCCAUAUUGGGUGAGCAACACAGUCAAGCAACCCAGUUGGAGCCUCCCUCCUCCCUGGCCAGCAGGGAGGGAGGGAGAGGAGCUGCUUCCUUUGAAACCCGGGAAAUUUAAGGGACAUCAUCAAUAAGGGACAGCAGUAGGACACGGCGCUGGGAUAAGGGAGUUUCCCGCCAAAUAACGGACAGUUGACAGCUAUGCCUAGAGGGGAACCUCCUGCUUACCUAGCAUUAGUUGCCGCACCAAUGGAUGUGUUCAGCUGGAAACCAGAAAUGAUCAAACUGCACUAGGAGCAGGGGCAAAGCUGAACAAUCAGGGACACCUGCUGAUCACAAAACCUACACCUGUGUUGCAAAACUGGAAUAGACAGCGGUUUGUUGGAAGCAAGGCCCCCUGACAGGAAAGCCUCAACUUUGAAUGAUAGGGGUAGCCAGUUUGGUACCCUGCAGGUGUUCUUGGACUUCACUUCCCACCAGCCCCAGCCAGCAUGGCCUGUGAUUGGAGAUUAUGGGAGUUGUAGUCCAACGACACCUGGUGGUUACUACACUGGCUGCCCCUGCUACAUGCCUCUGCAACAGUUGCAUCCGAGGGAUGCUGUUAUCAUUGUGGGAUAUAUUCUGCGUCACCAGCAAAGUGACAUUGCUUUUCUUUCUGGUUGGUGGCACAUCCUUGCUUCUCUCUUUUCUCUCCAGGACAAAAGCCCUGGUGUUAGAACUGCUGGCAGCUGUUUGUCUGGUGCGUGGCGGCCAUGAGAUCAUUUUGGCUGCUUUUGAGAAUUUCAAGGAGGUGAGGACUAACCGACAGCACCCUGGGGGGAAUCAGCAACGGGGAACCUGCAGUUAUUCUUGAGCUCCCAUCAGUCCUGAUCAUUGGCCAUGAUAGCUGGGGCUGAUGGGAGUUGGAGUCCCAGCAACAUCAGAAUGCCCCAGGUUCCCCAUACCUGGGAGAGAUAUGAAACUUGGAAGAGGAAGGGAAGGCAAGAUGAGGGAAACAGAUGUGCGUGGUAGUGGGGACAAUUUAGUAGAAAAUUGUGCGCACAAGGACAAAUGGACAGACAGAUACGCAAGUUGAGGGAGGGAGGUGGAGGAAAAGUCGUGUAGCAUAAAUGGAUAGAGUAGCAGUGGCCAACUUUUGAUCCCAAAUCAGAGCCCAUGUGUUAGUGCCACUUAGGAGCAAACUGCAAUACCAGCACACAUUGGUACCUGUUUACCUCUGCCUUCCUCAGCUCAGGAGUGGCCUCUACACAGGUAGCUCCACUCCACACCAUAACUGUGCUUGAAAGCCCACCAGUUCUGUUUCUGGAUGGCGUAAACCCCUGUAGCCUUUCAUUCAAGAGGAAGCUGAUUGAAGGCUCUUCUCUCGACACCCUCAGUGUCUGAGGUUAGACAGGUGGACACCAGGCCUCCUCACCCACAUUAUGGAAUUCCUUCCCUAUGUGUGUGAGCCUGGCACCAUCUUUUAAGUGCCAAGCAAAGCCUGUCCUGUUUGCUUAGGCUUUCAAUUUCAUCUGAUCUGCCUUUUUGUGGCAUCUUCUCCUCCCCACUUUUUUGUGUAUUUUGUCUUAAUGGAUCCUGCUCUCUUAAAUGAUUAUUAUUAGCAUUAUUAAUUGUUUUAUUCUGCUGUUUGCCCCCUUGAAACAUCCAUCAAAGGCAGGGAAUUCUAAAUCCAAAAUUAAAAUUAAAAAAUAGGUGGAGCCUACACAUGCAGGGUAGAAGGAGAAGGAGCCAAUGCUCUCUCUGCCGAGGGAUUCAAGCAGAGCUGCUUGUUCCUCCUGCCUGGGCUGCUGAUGUGAGGCUGGGUAAAGGAAUGAAUACAGGAAUGUGCUUGAGAAUAUCGGAAUGUGCAUGUGAAUCUGGUAGAAGGGAUGAAUAGCUACGUGAAGGGGUACUUAUGGAGAAGUCUACAAAGACUGCAUACCGGGAACACUCUGUAUUUGGCUGGCUCACCAGUACUAAAGCACCCUUAAGACCCUGCUGUGCUCUCUGCUUCUCAGGUUUGCAAAGAGCAGCACCGCUUUGAGAAGCUGAUGGAGUAUUUCCGCAACGAGGACAGCAAUAUUGACUUCAUGGUAAGGAGCAAAAGCCCUGGUGCCCUGAGUUGCAUAAAAGCACAAGUCGCUUUUCUGUUUAUGCCAGCAGCUCCCACAAUCUGAUGCAAAGGACAGGUUGCGGUAUCUCUUAAAUGCAAGAUUAUAUACAUGCUGUCACUGACCGUGCUGUGGGCAAGGACACGUUCCAGCCAGGCAUAAACACUCGGGCCAGUGGGGGACGUGGCCAACAGAAUGUGGCCCAAGAAGAGUUCUGAUGGCCGAACAGAGCCAUCAGUAGCUUCUCCACCCCUGCUGUGGAUAAUAGAUGGACCAAUGUUUUGACGCAGUACAGGUGGCAAGCAUUUCACACGGGGGUUCCAUUCCCGGCCCCUCCGCACAUUGGCGGAGCACACAUAAGUGCGACCCACUCCAUUAUACCCCGUUAUGCCCCAGAUCUGCCCUCUUCCGGGUCCAAAAGGACCCACACGUUAGCGAUCACAUGCCAAUUGGACGUGCCUAAAAUGAUCGCCACCUGCCUAAGGAAGUUCCCUAUGUUUCUAAUUACCAUGUUCCAGCAUAGAGCUGCAGAACCCUAGUAUUAAAGCACACUGCAUCCGCAUGCUAGCCAAUUGAAUUUUAGGAAGCAACAUAGGAAGAUUGGUCCACCCCAACUGGCAGCCGCUUUCCAGAAUCGUGGGCAGAGGUCUUUUCCAUCACCUGACCCCUGUUCCUUUUUUAAAAACUGGACAUGCUGGAGACCGAACCCACUUCAUGAAAAGUGAAUUCCGCUGAGCUGAACUCCCUCCUCUUAAUUAUGCAAAGUUCCUCCCCAAAAUCAUGGCAGCUGAGGUGCAGGGAUCUCAACCCCAGAGGCCUUCCCCAUCUGUGCAGGCAUUCCCAUUUUACACUGUGGAUUGGAUUGGUAGAGUCUGCGUAUGGACAGCAGGUUGCCGGGUACCUAUCUCUUCUAUGGGGUGGGGACUGUUCCCCCCCAAUCCAAUUUAUAUUACAGAACAAUUUAGAAAGUGUGUUUCUGCUUCUUCAUCCCUGUUCUACUCUCCAGCUACCAUGUCAAAGACUGUGGCAGCGCUCUUGCACACAGUCAAUAUAUUUUUAUUGAUUGAUUUAAUACCUGUUGGUGGUUCGAAUCCCCGUGACAGGGUGAGCUCCCGUUGCUCGGUCCCAGCUCCUGCCAACCUAGCAGUUCGAAAGCACGUCAAAGUGCAAGUAGAUAAAUAGGUACCGUUUCGGCAGGAAGGUAAACGGUGUUUCUGUGCACUGCUCUGGUUCUCCAGAAGCAGCUUAGUCAUGCUGGCCACAUGACCCGGAAGCUGUACGCCGGCUCCCUCGGCCAAUAAAGCGAGAUGAGCGCCGCAACCCCAGAGUCAGCCACGACUGGACCUAAUGGUCAGGGGUCCCUUUACCUUUACCUUAACCAACAACAAAACAACGCCUAAAUGGUUUAUAGUUUACAGUGCAAGCUGCAUGGUUUACAGUGCAAAACAGUAACUUGGCAGCCUAUGUUCCCAUCUGCCUUUCCCAAGUGCUUUCACCUGGUUGGCCAUAAUGUAUUUUAAAGGUCUUCUGCCUAUUGCCCUCUCUCAAUAUCUUUGCAGACCUAGGUCUGGCUCUUGCCUCUUCAUUUCUUCUCCUUUUCACAGACUUUUCACAGGUGCAUUUCCCAACUGUGGUGUCCUGGAACAUAGGCUUUUUAAACAUUUGAUCCUGUAUCGGUGAAAACUCUAGACCAGACUUCUUCAACAUGGUGUAUUCCAGAUGAUGUUGGACUCCCAUCUCCCAUCAGGCCUCAAACCAGCAUGGCCAACAGCCAGUAUAAUGGGGUUGUUCUUUUUAGUCCAGCAGUAUCUGGAGGACACCACGAUGGGGAAGACCCUGGCACUCUAGACAAAACCACAGGGGGAUGACAAAUUGAAGUUGUGCACCAUGAUGCCAGCUGCCCUCUCUCAAUGUGUUUUUCAGGUGGCUUGUAUGCAGUUCAUCAACAUCGUGGUGCACUCUGUUGAGGACAUGAACUUCCGUGUGCACCUACAAUAUGAGUUCACCAAACUAGGUCUGGAAGAGUUCUUACAGGUAACACCCAGUCUCUUCACAAGCCAAUCUAGGAACAGCUGAUAGAACCUAGUCCCGGUCAGACUUUUUCCAAGAAUAGGUCAAAUGCCUGACAAAGAUGGGUAAUGGGGUUGUUCAGCUAGAUCUGAACCUUUUAUAGUUGCAUGUGCUGCUGGCUCCUGGCCAUUUGGCGCCUGCAUGCUCAGUUUGAUAUCUGCAAAGCGGCACCUAGUUUAAGUAUCAGGACCUGGGCCUUCCUAGAUUUGGGGCAAUAAGAAGUCUAACUUUUUUCUGUUGUGACUGGUGCCCAUUCUGAGAGGUCCUCUAUAGUAAACUCCUGAGGCUCCACAGAGCCCACCCUCUCAUCGCAGAAUACUUUUAAAUAGUAUUCGUACCAUGUUUGAGAUGGGACGGUGUUAGUCAUGGAGGGUCUCUCGUCAAGGGCUCCAGAAACUAAUGCCAGAAUUGUUAGCUACUGUUGCUUGGAUUCAACAUUCCCGUUGUUUUUCAGUGAAAAACUUGUUCCUCGUGCCAAUCAAGAGAUGUAAUUGGUGUUUCAAUUUAAAGUAUUCCUCUGGCAGUCUCUGCACACCAGAGUCUCUGUAUUGGUGAUAUCUAUUUCUAACCUGUGUCUUUAAAGAUAAGUAUUCACGGUUAAACCAACCAGUUGCAUUUUUCCUCACCAGAUUUUUCCGUGACUGGGGUUGUGAGCUUAAUAGUCAUGUGCUCUGACACAUGAAUCAUUAAAUUGUCGUACUCAUGUAUGGUCUCUUGAUCUUUGUCUAGGUCCAUUGAUUUUAAGUUAAACUCUACCAGGGUGUUAGAGCAAAUUAAUGGUUGAAAUUUCUCAGAACAACUUGUGACCAUAUGAGACUGGGCAGGGUGGCUUGCUCAGAUCCAUCAGCCAGGGACACCUGCAUGGGAGGGGAGGAAUUAAUAGAGAAAAUCACAGGAAGGCGGCAUCUACUCACCCUUGACCCCUAAAUGCAUAGGCGCUUAAUGCAAGCAAGAUUCCUGCAUUUUCCCUGAGCUUAGACAAGUUUUGAUAGCGAUUUAGAAGUAAUGUUGUUCCUCCUAGAAGUCGUUGUGCCAAAUCCUUGAAGCAAAAUCGCUUUGAGGUUUGAAUCACACGCCGUGCUGGUCCUCAUGAAAAACAUGGGUGUGUUACAUUGCAGUCUUGUUCACAGAUUUUUCUUCAUUACCUUUUUCUCCUGGUGUACAGAAGUUACCUUUUGAGGGGAACAAAAUGCCCUCUAGGCUUACUUAUGAUUGUUGGCACAAUAUUUAUGCACUAACAGGCAAUCAAGGCGGAAAAACAACAACCAAUGUGAUCAGUACCAAAGAUCAACAAGAAAAAACAGCUGCUUAUCCUUUUAAUAGAGGUGUUUUCAACUAGAGGUGAACUGUGUCCAGGCAGGAUGUUUGUGUGUGAGAGAGACAGAUUGACAGAAAGGCAGCAUGCCGUACUCUUAUUGGAGAGUAGCCUUCAUUUAGAGUAUCUUUUGGAGCCUUUGCUCCAAAAUACAGGGUUACUCUUGUUAGCCUGUUGCAGCAAAAGCAAUUAAGAGUCCAGUAGCACCUCUUCAAGACUAUCAAAUUUAUAGUGGCAUAAAUGAUUCAUAGAAUCAUAGAAUCAUAGAGUUGGAAUAGACCACAAGGGCCAUCGAGUCCAACCCCCUGCCAAGCAGGAAACACCAUCAGAGCACUCCUGACAUAUGGUUGUCAAGGAUUGAGGUCCAGAACCCACUUCAUCAGAGGCAGAUAAAGAUAGCCUGGAACUGAGGGUGCUUCCAAACAGGGGUUUGUUGUGAGAUUGUUGCUCCUUAUGCAUUCAUGAGGAAAAUCCAGGGGAAAUUUUUUUUGUAAAAAACCCCAAACAGUUGUCAAUUACCUAUUUGUAAUAUCACAACAUUUUCAAUAUGGAAGCACUCUUAUGAAAUGCCUGCUUCACAUUUCCUGAAAAUUUUAUCUGUUAAAAAACCACAGAAACUUCCCUCUUCACAAACAUGCUGAGGGGAGUUUCCCUUAAUCAACACACAUUUGGUUCCUUGUGCUAUCUUUGAGCACUAUGACUUCAGUUGGAGAUGGACUGGUCUCUUUUCAGAGAGGCAGCUUGGGGGUAGGGAUGGGUUUCUGCUUGUAAUGUGUACAUGUCUCACCAUUGUCUCUGGUAAACAGGUUCCUUGGGGCUUGAAUUGUUUCAAAAACCUACAGAACCUACUUGACCAAAGACAGUUAUGGAACUAGAAAAUAAAGGGGAUCCCAUGGAAAGUGAUGCCUUCUUCAAGUUGUCUCCAGCUCCUCUAAAACCAACAUUAACUUUUGCCUUCCUCCUCCCUUUCCCUUCCUUUGAGUUGCCAAGAUACUUGUUUGUAGUCUGGUGGUCUGUUUAUGUCUGCUGUGAUGGCAGCCAAUGCACUUAACAACCUCAUCAGGCAAAGAGGACCCUACUGUUAGUUUAAACCUUCCAGUUAAGGGCUGUGAUAUACUUUGCUGUGGAAUAGUCGUCGAUUCCAGCAAAAACACUCUUUAGCAAGUGACUGAUGGAACUGGAAGCAAAACCUUUGCAAGGCAGUGGGGGGUGGGGAUACGAAAAGAAUUAAACUUCUCAAUUCCCAGCAUCAAAUAAAUGCCUUGUUAUUGAAAAGAAAGACUGGCCACCCUCACAUGAAAAUAGACAACAAACCUGAACAUCUUUUUAAAAGGCCAAAAUAAUUUCCAGUUGGGCAGAAGGUGGGUUUGGAUAUUUAGUACCAUUCCUCUCCUGAUUAUUGAAGAUAAUGGCAGGAUGCAGAACAGUGGAGUUGGGUGCAAGGUCUGGGUGGAAAUCCCGGUUUGAUGUCAGUUUCUAGCCUUGGUUUCAGCUGAAUCAAAACCAAAACAGACAUUAGGAGACCAAGUCUUGUUCUCAGAACCAAGGUCAUUGCUCGCUGAAGGGAAACAGGCACCAGUUCAAUAACAGGAACGAAACGGCAGAAUAAAGAAGCGUAGUGGUACAAAAGGUCAGACCUCUUCAGAGGCACAUUAAAGAACUUGGGAACUGAAGAGCUAUUCAGUGAAGAGUUCUAGCCACCUAGCAGGAAGGGAUGGAAACACCCUUCUGAGGAGACUAGUGAUGGCAAGGCAUGGCUGUGAAGUAAGUCAGACUUGUGCUAGUUCCAGACACCUCCAAGGGCAUAAGCGGCCCUCAAACUUAAUCUCACUUACUUGUCAUUCCUCCUUUCAAGGGAUCUCUGGGAAUUGUAGUUCUGUGGAGGGGGUCUAGGGAUCUCCAGCAGAAUCCCAACUGCAGUUUCCAGGAUUCCAUAAGCCAAAGUGCUCUCCGGAGGCCUAAUUAACCUUGGCAUUUCGUCACAUACCAGCUUUGACAUACCAGGGUUGACAUCAGACUCACUUUAUCAUUGGGGCUGCCUCCAGUGCUUCCAGGUAUGUACUAUCAGAUGAACUAGGAGCGUGGAAAACAUCCUGUGGGAAUGUAUCAUGAGAUGCUCCUCACUGUUCUGUUGUAGCUUUUGGGCGAGAUUCAGUGCCAUCACGCAGCAACCUGGAAGCUUGUUCCCUUUAAGAUAAUUUCCCCUUGCUCACUGGCUUCAUGCAGUUUUCUUCCUCUUGUGUUGCAUUUUCGUUUCUUUCCACAGAAGUCGAGACACACAGAAAGCGAAAAGUUGCAAGUACAGAUCCAGGCUUACCUGGACAACGUAUUUGAUGUAGGAGGGCUGCUGGAGGAUGCUGAGACCAAGAACGUAGCGUUGGAGAAAGUGGAGGAGUUGGAAGAACAUUUAUCACAUGUAAGUGUACAGAUACCCCCCUUUAGUUCACCAGAAGAACAUAGGAAUCAACAACAACAACAAUAACAACAAUAUUAAAUGCCACCCAUCUGACUGGGUUUCUCUAGCCACUCUGGGCAGCUUCCAGCAAAAUAUAAAAACAUAAUAAAACAUCAAACAUUAAAAACUUCCCUAUACAGGGCUGCCUUCAGGUGUCUUCUAAAGGUUAUAUAGUUACUCAUCUCCUUGACAUCUGAUGGGAGGGCAUUCCACAGAGUGGGUGCCACUACUGAGAAGGCCCUCUGCCUGUUUCCUUGUAACUUCGCUUCCCACAGUGAGGGAACCGCCAGAAGGCCCUUGGAGCUGGACCUCAGUGUUUGGGCUGAACGAUGGGGGUAGAGAUACUCCUUCAGGUAUACAGGGCUGAGGCCAUUUAGGGAAGAGUCCUGAUAGAUGGUUCCAUCUAGUCCAGAACCCUUUUUCCAACAGUGACUGAUCAGAGGCAUCUGGGAAGCCCCAAAGCAGGGCGUGAAGGCAACUGCUCUCCACCAUGGUUUACCCCUCCAGCGUUUGGUACUCAGCAAUAUACUUCUUCCAAACAUGGAUGUUCCAUUUAGCUUUCAUGGCUAAAUUUAUUUCAUAAAAUUUAUACACAGAUUGGUUGUAAAAACAACAACAACAACCCUCAGCGAGCUUUGAAAAAAGAUAAAACAAGAAAAUCAAAGAAAAAAUACAAACCUACUUUAAAAUAUACAAGUUAAAAUACAAAAAAAAAGAGGGAAAUGAGUGUACCUUCCAUUCAUUUGUCUAAUAUCCUUUUAAAAGCUCCAUAAGCCAGCAGCCAUCACCACCGUCUUGGGGCAAUAGGCUAAUUGUACAUUGUGCUGAAGAAGAUCGCCUAGUGUGGCAUUGGGAAGGGAAGGUGCAGUCAGGCUUAACUGCCUGCACAUUUGUAAAAACAUUGUUAUAACCAGGAGGGCCAGCAGCUUGUUUAAAAACAAGAGCCUCACGAGUCUGCUCCACACGUGAGAUUUUCUCAUUAUCUGAGCAGGAUAAUGAGAACAGAACCGCCUUUUUUGACCAAAGGAAAGUUGGUGAUCCCUAUUUUCUUCCACUCAGUUGACAGAAAAGCUUCUGGAUCUGGAGAAUGAAAACAUAAUGCGGGUGGCAGAGCUGGAGAAACAGCUGCUACAGCGGGAGAAGGAGUUGGAGAUUGUCAAGGUAUGUGGCCAGGAAAAAGCGAUGCGGAGGCUUUCCUAAGAAGAUGGGGGUCCGUCCAUCGUCUGGGUGGACGGCAUUGGUUUUUCUAACCUCCCUGGGAUGCUUCCUCAGACGCUUCUCAGGGAAAAGAUCUGUAACGAUGGACAGGCUUCCUUGGUAGUUGGCUCACCAUUCCCAGUCCUCCUACCCACAGGGGGAGAACUGCUGUAUGCCAGGGAACACUUUCUAUUCAGACACGAUAUUCAGGAUAACGGUGAGGCCUAGUGCUCCCCAUGAACAGGAUUUCUCGAGUGGACAUGCCACGUUCCCUGCCUGGCAGGUCUGUGUGGAAAAGGUUCCCUGAAGAAUGAAGCUUUGACAGACUCCUGAUUUGCAAGAACUUGCCCCAUCAGGGUUCAUCCUUGGGUCUUUCCACUGUAGAGAUGAGGCACAAUUCUUGCCUCCUUGAGCCAUUCCCUUCCAGGCUAUUUCUUGCAUGCCUGUUGGUUUGGGACCUGGGCAUUUUUCCUAACAAUCCUUUCUUAAGUCUUAUCUUAUGUGGGUUUUUAAUGGGGCUCUAGUUCACAGGUCAAAGUGACAAUGUGACACUCAGGACAGCUGGCAAAUGGUCCCUAUUCCCUUGCUUGGGGCUGGCUGGGUUUCUGUGGACUGUCCAUGCUUUGGCCCCAUUCCUCCCUUGUGUGAGGAUGUGGGUCUUCUCCUGCAGAUAAAUCUCAACUGUUCUGUUAAGGGGUCCAGGGCAGUGCUGGCAUUGACCCAGUUCCCUGAGCAGUUGGUGCAAUCAGCAGAACUAAGAAGCAAAGUUUUUUAUUGGAUCAUAUUUUGCUGCAGGUGGAGGGAGCAUAUUUGCAUCUUCUCCCCUCCCUUCCUGCUUCCUGCUCGCCCUGCCCCCCAGGGGGAAACAUGACAUGCUCAUAGGAAACAAAUAUGUCAGGCUAGUCUAGACCCCAUUUCCAUGCCAAGCCUUUUUGGUCCCAUUUAUUUAUCUUAAACAAAAUUUAGAUCCCACUUGAUUGUAAGAAAACCUCUAAGCAGUUUGCAAAAUAAAUAAAACAUUAAAAUUAUCCAUUGAGGGGUGGGGAAACAGUUAAAAACAGAUACUGUAUUUAAAAACAUUCAAAAGAUUAUUAAAAUCAACAUGGGCAAAACCCAUGUAACUUCUGUGGGAAUGUUGUAGAUACUAGGAGAGGAUAUAUUGAUUUAAUAGUAUCCUUCCUAACUCGUACUUGUCAGUCAGCAGCAGAGUGCAUUCCACAAUAUAUAGCAGGAAGCUAGUUGGUAGAUUCGUUUGAAUCUCUUUACUUAAGCAAUCCAAUCUGGCUUCGUUCAGAUUGGGUUGGGUUCCUGGUAAGUCCCCUUUUAGGUAAAGGUAAAGGUUCCCCUGUCCGUACAGGCCAGUCGUGUCCGACUCUAGGGUUGUGCGCCCAUCUCACUUAAGAGGCCGGGGGCCAGUGCUGUCCGGAGACACUUCCGGGUCAUGUGGCCAGCGUGACGAAGCUGCUCUGGCGAGCCGGCACCAGCGGGGGCACACGGAAACGCCGUUUACCUUCCCGCUAGAAAGCGGUCCCUAUUUAUCUACUUGCACUUAAGAGUGCUUUCGAACUGCUAAGUGGAUAGGAGCUGGGACCGAACGACGGGAGCUCACCCCGCCACAGGGAUUCGAACCGCCGACCAUACGAUCGGCAAGUCCUAGGCGCUGAGGUUUUACCCACAGCGCCACCCGCGUCCCUUAGUCCCCUUUUAUGCCUCCUAAACAGAAUAAAGACACAAGAAGCUUCUUUUAAAAGUAAUAAGAAGUUUACUCACAUUCAGUUCACAGUUAGAUCCCUGAAGGCAGGCUUCAGCUUGUGGCUUACAUCCUUGUAAGGAUGGACCCAUGUGCUGCUGGCAGAGACCCAGCAGUGCAGUCCAAGAGAAGAAAUGGCAUCAGAAGAGCAUGGCAUCAAGAGGAAGGUGGCUGCGUGAUCCGCCCCUUUUAUGGUGUCUCCCAGGGUCACGCCCACCUACCUGGUCACACGCAGGGGGAGGAAGCUCCAGACCAGGUGUGACAGGAAGUCCUCCUGGCUGGAGUAACACCCCCCUGCGUGUCCACUCUGGGCAAACAGGAAGUGUUGUACUUGACUGCUUAUGUUACAUCCCACAACUUCUACAUGUCUGUUAUUUAUCCCUGUGGAGGAGAAUGUAAAUUUGUGUAAAUAUGUACACACACACAGCUCCCAGAGGUGCUGCGGCUGGGGAUAAGCGCUGCCCCUUAAUUCUGCUGAACGUAUAAUGUGUCCCUUGGUCCUUUGAGACCCAGCGGUAUCUAGCCUUGUGAACGGCCUCCAGCGAGUGGGAAGAGGAGGCCUAAUCGAUGUGUCUCUUCUGGGGCAGGAAACCUACGAAAGUGCCAGCAACCAGGUCCACACCCUGCGCAGAAUCAUCAAGGAGAAGGAGGAGGCUUUCCGACGCCACUAUACCUCUCGCCCAACAGGGGGAGACCACCUGCCGCUGCCGCCACCUCCAGGGGCGGAGGUCAACUUCAGCGACAUCCCCGAGGAUGACCUCCGCCUCCCGGUCCUGCCUCCCAUGGAGGCUGCCCCUCCACCCCCGCCCCCUCCUCCGCCUCUCCCCCCACCCCCUCCUCCGCUACCGGGUAAGUCCAAAGGAAAGAAACCUGCCUUCUUCUCACACACAGUUGCACAGAGGGCGACUGUUGCUACAUAUAUUUUCCCGCCCCUCUUCUCUCACAGAUAAGUGUCCGCCAGCUCCACCACUUCCAGGGACGUCUCCCUCUGUGAUUCUCACUAUGGGCUUAUCAGGUACGUUUUGCCUCUUCCCACCCAUCCACCUGCAAGACGGAAAGAGGGACAGCAAAGAAAGGCCCUGGGUGCUUGCUCUAUGUGUGCUGUACAGUCGUACCUCGGGUUGAAGUAGCUUCGGAAUAAGUAUUUUCGGGUUGCGUGCUGCGGUGACCCGGAAGUAACAGAGCGCGUUACUUCCGGGUUUCGCCACUCGUGCAUGCGCAGACGGUCAAAAUUACAUCACGUGCAUGCGCAGAAGCGGCGACCCGCGGACGCAGGUUGUGUUUGCUUCUGGAUGCGAACGGGGCUCCAGAACGGAUCCCGUUCGCAUCCAGAGGUACCACUGUAAUUUCACGAGUAAAAGCACAGAACAUGGUUCUGGGUACAGAAUUCUUCUUCCUGGGAGAGAAGUCUGUGAAGGUGAACCAAAACUGGGAACAGAAACUUGCUAGGGGAACCAACCCAAUUCUAUUCCCUCCCAGUGGCCCAUUGGGACCAAGCUGAGCUGAGCCCUGACCUCUUCCGCCCCUGGGAGGACAAAUAAUACUUUUUUCUCUCCUCUGUGCCCCCAAGCAAUCCGGAUUAAGAAACCCAUCAAGACGAAAUUCCGCUUGCCGGUCUUUAACUGGACGGCCUUGAAGCCCAACCAGAUCAGCGGCACAGUCUUCAGUGAGCUGGAUGAUGAAAAGAUCUUGGAGGUGAGGGAAAGGGGGAAGUCAGUCUGAAUGGUGUGCACCAUUCUUUAAAACUUUUAAUCCGUUGUAUUUGUAUCUUCUGUACUUGUGCAGGUGAAACCCUUAUCAGCCUAUCAAGUGCAGCAGCACAGAACAUUCAGUUGCUGAGGGAAACUGAACAGUUUGUAGUGCAGUCUCUUUGAGGGAAGGGAAAGUUGUCACUUUGGCUGGCGUCAGAGCCUCACACAAGAAUUGAGAAGAGGCCCCGGGAUAUAGGGAAGCUAAGGGAGAGUGUGCCCAGAAGAAAGGAGUUUGAAGGAAGAAUAUAGAAUAGGCGAUGCACAGUGUAAGAAUAAUGAGUGUGAAAAAAUGGUUGGUGGAGAAUGAGGCUUCAGGAAAGGAGGAGAGGAGGGAGGGAAGUAAGGCAAGGGAAGGGGCUCUAAGGAGUGAUUGAGAUCAGCAGUGCCCAUGUACUAUAAGGGAGAAGAGCGCAGUGCUAUGAGGGCCUGAAAAGCAGAAGUCUAUGAGAACAAUGGGGGAGGGAAGGAAUGAAUGGAGGUGAAGAAAGGAGGAGCCAGGGAAACUGAUGAAUGGGGGGAAGCUACACAUGAUGUCAAAGAGAGAGGAGGUGUAGUGUGCUAUUGGCAGAACAGAAGAGAGCAGCAAAGGAAGGGACCUUUGAUAGGGGAGUUCUGCCUCUUGGGACUGGUAACCCCAAGGAAGCAACAAAGACCAAAUUGCUCACUCUCUCUGUGAGGGAGAAGGAGAGAGAGAAUUUCAUGUAUUAUUGGAACCAACCAGCCAAUUCUUCAACUUCAGGCUUCUAUUUUGCUUUGUACUGAUUCUUCACAUACGUAUCCCACCGUUCCUCCAACACGCUCACUGGGCUCCCCGCCAUUUUAUACUCACAACAAUCCUUAAAUAGGAAUUUGAACCUACUUCUACCCAAUCCAAGUUCAGAUCUCUAUUCACUGUUCCCUCCCUAGCUCCCAAAACUGAAGCAUCUGAUAACAUGCUGUUAGUGGCUUUGAAAUUCCUCCAGUAGUGAAAAGGCAAAUUAUGAGCAGCUUGAAAUCAGAAUGUAUGUCAUUGUUGUUGUCGUCAUUAUUAUUCGUAUCAUUAGUAUCAUAAUUACCUACCGGCAGGAUGGGUAGCUCUUUGAAUCCUCUUUCCUCUUCCAGGACCUUGAUCUAGACAAGUUUGAGGAGCUCUUUAAGACCAAAGCCCAAGGCCCGGCCAUUGACCUCCUCUGCUCUAAGAACAAGGCAUCGCAUAAGGCAGCCAACAAGGUCACCCUGCUGGAAGCCAACCGGGCCAAGAACCUUGCCAUCACCUUGCGCAAAGCAGGGAGGAGCACGGAGGAGAUCUGCAAAGCCAUUCACACGUGGGUAUCUGUGUGUGUGUGUGUGUGUGUGUGUGUGUGUUGUUUUUCCUUCCACAGCACCCCUGAAAUACAUUUAUUUAUUAUGUUUAUAUUCCACCUUUUCUCUGAGGAGAUCAAAGUGGCUGUCCCUUGGCGUAUUUUAUUCUGCAACAACCCUAUGAGGUAGGUUAGGCAGAGAGAGAGAUAGAGAAACCACCUCAAGAAAGUUCACCUAGUGAACUUCAUAGCCAAGUGAAGAGUUGAACCCUGGCCUCCCAGAUCCCCAGCCUGACACUCUUGCCACGUCACCCCACGGGCUCCGUUGGGCUUCCCCGCUCCCAGCCCAGUUCCUUUAGCAGCCCCGCUUUCUGCUGCCUUCUGACACAGGGCCGUUUUUGCUGCUGCUGCUCUUCCAGGUUUGACCUGAAGACUCUUCCGGUGGACUUUGUCGAGUGCCUCAUGCGCUUCCUGCCGACGGAGAACGAGGUCAAGCUGCUGCGCCAGUAUGAGAAGGAGCGGAAGCCGCUGGAGGAGCUGUCGGACGAGGACCGCUUUAUGCUGCACUUCAGCAAGGUGGAGCGCCUGACGCAGCGCAUGGCCAUCAUGGCCUUCCUGGGCAACUUCAGUGAGAACAUCCAGAUGCUCAUGCCGGUACGAGACUUGCCUCCCCUCUGUCUGUGCGAGCCCAAACUCUUUGGGCUCUGUCCUCGGCUCUUGGAAAGGAAGGGUUAAUUUAUGAAGCUAGAGGAGGGGAGUCUGGGAAUGAAGUUCCCUGUCCUGGUCUGGUCACCUUUGUGCCCUUUUACCUUUCCAUAUAUCUAAAAAGGGAGAAAUCAAGAGAGUAGCUCUAGCUGUUUAUGCAGCUAAUGAAGGAAUGGGUUCCCAAAAUCUAAAAUCUGACUGUGCAGUCAGUCUGAAACGGGCCCCAAAAUCCUCGUUUUUCCUUCUCCAAGGGUGCAUUAGCACGAGGAUUUUGGGGCCCGUUUCAGACUGACUGCACAGUCAGAUUUUAGAUUUUGGGAACCCAUUCCUUCACUGGAAAGUUUGCAGUCCCAAGCAUACUUACUUGGGAGAAAGCCACAUUGAUUCUGGUGGGACAUACAGAGGUUUGGACAGUAGGAGUUCCGGGCUGAUCUUCCUGCUUUAAGUUUCUGCAAGAGGCUAGACGUGCCAUAUUGUGAUAGACAUAUAUUGGUGAUCAAAAGCUUUAUUAAACACACACACAUACACACACACUGCUGCUGCCCUUGAAAACAAUUAAACCUACACAUUCUUUGAAAUCAGGCGGUGAAUAUUUUGCUAGCAAGUGCAAACACCCAUUGCAUCAUUGCAUAACCUUCAGAUUACCUAGCAGUCUCGUCGGAGGGUAAUUGACAUAUUUCACAUUCUUUGCCACCUGGCUGUGCCACUGCAGCAAAGGGUGUUUGCCAAACAGCAUGGCUCUGCUUGUGGUGGUGCCCAGCAACGUCAAGGGACAGGGAGGCACAGGUAGUUCUUUAGUAGGUCACUUGUUUUGCAUGUGCAAGGUCUCAGAUUCAGCUCAAACUACCCUCAAUUUUGAUAAGCAUUGGGAAAUAACCAUGGAGAUCUGUUGCUAGUAGGGAUAGUCAUGGCUGAGCUAGAUGGUCUGGCUCACAAGCCUCACUGGACGCUCUUGACCCAUUUUUGUUACCUGCCACCAUUGUGGUUUGUGACACCUUCUUGUCUUGAUUCAUACAUACUAAGCCCUAUCCUCUCCAUGCUGGCACAAGCUCUCAUGUGGUAUUCAUAGGUUCUGCAUAUGAGCAAGACACAUCUGCUUGACUCCUGUAAGAACAAACUGCUGGGCUCUUUGAUCUGAUCCUGCUGGGCUCUUCUUAUGUUUCUACGCUCGCAGUGUUUCGCUUUCCCUUCUUUUGCUUCUUGCUUGGUCCAGCGCCGAGGGUCUUCUGGCCAUUCCCUCACUGCGAGAAACCAUGUUACAGGGAACCAGGCAGAGGGCCUUCUCAGUAGUGGCACCCGCCCUGUGGAACGCCCUCCCACCAGAUGUCAAAGAGAAAAAUAACUACCAAACUUUUAGAAGACAUCUGAAGGCAGCCCAUUUUGGGAAGCUUUUAAUGUUUAAUAGGUUAUUGUAUUUUAGUGUUUUCUUGGAUAAAUUAUUAUUAUUAUUACUUGGUUUUACACUCCACUUUUCUGACUAAAACACCCAAGACAACAAGAAAUGUUGAUGUUGAUAGUGAUAAAAUACAACAGAACAACUAUUUAUCCUUCGUCUGUCUUUCUUUCAGGUUUUUCAUUAGCCUAUAAUAAUUACUUGAUUGCAGGCUUCGCAGCAGAACCGUUUUUCAUUUCCUUCAGUCCUUUCCAGGCAGCCAAGUAGAGCAUACAGCGAACAGAGAGAGAGAGAGAGUGAGAGAGAGAGAGAGAGAGAGUGAGUGAGAGAGAGAGAGAGAACCAUGUUUUUGCACCCAACUCCCUAGUCUUUAUUUGCAAACAGAACCCAUGUGCAUACAAGUAGUACAUGCACGGGCUCUGCUUGCAAAAGCACAGUAAACCUGUGAAAGUCAGGGAGGACAGUUUAUCAAGAUUUCCUCGCCCUCCCCCUCACUUUCCAGACUGAUGUUGUUUCCAAGCAGUCUGUCUAUUGAGCAUUGAUCCCUGACUUGUUUGUGCAGCAUUUGAUGGGAAAUUAGAUGAAGUUGGCUAUCAAAUGAGCAUUCAUUCUGAGUUGGUUUGCAGGGAGAUUAGAUGACGUUGCGUCAAGUAAGUGUUCCCCAACACUUCCCAGUGCAUUUUCCCUUUCCUUUAUCACAGAAAGGUCAAAUUUAGAUGAGGAAGGAGGUUUGUUGAGCAUGACUUCCCAUUGCAUUUUCAUUGCCAAGAUGAAUUUGACAGUAUAUGAUUGCAUCCCACCUCAAAACAGCAACCGUCUGAGAGCGCCCUGUGUGAAAGGAACUUCUAUUCAACUUCUGUUGCAGGAGAGAGUGGACCAGAUGACCCUUUUGAUCCCUUCCAACCCUACAAUUCCAUGAUUUUACACUGACAAAGUGUUGAGGUGCAGCAAAACCAAUAAUAAUCCUUUUUUAUUUUUGCCCUCCUACAGCAACUGAGUGCAAUCAUUGCUGCCUCUGCAUCUGUCAAGUCUUCACAGAAGCUCAAACGCAUGUUGGAGGUGGGUCCUGCUGAUAUAGAAGUACUUACAAGAGAAACAGCAAAUGUGUGAUGGGGGGGCAACUAUUUCUGUUUAGCUUGCAGAGUAUUUUGAGGCUAGAGGGCAGCUGUAUCAGGGAUGAUGCUGUAGCAGACGAUUUCCUGCAUAAAAACGUCUUGGGCUAUUUGAGCUUCAUUCCAACUCUGAUUCUGUAACUUGCCAGGAGGCAAAGUAAGGGUUCAAAUAGUGCCUCUGAGCAUCGUGCAUUUUCCUACACUAUUUAGGUACUGAUGGCUUCCAGGUUAAAUGUCAUAGCCUCCAUGAAAGCAGUGAAAUUAAGCACAGGUGGCCCAGGAUAUUUUGGCUGGGGACUCCCUUGUAUGACUUCAAUAUCAGACACGUCAAGCAUCUAUGUGUCACGCCUGUUUUCUCCCUCCCAGAUCAUCCUCGCACUGGGCAACUACAUGAACAGCAGCAAACGUGGUUCGGUUUAUGGUUUUAAGCUGCAGAGUCUUGAUCUGGUAAGGAGGGGGCUAAAGGGGGCACAUAAGCUUAUGCAAAGGUAUCCAUCCCUACCCCUGUGCUCAGAUAAUGUGCCUAGGAGGAAGAUGGUGUCCGUUCCCGCAUGCUACACCACAUGGCCAUUCUGUUCAGGCGGCAGCUGUUUGUUUGUGCCACCUUGCAAGAUUCCCAAACUUGUUUUUUUAAAUUCCUAUCUUGCCCUACAGCAAGGCAACUUUCACAGAGUUUUCUGUAUGUGCUUCUGCUCAGACACACGGUUACAUGCAUGGAGCAAACCAUGCACGGACGCCAAUUUGCAGAAUUGCUCAGCCCUGCAUACAAACCUGUGUAUCUGAUUUCUUGCUUGAUGGCAUGCGUCCACGCAUUUGCUCUCCCCGCCCCUUGUGAGCGCCUCCCGUGUUUCAGUUAAUGCACACUGUGCAGAUUUGAUUAUCUGCUUCCAUGCGCCCAUAUGCCCCCGCCCGCAUGCAAAUUUGCACCUGCAUGUGCAGAUGGCUGUAGCAGUGCCUUGACAUUCUGUUCUUCCCCACCUCUACCCCAAAAGCUGUUGGACACCAAGUCGACGGACCGGAAGCUAACCCUCUUGCACUUCAUUGCCAUGAUGGUGAAGGAGAAAUACCCCGAGUUGAGCACCUUCUGGCAGGAACUGCACUUCGUGGAGAAAGCAGCUGCAGGUAGGGACCCUUCCAACCACCAGCCUGUUCAAGGGGCCGGGCCAAGACCUCACAGAGGUGUCCCCUCUGUAGCUACUUCCGUCUCGCUCGCUUUCAGACAUCAUGAAAGUAGGAUGUUUACAGUGCGUGUGCAUUGAGUGCUUAUCCACACAUAACUUUCCUGGCACAGGCUGCACUUUAAAGCUGAGUGUCCUAUUUUUUUGCCCCAGAGCUUUCCCCAUGAAAACCCGGUCUUCAAAGCUCAAUCAGAAAGCCCAAAUUGUCAUUUGUUUAAAGCAGGCAUGGGCAAACUCAGCCCUCCAGAUGUUUUGAGACUACAAUUCCCAUCAUCCCUGACCACUGGUCUGGUUAACUAGGGAUGAUGGGAGUUGUAGUCCCAAAACAUCUGGAGGGCCAAGUUUGCCUAUGCCUGGUUUAAAGAGAGGGUUAUCACGGAGAAAGCUCUGAGGUGGACACAGAGCUUUAAAGUGGGGACCAGUGCCUGGAAAGAGCAAGGCAAAAGUUAAGUGUGGAUAAGCCCUGAUUGAUGCUUACAGCAGGUCUGUUUUGCAGUUCCCCAGCUUCGCCACAGGCCAGGGAUGAGGGAGUUGUGCUCCAUCAACAUCCGGGGGGCCACAGGUCCCCCAUCCCUGACCUUAGAGUCUGCCUGCCUCCCUCUUGAGGCCUGUGCAUCUCUUUCUAGCCUUUUCCGAGCCGUGAAACUGACACUCCCCAAUCUGAGCUGGUUCCCAGGCUGACCCAGUGGUUUCUGUCCCACCACAGUAUCCCUGGAGAACGUGCUGCUGGAUGUAAAGGAGCUGGGGCGUGGGAUGGAGCUGAUCCGGCGGGAGUGCAGCUUGCGUGACCAUAGCAUCCUGCGCAGCUUCCUGAACGCCAAUGAGGGCAAGCUGGACCGGCUACAGAAAGACGCGAAGACUGCGGAGGUGAGUGGAGAAGGAGCAGGCACACAGCUUGGGGGUGAGCAGAGAAGGGUCCUUAAAAUGUGUGCAGGAUUUGGAGCGCAAAUCCUUUUAUGCGCUGUGUGGCAUGUUAAAAAGCACCGGUCUGGCAUAUAGUUCAACACUGUGUCUGUCUUUGUUUCCAGCUGCAUGCCAGAUUCACGUAUGGAAAUCCUGCCACCUGCCUGGCUGUGGACAUUUGCAGAUGUAGUACUUGUGCCAAAUUUGACUAAUCUGUGCUUGCUUGGUGUCAGAUUUUUGCAAUGGGAUCCAGGGUGCAUUUGUGCUUGUGUGUUAUGUAAGCAGUUCCUAUUUUGUUAGUUACAUGCCAAACUCCCUUCAGAGUAGGCAUGAGUGCAUCACAUAGGACGUGUCAUUUUACGAGGUGAAACUUAAUUUUUGCAAAUUUCUUCACUGAGGGGUAUUAAAUGUAUGGUUUUGGGUGUGAGCAAUUCAAAUCUGCUGUUAUUUUUGUGGUUGGAUAACAUGUAGCUUGGUAAGUCUACGUUUGAUGAAGAGGCGCAUAAGCUGCUUUCGGAAAACCAAAUAAUUUUUAAUGUUGCCAUCUGAAUAAGUCAGGCAACGCUCAAUAAUAAUAAAUAUUAAUAUUAAUAUAUAAUAUAACUGCAAAUACUUGGCAAUCAUUUUUAAAGAUUUCUAUGCAGUUUUAUGCACAUUUUACUUACCGAGCAAAACUACAUUUUAUUAAUUUAACCAAAAUAUCCUUUGAAUUCCCAAAUCAUGUCAGAACUUUUUAGCUCCCCUCAUUUUUGGAAGUUGAAAAAUUCAACACGCUCUGGUGUACCAUCCCAUUACCAGUCGGUUUCCAGGCCUGUUUCCAUUUCAAUCUGCAAUUUUACAGAAAAACACAAAGGUUUGCAUUAUGUUUUUAGCAUAUUUUUUCACACUAAGAGUACACAUUUUCUACACAAUUUCACACUAAAAUGUGAAUUUUUUACAUUUUAAUUCACAUUUUGGCACUUUUUUGAGCCACAGUGAAGUUGGUUUGUUUAAACAAAAUGUGGACCAAACAAAAUCCCCGCGACAUUCCCUACAGCAGAGUUUGUAUGCACUCUGAACAUCAGAUUUGUGUGCCUUUUAAAGAAUCGGUUUCAUCAUGUGAAUAUGCUAGUCUGAUGUGCAAAGUGGAUCACACCCGGCAGGUCUGUACGUGCAGGCCAUGUGUCAAAAGGUUUCUUUGUGCAUAGAUUUUCAUUCUGACCCCAAACUUGUUGCGCCAGCAUCCUCCUCCCAUGGUAAAACUGAGUGUAAGGCCGGGGCCACUGCCAGCCUCCGUUCACACAGCUUUCUUGUUGGCAGGAGGCCUACAACACGGUUGUGCGCUAUUUCGGCGAGAGCCCCAAGACGACACCGCCGUCCGUUUUCUUCCCGGUCUUUGCGCGCUUCAUCCGAUCCUACAAGGUAUGUGUGUUAGAGAACCCAGGCCGCCUUAAAGAUGAUAAAAAAUUAGGAUUUGAAGAUAAAAAAAUCGAAAUUCCAAACAGAUAUUAUAGAAAAUAAGUUCAAAGCACUUUCAAAAAUGUACAAUCUUUUAUUAGAAUGGAAUACAAAAGAUGAAUUCAUAAAAGAGGCCAUGACAAAAUGGGCUAUUGAUUUAGGACAUAACAUAGACUAUGAUGCAUGCGAUAACUCUGGAAUGAGAGUCUAAAAUUCACCGCAUGCUCUGCCUUAAAAGAGAAUGUUAUGAAGAUGGUCUAUCAUUGGUAUCUCACUCCCACCAAAUUGGCCAAAUUGGCAAAAAUGUAUAGGAUAAGUAGUAAAACUUGUUGGAAAUGGAAGGAAAAGGAUGGCGACUUCUACCACAUGUAGUGGUCAUGUAAUAAAAUGAAAGAGUUUUAGGAAUCAGUCUAUAAUGAGUUAAAAAAGAUAUUUAAGUAUAGUUUUCCCAAAAAGCCGGAAGAAUUUUUGCUAGGCUUGGUGGGAGAAGAUAUUAAGAAGACAGACCAAAGACUCUAUCUGUAUGCAACAACAGCAGCUAGAGUUUUGAUAGCCCAAAAGUGGAAGCUACAGGAGAUUCUGACUGUAAGGGAAUGGCAGAUAAAGCUGGUCGAAUACGCUGAAAUGGCUAAAUUGACACACAGAAUUUGCAAUCAGGAGGAGACAAAGUACCAAAAGGAAUGGAGUAAAUUUAUGGUUUAUAUAAGUGAGAACUGUACAAAUAUGAAAAUGUUGGCAGGAUUGAAGUAAAUCUUAUGUCACGGUGUAAUUUUUAAUUAAUGAAACUGUGAAUUAUAGAUUGGAAUAGGAAAACUUGUGGAAGGGAAGGACGGAAGUCAACAGCUCUAUGGAGCAUAAAGUAGGAUAUAUGUAAUAAGACUUGAUGUUUUUGUUGGUUGGUGUUGGUGUUCAUAAAUCUCAAUAAAAAUCAUUAUAUAAAAAAAAGAGAGAACCCAGGUCGCCUUAGAAGCCACACAAGUUCAUGCCUUACCCUGGUGUAGAAGUGGGAGCCCCCUUGCCAGUCCCGUCCCCCACCAAGUGCUGCCUAUUACUGUUCCCAGCAGGAAGUAGCCCUACCUGUCUUCCUGUGAUUAGGUGUGGCCAGUGGGCAAGAGAUUUAGAGCGCCCUCCCGGCAUGCUCCUUCAUUUCUCUUCCACACCAGCGAGGACCUCAACAUGCUCCAUAGCCCAUCUGCUCUUCGCUAACAUCCCAGUCCUCCAAAGCUCCUCUACAAGGUUUGGUCCCUUGAGCAAAGCCAAUCCAUUUCCUUGAACCUCCAUCACAUGCAUCAGCCACACCUUUCUGCUGCCAUCACUCUGUUCCCAUUGUUGGAGAAGGCUGUUGUGUCCUGGGUUCAGGUGCUGGCCAGGUGCAGCAUUUGGGAGGAGUGGGGAGCAGGCUGGAAACAUUCCAGCGGUGCAAAGGGAUGGCUUCUUUCUGUGAUGAGAUGCUCAGACUGAGGGCGUGCCGGACUAUCCUGGACUCGUGUGGCAAGCAGUGGCCGAAGAUUGGCUCUCUGGGAGCACCUGGUUCUUUGGACUAGGAAAACUUUGGUUUGUGGUUUUAGCUUCCCAGAUAGAGCUGUGGAUUGCAGGGAAUCAGUGCCUGGCUCACCCACAUCGUUACUGAUUCAAUCCACACACGGCUCUUGACAAAAGACCAUGUCCACGUGUGCAUCCCCUCCCUAGCCUGUCAAAAUUCAUUCCCAUUUCUGCCCAUUUAUUUAGAUUUCUUUCCUCUCCUGCCUGUAGGACUCACAACAACCGUGUGAGGUGGGUUAAGAGGCAGAGGGUUACCCAGGUGGGCCAGACCUAGUCACCCAGAGAGGGACCAGUUUUCCGCUUGAGAAUAGAACAAAAAGGUGCAGCUGUUGGUUAUCGGGAGAUGGAUUUAGGCCACUUGUUAUCAGGAACUUCUGGGUCCAGCGUGGGAUGUAUUCUUUUGAGGUUUUUAAGGGAACCUUGGAGCAAGUUUUGUUGAGGGGGCGGGGUCCUUUAUAUAUAGGACGUUCUGUCUCUGUCUCAGGUGGGGCAUGGUCCAUUGAAUCCCUUUCCAGCUUUGUGGUUCCCACUCAAGGCAACCCACCAGGCAGCAGGUUGUCCAGCUGAGCCUGGAUUUCCUGUGGCCGGACUAAACGCUCUUGUCUACUGCCCCACCAUGUGGCCAGGAACGGUAGUCAUUUUAGAGGGAAGGCCCAUAUACCUCUGGUUGAGCACCUGCUUUGCAAGCCAGUCCCAGGCACCUCCUGUUUAAAAGUAUCAGGUAGCAAGUGGAUGGAAAGAAAUCUCUGCCUGAGAGCCUGGUCUGGAGCGCUGCUGCCAGCCAGUGUAGACAAUAGAUAGGAUGAAGGGCAGGUAAUAAGAAUAUCUUAUCUAUCUAAGGUCCCAGGGUGGGCUAUAGCAUUAAAACACAAUAUUAAAAACAGUUUAAAGCAACUUACAACCAUACAGAUAAAUAUAAGUAAAUCUUAACUUCAUAGCACACGUGAAAUGGCAUGAGUUAUUUUCUGCAGCUUAGCCUGCAGAAAAUUUGCAAGGCAGUAAUUGUGUCUUAUAUGGGAUGUGGGUGGCGCUGUGGUCUAAACCACUGAGCCUUGGGCUUGCCGAUCAAAAGGUUGGUGGUUCAAAUCCCCGUGAUGGGGUGAGCUCCCGUUGCUCUGUCCCAGCUCCUGCCAACCUAGCAGUUCGAAAGCAUGCCAAAAAGUGCAAGUACAUUAAUUGGUACCGCUCCAGCGGGAAGGCAAACGGCGUUUCCAUGUGCUGCUCUGGUGUCGGUGUUCCGUUGCGCCAGAAGCAGCUUAGUCAUGCUGGCCACAUGACCCGGCAAUACUGUCUGCAGAGCAGACAAACGCCAGCUCCCUCGGCCUGUAAAGCGAGAUGAGCGCCGCAACCCCUGAGUCGUUCGCGACUGGACUUAACUACCAGGGGUCCCUUUACCUUUAAUUGUGUCUUGCCAAAUGGAAGAUACAUUGGACUAGAUGGGCCCAUUUAUUUAUUUGUGGAAUUGAUAUUGACUCGAAUGGUGGCAUCCAGCUCAGCACAGAUCCAAGUGAUUGUGCCCGCAAAGUGCCGGGCAAAUCUCAUCCAGCAGGCUGUUGGCCAACGGCCUGACUCAGUGGAACUCCAUCUCCUUAUAUCCCCAGCUAGGUGCUGCCUGGCUACUGGUUGGACUGUCUUCUAACUUUUCUCCCUGCUUCCGUCUUCCAGGAUGCAGAGCAAGACAACGAGAUGCGUAAGAAGCAGGAACAGGCCCAAAGAGAGCAGGCGCUGGCCCAAGAAGCCAAGAGGCUGGAGAAGGUAGGGGGUGAUGGUGCAGGGAGCCAGGAGACCAGAAGGGAUGCGUUCUGGAAAGGGAGGGAGGGAGGGCGGGCCAAAGGAAGCCCCUCCUGCCGUUGCAGCAUGGCGGGGAUGGACAUAUUGUUAUUAGCUUCUUGUCAACUUGCGUGUGAUGCCUUUCAGUCCUUCAUAUCUCCUGCUGCUCCAAAGGCAGAUUUUUAGAAGAGCAGCUCUUAUUGUUGCAGUCCCACCCCCUCCCAGGUUAUGUCCCAAGAGAGAAUGGAAAUGGCAUCCGGCACAGUGUUCUGGGGACGGGUCGUACCUUAGCGGUUAGAGCAUCUGCUUUGCAUGCAGAAAGGCCCAGUUUCAAUCCUCAGCGCCUUCAGGUAGGGCCAGAAUCCGCCCCCCAGAAAGUUGCUGUUGCCAGUCAGUGUAAGUAAUACUCAGUGAGAUGGAACAACAGCCUGACUCAGCGAAAGGCGGCUUCCCAAGUUCUGAUUCGGUGCUUUGUCGAUAAAUAUGAAUAGCACCAGCCAGUGCAGUUGACACGGCAUUACCGAGAAGGACUCUCCUUCUGGGCUUUGACAGGGAAGCCAGCUCCUCAUUAAAUUGGUGCUCACUUUCCCAUAGUGUGAUACUGGGAGAGAAACUGCAAGGAACAUUUUCUUUUUUCAGCUGGCCUGCUCUCCUGUGUGCCAGUCUGCUCACAGCACAGAGCCUCGGCCUGCUGGGUCCAGUGGCAGACGAAAGCCUUUCCUAGUGAAAUGCCUCACAAGACAGUCCAUGCAUGGCCCUUGCUGUGUCUCUGGGCCCCUUUUAAUCCCUGAAAGAGAGAGAGGCACGUGCGCACACACACAUUUUCAAAGUGGCUGCACCUGUCAGUCAGGUAGGAGUGUCAGUCAGGUUCGUGGACAGCGGGACACAGUGUGGCGGCUGAGCUGGGGCUGUUUUUCCUUCUAACUCCUGACCUGCCCGCAGUUGCCUUUACAGCGCAACAAGUGGCAGCAGCAAGAGUUGAUUGCUGAGCUGAGGCGGCGCCAGGCCAAGGACCACCGGCCUGUUUAUGAAGGCAAAGAUGGGACCAUUGAGGAUAUUAUCACCGGUAAGCAACCCACCCUGAGGCAGGGGAGCGUCCACUUCCUUUGCUGUGCUCAUUCCCCCCCCCCAGUGACUGUUGUGGCUUUGUGUGGGCGAAGAAAAGAAGGUGUUUUAGGCACUGCUUGUGCCCUCAGAGUGAAGGGCCUCACCCUACACUGUAUCUCUGGCCCUCUAUAAUGCUCCCUCUCGCCCCUGCUCCUUUUUAUUUACCUAUACCGUGAUGUAUUUGUGAACGGAAGUCUCCUAAAGGAGCAAUGUUUUAUUUAUUUCCCAAAUGCUCUUCCUUUUCCAGCCCAUCUCCUCCAACAAUAAAGCAAAAUGGGACCUAUACAGUGGGUUCUUAAGGGCCUGUCCAGCCUAAUAGCUGCAAAGCGCGCGCGCACACACACACACACACACACACAUGACAGCACCGUCUUAUUUUUGCCCCCAUAAGGACUAGAAAUUAUUUUCUUUUUAAAAAAAUCAACACACGAGAAAGUGUGUGUGUUCAGGUGUGGAAACCGUUUUCUGCACUCAGUACCUCAUUCUGUGCCUAUUUGGCAUGUCUGUGGCCCUGCUCCGCAAGACAAAAUAUAUCACGGCUCAUAAAUCAGGCCCCAGUUGUGGACAGCCUUCCUCAGGCUUAGGUGAGGAGUGACAUUUGCCUGCUUCCGUGCUGAUGUUCCCCUGUUGUGGUAUUUGCUUGGCUCUGUGAGGGUCUUCCCUUCCACCUGUGGUAUAACACUUUUGUACCACCAUGCCACUAAUGACAUGAGGUGCUCAGUGAUGAGCAGCAGGGAUGGCUGACGUUUACAGGCUCAGGUGACGCUCUGUUCUCCUGGGCAGAAGCAUAUCGUGCUGCACUCGGCCCCCAAACCAGCCGGGCCUAGCAUAUACCUCAAAGGAAGCACUGUGUUGAAAAUGGGCAUGGCUGGGUCAUUGCGUGAGGUGGGGAAACUCCUCAGGGCAUCUUUUGCCCACCCGGUGCCCUCCAGUUGCUUUGGAUCAGACCAAAUCAGCCAAAGGGCACCAGGUUGGUUAAGGCUAGAGUAGGGUGACCAGCUGAAAAGGAGGCCAAGGCUCUUGUACCCUGAGCAGCUGUGCAGGUGAGGGAAUUUUUGGCAGGGACAGCUUUCCCCACAUACCAAAGCCGGAAUUCCCUUGCCUGUGCACCCAUUUAAAGCUACAGGAGCCAUGCCCUCCUUGCCAUAUGGUCACUCUGUGGCUUUGCAGGCUGGACUGCCCGUAGGCCAUCUCCCAAGAGGCGUUAAUAAUAACUCUGGCGUUACCGUUCUUGUAAAACAAACCAUUUCGCCUUCCGGAGGCUUCUGUAUGACAGAAUUCUGGCCCUGGGCUUCUUUCCCUGAGAUAGUCCCCUCCUCGAUGCACUAGCCGUAUAUGCAUCGUAUAUGCCUAAGACAUCCCGAGUAUAGCUGCAUCCAUGUUCUGUGAAAUAAGCCGCCCACCGUGUUUCUCGCUGUCUGACGUAUCUUGUAUGUCUUUGUCCGUUCCCCUCCCGCCCCGCAGUGUUGAAGAGCGUUCCCUUCACUGCCCGCACAGCGAAGCGGGGGUCUCGCUUUUUCUGCGAGCCAUCCCACCAUGAUGAGCCUAACUGUUAGCUCUGCCCUCUCCCUCGUCAAAGGUACCCGUGGAUCGUCUUUUUCUCUUCUGCAUGCAGCUGCUCCCUCCACAGAGCCUAGGCUUCCCUCCUGCAUGCCUUGCUGUCUCCUCCCAUGAUCUCGGGGCUUCCCAACCUCUUCUCAGAAGCCCCACUUGGCAGAGAAUCGCCAUCACUAUACAGCAGCCUGGCUUCCAACCUGGUGCCUUCCAUGUUUGUUUUUGACAACAACUCCCAUCAGCUCCAGCCGACAUGGGGCUGAUGGGAAUUGUAGUCCGAAGCCAGGUCACGGAAAUUUUGUUAUGGAGGCUUAUAGAGAGUUGCUUUGUCGACUCAGCGGUGCUGCUCAGGAAUCAUGGCGGUAGUUGAUGGCUGUGUGAGCUGCUCUUUCCAGGCUGCCUCCAAGGUGACCUGGAGAUGAUGAGGCUCCGGUACAUUUCAAUUAGUUGUGUAAAGAGAGAGAGAGAAAAUUUCCCUCACUUCCACACGACAAGCUGCACCUGCCAGAAUUCUCCUUUGGACAGAAUUGCACACUGCCUUCUAUCCUUAUACAUUUCCAGGGUUCUCUCUGCUAACAUGAAGGAUAGAAACUUGCUGGUUGAUUUAAAAGACCAGAAAUUAAUUAAAAAGCCCCUUCACUUCAUCUUCCUUUUCACUGUUGAGAAUCCCUGCAUGGACCCAGAGGCCUCAUCUUGUAUCUACAAUUCUGUUGUCUAUACCUUGCAUGGUUGGCAUGAUGAGGUUGUUACAGUCCCCCUGUCUUGAUUCGCAUGCAUCAAUCUCCAGUCUGUUUAUCAGAUCAUCUCAUCACACUAAUGCAGUAGAGUAGCUUUACUAAAUCCUCUCUUGAUUGAAGAGUGGGGGUGGGGGGUGGGGGUUGCUGCCUGAAUUCUUGUUGGGGGUGAAAACAGCACCAUCUAACUGUGCAGUCAGCAAAGUGUGGUCGAUUACAACCUAGGGCCAGUUUACACAAGCAGCAAACUCUCAUGAUAUGUCUUCCUUUAGGGACUGUACCACUUAAGCGUGCCUUAAUGUAGAGAUCUAUAUUUUGCAAGGGCGCGUUCAAAUAUGCCUCCUGCACCCACCCAAUACAUCUGAAAGAGACUGUUUAAAAAACCAUGGAGUGAGAUCAAGACUGCAAGCCUAUGUAUGUUUACUGAAAAACAAGUCCCGUUGAGUUCCAUGGGGGUUUCUCCUGGAAAAGUAGCUGUAUAGUUACAGCCAAAAUGUAUAUUUUGGAGGAAGGGGAGCUGCAGAUAGAAUAAUUAACAGUUUCAUUUGUUCAAAAGAUGAUCUGCAUGAUAAUUUAUCCUCCCACUCUACCCGAAACAGGCUAAAUUUUGGCCAAGCUUGUUUUUUUAAUCAAAGAGCCAAAAUUCAUGCGGAUUCUCAUCUCUGGACUUCUUUCUGUUUCCAUAUAAGAGCUGAAUAUGCAAACUGGGCGCAAUACAGAGGCUUGCCCAAAUCUUGCUGAAUUAAAUGGGAAUUAAGUGCCCACUGAAGUCUCCCAGAAGAUCAGCUAGCUAGUGACAAAGAAAGGUCUUCAGCCUUUCUUUGCCUCAGAAAGCCACUUGCCAGGCAUAGUGGACAAAACCAGUGGCUGGGAAGGAACCAUAAGUGGGAAGAGAGCAGCAGUCGCGCUCAGGUCCUGCUUUGUGGGCCUCCCAAGAAGCAUCUUGUUGGCCACUGUGAGAACAGGAUAAGGGACAAGAUGGGCCAUGGGCCUGAUCCAGCAAGCCUUGUCAUGUGUUCUUACUGGGCUGCUGGGCCAAUAGUAUAAGGCAGCUUCCUAUAUUUUUGUGUUCCUAUAGAUGCUUGCAUGUAUUGAGCACCAUUAGUAGUGAUAGUAGUAGUCGUCACUGCCGCCACCAUUUUACUCAUAAAAUGACUGGAAGUAGCAUACAAACAGAUGUAGUCAAUGCCAACUGUCAAACUCCAGCUUCAAAUCUCACGCCAGCCAUGAGUUUGUUAGGCAGCCUUAAGGACACUAUUUCUCACCUUCAGCCCCUAUCUGCAAUAUGGGGGUAGAUAAUGCUGACCUACCUUACAGUUAUUGUAAGGAUGGCUGACAUAAUGGCCACAGACCAAUACAAAAUUAAGUACAGUUAAGGCCAAUGGGCUUCAUCACAUUUAAGUCUGCGGCUGGAUUGACCGUGAAGGACUUUCGGUGCUCUGAUAAAUGCCAGGUCUGAUUAUUUAGGCAUGCCUUCGCUUUCUCUGGAUUGCACUCAGUGUGUCUGGACGGGUUUAAGCCCAAGACUUUCAAGGCAGGGACGAGAAACCUGUGGCUGCCACCCUGGUGUCAUUGGACUCCCAGUUCCCACCAGCCUCAGCCAGCCUGGCCAAUGGUCAGGGAUGAUGGAUCUGUAGCCCUGCCACAUAUAGAUGGCCACAGUUUCCUCACCCCUGACUUAAGAACAUGUCUACGCACUGACUGCCUACAGUGCCAGCUUCGUGCAGUAGCAAACAGUGGGGAGCACAGGCAGUGUCCUUGGGGUGCCCCCAUGGAGAAGGCAGCACUGAUCUGAUCCCCCAGUGGUUUCCCAAGAGCACAGUGAAGUCCCAGCGCAUGUGGACUGUGAGGGAAUCAGUUGCACUGUUUCGACUGCAACUCAGGCAAUCCCCUUCAUUAGCAGUGUGCAGAUAGAGCUGGGAGCCACAGAGGCUGGGCACCAGAGAGUUUGGUUUAAAGAUUUAGCAGCUCCAUCCCCAACCCCACCAUGCCAUCCCUGGAAAUUGGAUGAGCUGGUGCUUUUCCAGACCUCGUGGCUCCUUACAAGGCUUGGCAAGGGCAGAAUCCAGCCCCCAGGGGAGAAGAGCUUUCCCUCCCACCCACCCCUUCCCAAUUUGGCCUAAUUUUUGUUUUUAUCCCCUCCAUAGCAGCAAGAACCAUCUGCCUCUAGUCCCCUCUCAAUUCAUCCGCGGCAGAGGGUAAGAAACAACAGCUCUCUGGAUCCACAGAGCCUUUUAUCCUCUGCUUUGCUGCUUCUGCCUAAGUAGGAGACACCAAAACGAAAAGUUUGCCCUUGGGACAGAGAACUGGCCAUCACAGUUGCCCAUCAUCCUCAGCUGCCUUCAGUCUUGCUCCAUAGCACCCACUGGUGGGGAGAGGGGGUAGCCCCUUUAUUUUUCUAGCCUGCCACGGAACCCAUUGUUUGAUGCUCUGGCAAAGAAGUGUCUCGUAUGCUCUUGCCUGAAAAGGGGGAAUGUGGAGAGGGGUGGCCUGGGUGGGUGGUUAUAUGCCCCCAAGGGGCAAGAACUCUUGCUGCCUGCCUUUCACCCCACUCCAAAUGGUACAUGAACUGCCUCACAGUCUUUAAUGCCCCCGACAGCAAGCGCUUAUGCAUUGUUUCUCCAGCAAUUCUUUACUCCCGUCCUGACUGGCUGUUCCUUUCUCCCACAGAGCUCUGCAUACCCUGCCUUUCCAAUGGGCUAUUGCUGCAUUCCCAACAGCCCAGGCCUAG